AUGAGGGAAAAAGGAAUGAAAGUCCAUAUGGUGGAACUCGGACUGUUAAUCAGAAUGUAACAUUAAGAUUCUUGGCUUAACUCCAGUUCCUGGUUAGACAGACAUUAGGCAAGAUAAUAUAUCAGAAUUAUGGCAUUACAUUGCUUAUUUUAAUAGUGAACUAGUAUAAUUAGAUAUCCAGUUACACUUGUGCACAAAAUAUAUGAGUUUCUUUCAUUCUUUCUUUCUUUCUUUCUUUCUUCCCUUUCCUUUCAAACUCAUAAUGUGGACAUCUAAAAUAAAAAAUAUAUAGAUGAUACUAUUCACUAGUCUGCUUCUUGGAACACAUUAGAUAAAAGGUUUGAAACUUCUGUUCAGCUUCAUCUAUAUUAAUAAAAAUUGAGACAUUUUUCUUUGUUAACACUGUCCGCCACUGUAGUUUAUUGAUGUUGGAGAAUUAGGAUGGUUCUUGUGAAGCAGCUUUGUAAAUUUUCCCAAGAGGUAAGUCCUAUCCUUGAAUGUCAUAUAACAUCCCAAUGCCUUAACCUUUCGAUUCUAUCUUUUAAUGUUUCUGGAGUAUCUCCCUACCAAAUCAAUGUCACUGCAUCAAUUUCUAACCUACAAAUAAAGUCAAUCUCUUUGUACUUUAAUGCAUAGAAAUAUCAAGACAAAGGCUUAGGUCACUCGAUAUUCCACAUGUGGCAGUGCAACUGGAGUAGCAUUGUUUGGGACCGGUAUUCGGUAAAAGGGUUUUCCAAAAUCGAUAAACAGAAAGUAGGAAAAAAGCAUCUUGCUUGUUCCUUGAUUUAAGACACUGAUUGGUAAAGGUUUUCUGAUCAUAAUGAGCUAAAACAUAACCUUUUACACUAGUCUUGGCUUUUACAAUGAUCUGCUGACCAAUGAAUAUGCUUUUAUUGCAUAUACAAUAGAUGGAUAUUGCAAAGCUGGCGUUCAACAACUUAUUUUGUGAAAACCUUUUGCACACAACAAUAUCUUCGUCCACUAGUCAUAUAACAUGCACAUUACCCUCCACAGAGAAUAUAAGACAAGCAGAGAGAAUACAGAAAAGGUGCACAAAUUCAAAGAAAUGCAGGAAAUAUAGUCGAAGAAAUUUAUUUAUUACUCACUUGCUUUGUUUUUUUGCAAGAGAAAUAAAAUAUGAAAGGAUAAGGUAAAUAAAAUUGACCUGAUAAGUGUAUUCCAGUCAAGUACAUGCUGGCAAUGUUGAUUCCUGUAAUAUUUGUCACAACACUUAAAAAAAGCAUAAUGAACUUCUAUCUGUCCUUUAUUAUGCACUGACACUCACCAAAAGGAAUCUCUCCAUCAACUCUCACCAGAAGCAAUUGAAUAGGGAGCCCAUUGAAUGAGAAGAGCAGGAGUCAAGUCAAUGGAAUUAUAACAAUUCAUCAAGAUCCUCUCAGCCACUGUCCCUCCUUAAACUUAAAAAUAUUGUUCCUUCACAUUAUCAGUGUUCUAAGAAUACAUUAAUAACCAUUAAGGAUUACCAAUACUACCCGGCAGGGUAUUACAAUAUAGACUGAGCCAGGGUAACAAAUAUAUACAAAAAUACUCUUUAUAUUUUAUUUUCCACCCUUCAAUUCAUGGAGCAUACCUCCCUACAUUGGAAGGGGUUACUUGAAUCAAUGGAAAUGCCGUUAAUGGGUGGGUCUGCCCACCGAAGGGGCAAGUCAGCCAGGCAUAAGACAUGCCAAGCGAACAGACUGCCCCCCAGCAAGCCCCAUUCAGAUGAAGUGAUCUUUCCAUGGUCCUAGUGCCCACUCCACACUGCAAGCACUUCUAAUGAUGUGCUCAUGCUAUGCUCUCUGGAGACAGUUUCUUCCUGUGCCCGGACAUGGGACACCAAGGAACAAAAUGUUGGUGACGCAGGCUCUAAAAUAUGGACUGUCCUAUUAAAAGUGGGGCAGUUGGGUCCAGGAAAUUGUAACAUCUGUUACAGUUCUUAUAAAGAUGGGCUUGGACAUAACGGAAAUUGAUUAUUAGAUAAUAUUCCACGUUAUCCAUCCAACCAUACAUGUUGAUGAUAGGUUGAGAACAAGCCAAGGGCUUGCAACCUAUCAUUAGCAGCAAAAGAGGUGGGAGUCCAAGGGACAACACCCAAAGACUGUUUGGACUAUAACCAAUAUAAUGUUUUGUAGUGGUUAUGGUGCUUACUGUGCUCCUUUAAAGUGAUAGCAUCCCUGUCUUCUUUCUGUAAUUUAAUCAGCCUCUUUUCUACUCUAUGUACGAGUUAAAACAAAGUAUAUUAGUGUAUGAGCACAAACAUUAGUCCUGUGAUAUGUUUGUGUGACCCAGGGUUUAAAAAAAUAUACGCCUUUUAUUAUUUACAAGUUCUACUUCAUGACAUAAUGAUCGAUUUCAGCCGGAAAAAUCAAUGGGAACACAAGCUUCUGACAAGCAACAUUCUGCAUCUGUGUCAUCACUCACAGGUGGGUAUAAUGUGGCCUUUAAUGCAUCUUGCUGUUUAAAUCCUCUGCACUUUCAGAUGGCCUUCACUGCUGGAUCAAUUUAACCGCCUCGUUGCCAGAAGGGUGGAGGUGUGAUUUCCCAUGUUUCAGGAGAUCUAUUAGACUUUCACACCAUAUAAAACCCCAAACCUUUUUUGUUUUAUUUUCCUUUUUUUUUCACCCCAUGCGUACGAUAUACAUAUUUUGUCAUUAAAAUGUUUACUCCGCUUGCAUAAAUUAAUGUCAUUUUGAUAGAUUUUACAUCAUUUAAUUGAAGGAAAGUGCACCUUAUGCAUUGUGAAAAUCAGCAGAGCACAUCAUAUUCUUUUUCUUGAAAUAAUAUUAGUGAAAGUACGUUCAUUAAAGACACUGAUUAUCCAUGAAGUUUAUCUGAUGUUUUCAGGAAUUGUAAUUUCAUCACAGGGAAACAAUGCUUUUUUAUUGUUUUAACACAAUAGGUGGUGGUUAACAGCUAACUGCUCAUCAUGGAAGCAAUUUGAUUAUUCAAUACUUUAAAUUCGUUAGCGCUGAGGACUAAGCAAGGAAUGUUUUAAGCGUGAAUGCUUGAUGGCAUUUAUAGAGAAAUAAGUAAUGAAUUAUAGAUGAAACUCGUGUUUACAUAUUAAGCAGUGUUAGAGUUCAGAAAUAGCAGCUGUGUGAUGGUUUUAUGUCUUGCAUUUGUUUUGGAAUUAAAGAACAAUCAGAAAAAAAAGCCCACUGUGAAAUAUAGCUUAAUUGAGAAAGGGUCUAAUGGGCAUAACAUUUUCACCAGUUAUUCUGAUAUUGUUUUUCACUAUUCAGUACUGGGAUUAUAACAUGGUAAAGUGAUGUAUUCUUGCCAGAAUGAGUCUAAUGGGCGUAAAAUUUCCACCAGUUAUUGUGAUAUUGGUUUUCACUAUUCAGUACUGUGAUUAUAACCUGGUAAAGUUAUAGUGGUGGUCUACCUAUUUAAUGAUGUAUAAUGCAAAGUGUAGUCUACAUGAGUGAUUCACAACCUAGUCCUUAGGGCAUACCAACAAUCCCGAAUUUAAAUGGACACAUAGAUAUCCAAGCAACUUUAACUUCAUUAAGCCAGUUUGGUGUAUAGAUCAUGGCCCUGCAGUCUCACUGCUCAAUUCUCUGCCACUGAGGAGUUAAAUCAAUUGUUUCUGUUUCUGCAGCCUUAGCCACACCUCAAUUGGCCGUGACUCACACAGCCUGCAUGAAAAAAUGGUUUCGUUUUUAAUGAGAUGCUAACUUGCUCUAGAAAUUCUCAUGCUUUGGAAAUUAAACUUUAUCACACACAGGAGGCUCCAGGAGGCUGUAGCGGAGCUAUUAACAGAGCAGGAAAUAAGAAAUUCUAAAUUAAACAGACUAUGCUAUGAAGGAAGUUUAAACAUUAGAUUUCUCUUUACAGGAAAUGUUAAGGAAGGCUGUAUGAGUCACAUGCAGGGAGGUGUGGCUAGAGCUGUAUAAAGAAAGUGAUAUAACUCCUACAAAAUUGAGCAGUGAGACUGCAGGGGCAUGACCUGUACACCAAAAAAGUGCUUCAUUAAGCUAUAGUUGUUUUGGUGACUGUAGUAUCUAUUUAACCAUUGCCUAGUGUGGAUACUUUCAAGACCUGGACUCUUGUGUGUCUUGAAGAGUACGCUGGGAACCACUGGUCUACAUUAGUUGUAGCGCCAUACCUCAGCUAUUAUUAAUACUAUAAAAUGGGUGUCCUAGUGCUUUGUCACAAGUCAUCUUUUGAAUUGUAAUGUGAGAACAUGGAGUAAUCGCUCCAGUAUAUAGUCAUAUAUAGAGCACUAAUCCAUUAUUCUUAGUCAGUAUAAGCAGUGUCUGCUCUCUGUUUUUAGUCCCAUGUACUAUCACCUAUUUAGCCCAUUAUCUUCUUUUAUUCUGUUUCAAUAGCAAAGUGUCACUCUUUGUGACCCCGAUCCUUUCUCUUGCCUUGGUGUCUUUGUUGAGUUGAAUAUCAGAAUAUUUAGUGUGAAUUGUAAGUGAAUUACAAAGCUGAUAGGCUGCAUAAAUACAAUACUUUGUACUGUUCUAUGUUUUUUGGCUAUUAUAAAUGGUGGGAUGUUUGCAGCAGUUUUAUUGCUAGUAAUAAUUAAGAAAAUAUUAUAAAAAUGUUUUUAGAAUUGUUAGAUUCAUUCAUAAACAGAACAACAGAGCAUAAGCAUAAUGCUCAACUUCAGAGAACCAAAUAAUCCAACAAUAUAGACCUUGAUCAUUUUUUAAUUUGUGGUGGUCUGGCCUUAGUUCAUUAUGAUAGUAUUGGUAUAUAUAGGUUCAUUAUGGAACAAGACAACUACAGGACAAAUAUAACCCAGUGUUGGACUUCAUUGAUACAUUAUCAGAUGUUCACCUUCUAGCCUAAUAAUGAUGCUAAACGAGUAGACAAAGCUACAUCAGAGUGGUUUAAAACCAAGAACAUGGAAUGGCUUAGUAGUACAGUGAUAUCCACAGAGCCCGGAUUUAUUUAUUUAGGAACUGAAAACUAAUUUUUGACAACAAUCUACAUCUAGCCCAGCAGAACUUUUACAAUUUUAACAAGGCGGGCCAUCUGAAAUGUCAAUACCUACAUGGGCAAAUUUGAUAAUGACUUACACCAAAAAACUCACCUGUGAGAUGGUAGUCAAAUGUGGUUCUACCAAAACUUACUCAGGGAGUUCAAUAAAACAAAUGUCUCUUUUUUGUUUCAUUGACAUUUGUAAGAAUAAAACACUUUGCUCCUUCAAAGUGUAAGAUUUCCACUUGUUUAGAGUAGAACCUUCUUUUCGUUCAGUUCUGGUUUCUACUUGCAGUUAAAUGGAUUUUUGACACACAGUUAAAUACCGUAGCUUCCAUCUGUAUAAUAAGCUAAAUGGAUAAUUCCGCUCAGUGCUCUGAGAUGCUUUAAGGACACAAAUAUGAAAAUAGAACAGCAUACAGAAGUUGAACUUCUGUUCAGGUGAACUGGCUACAAUCAUGACUACAUAUACAUUAGCAAGUGAAUACUAUAUUGCCAAAAUGCAAACACUUACUAUUAAUGUUAGUUUUCUUUCUGCCAUGCUUUUCCUGUUAUUUAUCUAAAGUCUUUCAAUAUCACCAAUGAAAGGCAAUGCAUUUUCCUAGAUCUGUUCUUUAAAUAAGCAUACUUCUUGAGUAUUUUCACAUACAGAUACCCUUGCAGACCGUCAGAAAUAGUAAUUCAUAUUUUUUUAGGGUUCUUCCAAACAGAUUGUUUCUUAAUGCCAUUGAACGUUGGAUAGUAGAGGUUCUACUUUUACAUGCUUAUCAAACAUUUGGACCUCAUAGACACAUAUUGUGAUGAAUAUUUUACAUGUCACCUACUAGACUAGACAGUAAUAGCAAUGAAAAUGGAAAAAAAAAACAUUAGGUGUAGUGAAUGUCUAUGUAGGAAACAACCUGCUGCCCCUGUUAGACAGGGCUAAUUCCAGCAGUGAAAUGCAGCAUGCCUCAGUGAAGCUGUCAGUACAUCUCUAUGGUUUCUCUAUGGUAUUUUCUGUUGGGAACUAGAAAUGGCCACCAGGGACAUUGAGACUACUAGCUCUGUUUAAUACAGGAAACAAGUACAAGGGAAAGUAUGGCUUCAAAUCCUUACAGCAAAAUGAUUCAUUAAUGGUUAGUACUUAUGAAAUAAAAUGUAAAUUUUUUUUUGUUUAAUUUACUGAAUGUUUUCUCAAAAUGAAACAAAAAUUGCAAUAUAAAAACAUAAAAGACAUAAAACAACAGAUCAUGUACUUAAAAAACAAAAUACGUUGAAAAAUGCUUUAACUUUAUAUAUUCACAUAAUAUAUUUAACUUUAUAUAUUCUCAUUAUAUAUUUAACUUUAUAUAUUCUCAUUAUAUAUUUAACUUUAUAUAUUCUCAUUUAUAUAUUUUCAUAUAGCACCAUAUCAUCAAAUAUAUCAAUACUAAAAACCAGAACAUUGUCCCUCCCCUUUGUACUCCUAUUGUUAUAUUGUAGACCCAUUUUUCUAAGCAUUAGGUAAUAAGAAACGAUAAUUCAUGUUCAAAAAGUAAAAUGGCCAUUUAUACUGCGAGCAGUGUAAGCUGUGUAUAAUCGCAGUGAACAUCAAUAAAUUUCAAGUUGUAAAAAAAUAAAUAAAAUGAAAACAUUGUCUGCAUUUUACAAAACCAAUUAUCAUACAUAUGAAAAUUAAUUGCUGACGGAGAUCAUGUGAACCUUAAUAUAUAUAUAUUAACAGAUUUACUGCACAGGUAACAAUUGCUGCUAAUAAAUACAUAUAUUUGUUUAUAUAUCCACAAGUCCUCAACAUACGAAUCACCAAGUCACUAAGCCAAUAACUGGCAUUUCACAAAGUGUGCAUAAUUUUACUUAUUGUGAUACUAAGAAUCAACGUCAUUUGUUCCGAACAGCACAUUUGCAAUGCAUUCCCUGAGCUGAGAGUAUAUUUGGGAAGCAUAUAUCAACUGAUGACACAAAAUCUAUAUAUUUAAUGUGUGGACAAUUGUUCAUUGCAAAGGGAAGACGUUGAAUACUUGAAUUUAAUAACAUAGACGUUGAAACAGCAACAACAUCCAGCUCUUUGGUUCUAAAAGUGCUUUAUAAGUGAGGAUUAGAAAUGGGUAUUAAUUAGAAUGCUCAAUCUUAGCAGUCAUAUAUUUUGUAGCCAAAGUGUAUUUCCUUAUUCACUGCUCGCUCAACAGCACAGAGGCUCUGUUUAGAAUUACAAUCUAUUGCGAUAAUAGGUAGGGGAUUAGACUUUCCUGACCAUUAUAUUACCAUGUUUUAGGUUGGAAUAUAAAACAACAAAGAUUAGUUCUCUGCAAACCUUAACAGUUUGCAUGCCUGUACAGUAAGAUUGUCUCGUUUUACAAGCAUGGCUUUUAUUAACCCAUUGCAUGCAAGCUUCUUAAAUGCAUUGCUUAACCUUUGACCCCGUAAAGGUUACGGAUACUGGUUAACCUGUACACUUUCACACAUGCACUCGCACACAAUCACUCGUUCACUCGCUCAGAUAAUCAGAUUUUUUUUUUUUUAUUCAGACUACAAUUGAUUCCAAAACCUAAAAAUAUAUUUCCAGCGAUCAGAAUCAGCGCAGUGUGUUUAUUUGCUUUUUUUUUAUAUUGACAGUUGGUAGCAUAAGCCUUUUAAACUACAAAGACUUGCAGCUCUAUAGCCAAUCUGUGAAAAAAAGGGGGAAAAAUGAAAUCACUAUGGAAACUGGAGGAAGGAUCUAAGAGCUUUCUGUCUAAAGUAAAUGUCUGAUGUUUGUGACUGCAGGGGAAUAAAAUUCAUAAAUUUGUAUGAUGUUAUCAUUUCUGUUUUGUUAUCGCAGAUUAUGGCAUUUCUAAACCAUCCGACCUUGCCUUUAUUAAGUGAUCCCUUUUUUUUUUGCAAAAAUAGUUACUGUUUAGCAGUAGAAAGAAAAAAAAAAAAGAAAAACAAGAAUGCAAUGAGGGGAGGAGUGAAAAAGCUGCUCUGCUUCUUAAAUUAUUAUUUCUUAAAUCACACAGAGCUCCUGGCUCCUGGAAUGAAGACCAGUAUGAGGCUUUCAGCAAUGCAGCAACCCAGGGAACUGAAUGCAAGACAGAAAAUACUAGUGUAUCAUCCAAUUGCAUGCCUUUCUUUGAUCUUGGACAGAAAAGCCCAGAACCUCUCCCUCCAAUCCUGAAGCAAAUAAAUACUAAGGAUAAGAGGCAUCCCUUGAUUCAGUGCACAGACUCUCAGAGACAGAAAAACCAAGUCUACUAUCAGAACACAAGCACCAAUGAACCUUGUUGGAUUGCAGACUGCAGCAAACACCUGUCUUCUCGUAGGAGUUUCCGAGUUUUUCCAACAUCAUCAGACAAUUCAGAAAGCCUUGGCUUACACAGGCCACUGUCUUUAUCUCAACACAAAGCCAGUCACUCUACCAGCUCACCUGCAAAAGAAGUGGAGCUGAGAGGGAAUAAACAUCACUCGGUCGUUACUGAAAUCCGUCCCGUCUCUAAGAAUACUCAGAAGAAAAGAAAGACCAUGAAUCUUGGUGAGUGAAUAGAACACUCUGCUAUCUGCAAAAUAGAUGUUUGCUUCUGGUUAUAUAAUACAUUAGAUUAGAUGUGUAAAAUGAAAGAAACCAUCAAUUCUAUCACUCUUCUUUUUUAAUUUUCAUUUCUUUCUUUUUUUUUUACAUAUUUUUUAUUUUUUUAUUUAAAGACAGAAUGGAUUUGCAGUUCGAUUAUGCCCCACGAUUGCUUUAAAUGUGAUAGAAGGAAAAAACUACUUUGUUUUAUUUUAGAAUAUAUUAAGUUAAUAAAUCAAGUAGUUUUUAUGCAUAGAAUAUUAAAACAUAAAUAAUAUAAAAUAUAUAUAUAUAUUUAGUUUUUUUUCAAUUUUUAUUUUAUUUCCUCUUUUUUUGACGUUUUGUUUGAUUUUUAAAAUAUAUUUUAUAAUAUUUUCUCACUCCAAUUUCUGAUGUCUUAUUAAAGUACCUUUUUAAUAACAUAUGUAUUUUUCUUACUUUCAUCAUAAGAUCCUGCAGUUGAAGACAGGAGAGAACAUGAUGCACCUACCAGAGCAGUAAUCAAUGUGUCGUUUCCCCCAUCAACAUAUUCUACACAUGGCCUCUCAAGACCAGGGACACCCUCAAAAGAACACGUAGAGAGGUGAGUGUUCAUCUAUUCUUAAUACGAGACAAUGCAGGUUUUAGAAACAGAGUAUAGCCACAUCUGCUAAUUGCAUGUAAAUACAAAACACAUAUUCAUGUUGCAUUUCAAAAUACUCCUUUUUCUCAUUGAUGCUUUUAAUUAUUUUAGUCUUGUGUUCCACUAACCUCAGAUGUAUUCAAGGAGAACACCGUAGAUUUCUGAUUAAUUUAUAGGGUUAAUGCAGAAAAUCUGUUUUCCAUUUUUUUCAGCAACAAGUCCAAGCUUUUUUAAAACUAACCUAAAGACUAAAUGUCAUAAAUGUACUGUGUUAAAAUGACUGAAAUAACCUAAGCUUUAGGUGCAUAGUUUAAGUUAUAGACAUUUAUCAUUUGUAUUUGGUUUUAAAAACACAGCUAUAAAUAUAAUAUGGUUUUAAAAAACACAUCACUUUCUCCCCGUCUGUAUCUAUAGAGAGUGGAGAAAGAGAUAAAAACAUAGUUAGAGACACAGAGGCAAAGACAGACAGAAAAACACAAAACGAAGAAAAUACAGUGUUUGUCCAAACUGAUAAAACAGGUGAAAAUGUCUACUUUAGUUUAUUUCAGACCUAUAUUGGACAUACCAGUUUUUCAUUGCCCACAGCACCAGAGGUAUCAAUGGCACAUUCAUAGCUGAUUACAAUAACAUUUUGUUUAAAGACAAGUUGUUGUAUAGGAUCCAGCAUUCAGGGCAAUUUAAGAUCAGGUACUCAAAAAGAAAUCAAUUUUUGAGAAAAAAAAACUGAAAAUCUGCACUCUUCAAAUACCACAUACAUCACACAAGUAGAAUUUUGGACAUAGAAUAUCGAUAACUGUGUAUGCAUGCAUUUCAUUUUACAAGUGGACCGAUUUCUGAUCGUCAGAAAGCUGUAAGUCAGGCAGCACAAGUGCAGGGCUAUACAGAGUUACAGAACUAUAAAUUGUACGUUACUGGUGGCACACUUGUUUGUAACAGUAGUUGUACAAUUUUUUUCCAUAGUGUUUGUAUGGAAAAAAUGACACACUCAGUGGCACACAUAAACACACACACAUGCACACACAAAUAUGCAUGUUUCUCUAAUGGCGUGAUAUAGUCAUUAUUAAUUCACAGUAACAUUAUAGUUUACAAUACACUAUCCUAUUGCAAAAUUUAUAAAGAUUUAGCAUGCAUUGGAUAAUUUAAAACUUAAGCUACCCUGUUUUUAACAAAGUGACACAAAACUAUAGGAAAAUGAUCUCCUUAUUCUGAAGUCAAGUAUUGCCAUCAGAUCUUCAAUAUCAGUGUAAUUAAUGACAGCAUUAAUGUAAGGUGCAUGAAAGUAAAAUGUGUAUUUGAACUCAUGAUCACAAGUGCAAAGAGAGAGCUUGCAUAGUGCAUGUUAUUACUAGUGUGUUUUCAUAGAUUGUAUUGCAAAUGUUGUCGUCAUUAGAGAAUUUUCUUUAGGAGUUAAGAUGCAAGGUAUACAUUUUAUAUAUUUGUAUACUGCCAUCUGAACCUGUAGGCAUUUUUCUUUCUAACUGGAAUAUAUUCUAUAGUAUGCUUUCAUUGUGUCUUGGCAUGUUCUACAUUAAACGUAUCAACCGAUUCUUCUGUAAUAUGCUGUUUGAAAUACAUUAGAGAUAAAUGAAAAAAAAUAUUAACUCCUCUACCCCAACCCUCCCUUAAUUUCAGACUAAGACAUGCUUGAAUUACAUGAAUUUGCAAAACUGUACAAGAUAUAUGUACAUGGAAUGUUUGAAUGUGUGUGUUCUGUGUGUGUGUGUGUGUUCUCUGUGUGUGUGUGUGUGUGUGUGUGUAUGUGUUUGUGCAUGUAUAAAGAGAAUGCCUUCUAGUCUUAAUUCUCAGUGUACAUUUCAAACAUAAAUUUAAAUUAAAUGACACCUUAUCUGGUAAAUUGUGCACUGAUACAAGAAGUCCAAUGUUUUCCAGAACAUAACUUACAGAUACAUAGACAGACACAUACAAACAUAUAUAAAUAGAUAGAAUGUGUGUACUGAACAGCUCAGACUGGGCUGAGACCAAUUUACCUUUCAGACAGCCAUUGACUUAGUGAGAUCUAUUCUAGUCUGAGUUGGUUGGAUUCAAGUCGGUCUCUGGAACAAUAGUUACCUGUACUCAGUAUGGAGUUCUUGGCAGACAUCAGCAAUCUGUGUACGCUUUGUCUGUGUUAGACAUUGCUGAGUAGCAAUCCCUAAUGACAGUCUAAUUUUCAGUAGAAGAAAACAAAAGACAUUUUAAAAAAAAAGCACAAAGCAAACCCUGUUGACGAAGGACAGAGCUUUGAUGCUUCUACUAUUUCAUUGUCAUUUUUAUUCAGCCUUGACUUGGCCUGGGGUUUUAGUUUUUUAGUUCCCAGCCUAGAAGUCAGCAGGCUAUGUUUUUUACUUCUACCUCCCUUUCCCCGCUGUUCUGUGCUGGGAGAUUAGUGUCACAUCUGUAACAGGGACAGCAAUAUACAUUGCAGAUAGCAUCUUCAUGGUGGCAUCACAGGGCAUGGAGAUAGAACAACAGCGAAGGACAUUUAUUUUCAAAAAUAAAAUAAAUUGUAGGUAAAAACAUUUUUGUUUUAGAUAAGCACCAUAUAUUUUGCCCAGGAGAAUGUGCUUUAUUCUGCACAGAAAAAAAACAGAUUGUUAUGCCAUGCCAAUGUAAAUAGCUUUAUUAGCAGAUACUGUCAUUGAAAUUAAGGCUUUGAUAGACAGCUUGUAGGACCCAUACAUUAUUCCAACAGCAUUUUUAAUCAUCAACAUUUUGACACAGGGCUAUGCUGUCAACAGUGUCUAUGCAAUAUUAAACAACAGCGUUGCACCAUCGAAUUUGUGACUGUGUUUACACUCUGUAAACUGUACUGAGGUCAUAUAGUUUUAAAAAUUAAUGAUGCUUACAGCUAGUUUGAAAUGCUUCACUCUGUAAGCUUGUGCAGAUAAGCAUGUUUAGAAGCACAGCUCCAUAGUAAUAACAGCCAGGCACCUAUUAAUUGGAUGUAGAGUGUUAUGAAAGACCAGAAUAUGGUCAGUUUUUUUUUUUUAGCUGAGCAACAUAUGUAUAUUUUUUAAUUAUUUAUGAAACAGAAAUACCACUGUGUCAGUGCUAUUAAAAUCGCACUCUCUCAUUUUGCUAUUAUAUUUGCUAUUAUAUACACCGCUUUUAGUAACGGUAGCAUUCAGUUGUGUAAAAAAAGAAAAAAAUAGAAAAUGUCAUAUAUAGGUAUGUCACUGUUCAGUAUUUAAAAGAUGUAACAAUGUUUAAUCCAAGUGUCCAGGGUGCUGAAUUUCAUUUGAGCUCCAUUUGUAAGUGGCAUAGUAGGAUGUAAUCUCUCUUCAUGUUAGCUUUCACACUAGUGCUGAUAAUGAAAAUGAUUGCAGUUAAUUGAGUGUAUUUUUAAUUAACGUGAUUUGUAAAAAAAUAAAAUAAAAAAAAUGCCAUGUUCAAACCAAUCUAGUUCUGAUGCUGGCUACUUUAAGGCUUUAAUUAUAAUUAUCCCUUAUCAGACACACUGUCUUAUAUACAUAGUGUAUGUGUUGAUUUAGGAAAUUUAGCAUUUGCAAGGGAAUGUAGCUCUUGGCACCCAACACAAAUGAAAUAUGUUUUUAUUUUAUCCAUGAGCAAUUAGUAUUUUAACUUAUACUGAUUAUUUUUAUCAACUUAUUUUUUUCUGUCUGUCUGUCUGUCUGUCUGUCUGUCUGUCUGUCUGUCUGUCUGUCUGUCUGUCUGUCUGUCUGUCUGUCCAUCUGUCUGUCUGUUUAUCUCUCUGCCUUUCCAUUUGUCUAUCUGUCACCUAAAGUAUGGACAUGUUUGUUUCUGUCUCUGUCUCUCUGUCUGCAAUGUGUGUGUCUAUACACAGCUUAGUUUGAUUUAUUUCUGUGCUUUAUAUGAUUGUUGUGACUUAACCAUUCUUGAGCUUAACUAGCAUACGCUAACAUGCAUUGUUUAGCCCCUCGUGGAAUAGAAUGAUAUGAAGCAGUAUAAUCUCUUUAAACAGACAUCUUAUAUUGCAAAGGAAAACAGAAAGCCAUAGCAAAGUGAUGGAGAUUGGCAUCCACUGAAAUCUAGAUUAGCAUUUCAUUUGUGCCAUCUACUCAUGAGCAGGUCUAUAGAUUGACAGAGACUGCAGGUCUUACAUAUCCUAUUCAGAGAUUUUUGUACAGCAUAUAUUUUAUGUAUGAAGAGGGAGUUUAUUCAGCAAAGAAAGUCAAGAGAAUUGUUGCAGAGGGAAUCGUACUGCUAUUAACCCUUUCAAGGACUGGAUGGAUCAGAAACAAAUGUCAUUUAUCAGUGGCAGCUAUUACACAGUAAGAGAUAGCAAUUCAAACAAAAUAUCACUGAUUUGUGUCAGCUGGCAAUUUUCUGUUUGUAGGCUAAUAGAUAAUGCUCGGACAUUCAGAAUCAUUUGGUAACAAAGUACUGUGAUUAUCGGGCUUUGAAACACUUGGGAGGGCACAACGUUAUCGUUUUCUUAGAAUAUAAGGAAAAACUGGUAUGAUUAUUUACAGAUUGUGCCCAGUGGUGCAAAAUAAUGCAGAUCAGCCCAUCUUUGAAAGGGUUAAACAGAAAAUUGAAAUAAUAUGCAAACUAUAUGCAAGGUAAUAAAUCUUUAUAAUUGGUUUAAGGGUGUCACAAACGUUGUAUGUCACUGACAUAUAGCGGAGGAAAAGAGCAACAUGCACCGUUACUUAUCAAGGUCAAUUGGCUGAAUAUACAUUAUAGCCCCUAGCAGGCUACAUUGGAGGGGUGCCGGAAUAUAUUAACCUAACAGUAAAGCAAUUACUCAUUCAGAUCACAGAACCAUCAAAUGCACAUUAUAUAUAAAUAAAGAAAAUAGUUUUAGUAAAACCUUCACUAGACAUUAAUUAGUAGAAUCUUCAGAUAGGUUCUAUCUCUACAGAAUGCAUACCCAUAGACUGUUACAGUAUCCAGAGUCUAUGUUUAUAAUGGUACAUAGUAUAGACAAAGGCUAAGCAACCAGUGGAUGUUUGAAGUUACAUCUCUCCUAUUCUAGCCGUUAAAAUUGUAACCUUUCAUCACGUAGGAUGUGACAGGUUGACUUACCCUUAUAAAAACGAUGGGUUUUGGUGAUUUGGUAUAAACAGAUAAUCUAAACAAUAAAGGAUAAAAUAAAAACUAAAAAAUAAUCCGCAACUAGAACUUUAUUUAUGGAAGCCAAUUUGUGAAACAGAUUUGUUACUAAAAUAUUAUACAUUUUUUUUUUUUACAAUUCUAAAAUCUUUUUAAAUCUUAUCUUUCGUAUAAUUUACCAAUAUGUUUUCUAUGUUUGAUACCCAAAGGCAAAAAUAAGUAAGUUGUCUAGAAUAAAGCCCAAAUAAAUCAUUGAUGACUCCCUAAUGAUGCGCAAAAUCUAUGUUCAACACUGUAUUUACAUCUUUUAUUUAUUCAUUUCUGUUGGAUUGUGUAGCAGCAAUUGUUUGGUAAAUGGAAAAGUCAUACAUGACAAAGAGGCAAACGAGGUGAAAGACACUAGCUCUGUGUAAGCAUAACUCGCCUAAUUUAUUUUUUAUGCAAAGAUUAAUGUGCACCCAGCGUGAAUGUUUUGGUCUCCUCUAUCAUUAUGAGAGGGAACUUUGGAUCUGCAUUACCUAGCCAUGUUACAUCAAUCAAUCAGCAGGGUAUGGCUGGAAAAAUUCAGCAGGAAAUCACACCUGAGCCUGAACACAUCCAUUUCACUAAUGGACUGUCCCUUUUCAUAUUAAAGCUGAACAGCAUUUCUUUGCCUAAAAAAGUUUUUUUUUUGUUUUUUUUCUAAAGUUCACCCAUAUGCACAGAAAAAAUUACCUUUGCUACUGUUCACUUAUUGAAUAUUAAAAAAUAUAUAUAUAUAUAUAUAUUUUAAUUUAUAUAUAUAUAUAUAUAUAUAUAUAUAUAUAUAUAAAUUUAAAAAAAAUAAAAUAAAAAAUAUAUAUUAAUAAUGGAAAAUAGUAAAGAGUUUUCACAAGACACAAUAUAGAUAGAUAGAUAAAGUACAUUUAUUAAAAUGCACAAAAUGUCAAAUAGAAAUAGCUUUUAAUAAUAUUUAUAAUAUGUUCUAUAACUAAAUCAUGUAGUUUAAUUCUGUCAAUUAUUUAAAAAAAUAUACAGUAUUUUUUAAACCUUCUAUUUCAGAAUUUGUUUUGUCGUUUAAUAAUAUUUUAAACAACAAAUUAAAUAUUCUACUUUGCAGGUGAAUUCUCAACAAACCAGGUCUUAAGACAUUUCCACGUUAAUAACCUUAAGCUUUACCCCUAUAUUUAGGAUUGCACAAAAUGUUAUGUUGUAUACAGCAAAACAUGUUAUGUUGUAUACAGUGAAGUUAUACCCCAUCAGACUUAGUUUAAAGCGACAAUACAGGCUGAGUAGCCUUCAUUUUUAAUACAUUGUGGUUUUUGCACAUGAAAACCAUGCAAAUUAAAGAAUAAUAUUGAUAAUAACAACAAAUAUACUCAGCCCCUUCAUUUCCUAAAAGGUAUGAGUGUGCUUAUGUUAUUCACCUAUAAGUAAGGAAGGUGUGCUGUACAAGAUCUUGUAUGAGUCAAUGAAAGCUAUGCUUCUUGUUGCAUAUGAUGGGAAGCAAAUUACUUCAAAGAUUUAGUUUUUAGGUUCGUGGAGGUUUCUUUGCAAUAUAAAGCUUGUUAGUUAAUAUGCAGAUCGGCCAUAUACAAAAUGGCCUUUCGUAACAAUUUGUGUAUAGGAUUUUCUCUUCUGUGAACGUAAAAAUAAAUUACAUUUUAUGUGAAGGGCAUAGAAAUGAAAAUGGGUGGAGAUUAAUCUACAAAAAGAGGAUGCACUGCUUGAGAGUGGGAGUGAGGCGGAGCUAAAAAUGAGAAAUGCCCAGUUGCCUCAAGUGACUUCCCUAUACAAUUUUCACUCUCUUUUUUUCCCCUUUUUUUAUAAGUGCCUAAAGUGCCCAGAAAAAUAUUUUCUUUGUAAAUUGAAUUUUUUUUUUCUCAGAAUUGGUAAUAAAAAAUAAAUAAAAAUUAAUGUUCUAUAACAGCUGAAGGGAAGUUUUAUUGAUUUUAUACUCAUCAUAUUUUGCACAUAGUAUUUGCAACUUUUGCACAUAUAUUUGCACUUGCAUAAGUAAUAGGUUGUGACUGUUACCACAAAUAUUGGUAUAUUCUAUCACAGCAGUCCUGAAUGAAAUAUUAAAAAAAAAUAUUCAAAAAGUAUUUUUUUUAAAUUGAAGUAAUGAUGAAAUAUCCAUAUAACCACAUACCUGCAGUUUCCAAGCUGUAAUGCAGAUGACACACAAGACUGGCUGACAGUCAUGAAAAAGUAGUUCAGAAACAGCUGUGUUGCAAAUAUUAGCCAUCAUUUCCCUAGCCAAAGAAACUUUUUGAAAAAUUGAAUAUUUUUUUAAUGAAAGGAAGUGAAACCACUAACAAUUUUAUGAUAUAUUGGACAAUAUUAUAUUAAAGUUUAAUGAAGUAGUUGCAGCAAUUGUUUGUCAUUUUAAAUGGAUUUUCUCAUACUGAGAUACUCUGAAUCAAAGCAGUUCUGUACUCAGUUACCCUUGGUUAGAAAAACCCAAGGCCUAAUUUACGAGAUAUUACAUCUAUAAAUUAUUCUAAAGGUGUUAUUAAUAAUUGGCAAUAUGUGACAUGGGUACAUGCUGUUCACAGCAGAUAUAAAAUAUUAACUAGUUUUUCCACCAUUUAAUUUUUGAUUAUGUUGACACACUAUAAAGAGUAUUGAGAACACAAAGUUGUAAAAAUUAAUGAGGCUCGCUGUUAGAUUCCAGUAUUACAAUCUACAUAACCUGGUGAAGAUAAAUGAAGAUAAAGAUUAUUUCUUUAGAAGAACUGGUCCAUCCAAAACCAGCAAACAAAAACCAUUUAUGGUUUGAAGGGGAACUGGUACUUUUCAGGGUUUUUUUUUUAUUAAGUUUACUUAUUCCUUUAUUACAAAUAUAUAUUUGUGAUGUGCGAAAAAUAGAUUCAAAUGUAGAAAUCCACACAUAUUCUUAUUGCAACUGGGAUUCUCCAUCUGAGCUCUCUGUCAAUCAUUGUUAUAAUCUCUGUCUUUCGCACCUGACAAUCACCAUAGAGAAAGCAUAGAGAGGAUACAUUAAUUGUUUCCAUCGCCCUCCCCCCCCCUUAUCUGCAAUGUGUGCCCUAGCAUUGCCUUGUCUAAACUGGCUUAUGAUGUCAAUUUUUAAAUCUUUAAUAUGAAUUUAAAAGAAAACAGAGCAUUAUUAAAAAAAACAAAAACAUUCGAGUGAUACAGAAAAGAGACUAUAGAUGAACCAUAAGCCAAGCUGAUCACUUUACAAUUCUACUACAUGUUCACACUAUUUUAAUAUUUCAGUAAAUGUUUCUGAAUUCCCGUUAGCUAAAAACUAAAAUAUGCAAAAGAAUGGAACAAUAAAUAAUUACUAUUUUAAUAUACCAGAAUGCAGAAUGUGAUAUGAUAUGUUUGUUACAAAACAUUCUAGAAGUCAAUCAAUAGUUGUUGAAUUUCAAAUUCAUUUUUAUUCUCUGUAGGAAAUAAUACGUUAUGUAUUUACAUUCCUUUUAUAACCUUUGCAAGUGGACUUUCAAGAAUCAAAUCUCAAAAAGUAGAUGCUUUAACAGUUUUUGAAGAACCCAUGGUUCAUCUGGAUGCAAAUCUUUACCGAACGUUGUCCCAAAAUGCUCUGUUGUGAACUGGUACCUCAACCCCUCCAUGAUAUAGUUUGCAAUAAUUUUUAAGCAUCAAAAUACCAACAUUAGUUGAUAUUUUGCCAGAAAAGACAUCUCCAAUUUACUCCAUAUUUUCAAACAUAAUGUAAUGCACAGAUUAGCAACAAUUCAACAAAUCAACCUUGGUUCAGAUCAUACUUUUUUUUCUGAAAACAAAUGGUUGAUGCCAAAAAUUAAAAAUAUUCCUUCAAAUGACUAAUAUUCUAAAUGGAGUUUCCUAAUCAAAGCUUCUGACAUCUACAGAAGUCACCAUAACAUUUAUGAGAUUUAUUGUAGAUAAAUCACUUGAAAAGUAGUUUUAAAAAAAGUAGCAGAAUGGAAUAAUUUCUGAUUAAACAAAUUAAUUCAAGGAAUAUAUUAAAAAAGGGGCAGACAGUAGAAGGGAUGAAAAUUGCCCAUGGAGGAAGAAGGGAUGAGUUUAAAGGACCUCUUAAUGGAAUAUAGACUAGAGUAAAGAGGUAGUAGUCUGUUCUAUAUGAAUGAACCUUCCCUUGAACAGUAGACAGUAUAGUUGUGAACAGAGGACAGAAGAAGAUCACUGGCAGAGCAAAUAGAUUGAGAAGGGGUGUACUUAUAAAUUAUUGAUGAAAUGUAAUGGGGUAGAGAUUUUUAGAGCUUUGUAGCCUAAAAAGUAUAGCAAGCCAAUGUAUCAAAAAGGGACAAGGUUGAGAGUAUCAACAAUAAAGAUAACAUAAGCCUGGCAUCAAAAUUCUUUAUGAAGUGUAGAGAAAUAGUGUGUGUUCCAGGAGAGAAUUGCAGCAGUUGAUUGAGGAACGUAUAAGAACCUGAAAAAGCUCCUUAGUAGCAUCUCGCGAAAGAAAGGAGGUAAUGUGGGACAUGUCUUAAGAUGAAAAUGACAGGAUGUGGUAGUCAAAGCUAACUCUAAAGCAGUGAGGUUAAAAAGAAUGAACUAAUAGACAUACCAUCAACUUGCUCACCUACCUCCUGCAAUACAGAUAAGUUAAAGGGACACUAAAGUAACCCAGUGGUCGAGGUGCAAUGACCCUGUCCUUUUAGCCCUACAAUUAAAUCCACCUAUAGUGGCAGUCAUGAAGUAGCUCUUCUGCUGCACCGAUCAAGUAAAACUCAUGUAACACGAAAGCCAAUGGAAAAGCAAUGAUCUCAUAAAUGCAAAUAGGAAUAAAAACAUAUAUAGACCACUAAUGGUAAACAAAAAAUACAGAAAAAUAAGAGAUGAGCUAGUAGAUGCUGUAGGAUUGGAAUAAAGAGCAUGCAACCUGUGGGUUUGUAAUUAAAACACAGAUAUGAUUUACCACAGGUACAAGGGUACAAUGCACAAAGCACACUGCUAAACUUCAUCCUUAUGUUUGCUCAUCCAUAAUUAUUUAUCUGCCAGGAGAACAUGCUCUUGUUAAAACAGGUGUUGUGUGCACGAUUGCUUUAGCAGUGGACAUGUUUGAAAUUUAUGUAGAGAGUUGGUGAGGAAGGGACUGGUAGCCUGUGCCAUAGGGACAGAGAAAUGUGCUUCCAGACAGAUACCGUACAGAAAAAUAUCAUUAGUGAAUCAAGUCAUUUUGAUGAGUUAUCAGAAGUUAAAGGUACACUUUAACUGUGUAAAUAAAUAUAUUUAUUUAUAACCUUAGAAUGUUCCUUUUAACUAUUAAAUUUCCUCCUUUGGGACUCUAAACAAGAACUGAAACGCACCUUUGAUCGAACAUCAUGCCAGUCUCAGCACGGCACCCGCUCCACCAAAUGUGAGAUCGUGAUCUGAAGCCAAUCCCAAGCUUCUCAAAUAGAAACUUUGACGCUCUAAUAUAAAUAUUGCCAUUUCUCAGAAAUAGCAAUUUUUACAUUUGUCACACUGCAGGGAUAGGCUCUAUGCACAAAAACCACUAAACUUAUGAAUCGAGUUGUUCAGGUGCUUAGAGAGUUGCUCAGGUGCCCUGCCCCUGCAGUCAAUAUACUAUGGUUACAAAGGGUGAAAAAGUAAAAAAUAAAAUGCAAACAAAUCAAUCUGUCAAUCAAUAAAUAAAUAAAUGAAUCUCUUCAUAAAUAUGUAGAUGAUAAAGUAGAAAAUAUAUUUGUUACUUCUACAUAGUCUGGGUUCGGUAAUGCUGGUGGUUGGUAUACUGUGGUUACUGGAAGCAAAUGAAAGCAAUUAAUUAUUUUUUUACUAGACUUGGAGACUGCAAUUCUUCCAAAUUUGGGCAGAUUGGGUGACAGUACAAAUUCUGGAACUGUGAGCCGAAAUGUAGCCGAAUCAUGGCUCAAAGAAAUAUUUGAUAUUAACAAGCAUUUUUGUUUUGAUUCCUGAUCUGGAAUUCAGCCUAUGGUUCCAAAGAAGAGAUGAUUGACGGGAAAGAAAGGUAAUUGAUGGCCAGAGGACCGCCACUAAAUGCUGAUUUUAUUCACAGAUCAAGUGAGUAGUGACCAACAGAGGGUACAAAAGGAGGAGCAGAAAAUCUAUGUUUAUAUAUUAUACAUUUAAUAAACUGUUCCUCUUCUUUGUCCCACUAUUGGUUACUUUUUCUCACUUGAUUUAUGAACCAAUUGGCAGGAAAAAAUGCCCCCAUCUGUGUAGAGGAAAAUAUACACAUAAUAUUUAUUAUGUAUAUAUUUGGUAGUACACCAAUUGGUCUAUAUUCACGCCCCCUUUCGAUUCUUCUCAUUCGUUUUCUGAAAUAUAUUCACCAUAUGGCUGAAAGUGGUUCAGCCAAAACUAAUUUGUGCACAAAUCUAUCUUUUACCAUAAAUCUAUUUGUAUCAUCAGUUAAUUUAAAUACCCCUUACAUACAGAGUGUGAAUUGAAUCUGAAAAUACACAUAUAAAAUAAUAAUAUAUUUUUUGAUGAUAUACAUUUGAUGCAUACAAAGCAAUUGAAGCAAAUGCAUUAUACAGUCUGUAAUUCAAUAAAAUAUAUGGAAAGUAUAUGAUAUUAUAAUGACACCAGCAUUAGCUCUUUACCUCAUUACUGUGCAUUAUUUCCUGAUUUUUUUUUUCUGCUUAUCAAAAUAAUACUGUAUGGUAAAUGCUAUAAAAAAAAUUAAUUUUGAGGAAACGUACUGGUGUUUAAAUUCCUAUUUCUUUUGAAAUAUUUGUAUCUUAAAUAUUUUUUCAUAAACUAGGGAUUUGUGAAUUGUCAACUAAGCUGCAAAAUGUAUAAGUAUUUGCUACUAAUGUCUGACAACAUUAUUCACUAAACACCAGAUUUUGCCUUGAUGGACAAAAUCCAGUGAAACUAACACAAUUCUGACCAGAAUGCAAUUUGUAUACUUACUAAAGCCAAUCCGGGCUGGAAUUCACUCAGGCCGAGCGAAUUUACAUCAACCAGCUGGAUGCAUUCGGUGUCCGGAUUAAAAUCAACCUUUUUACAUCCAACUCCUAUUCAAAGUGUAGGAUUUAUAAGAUUCAGUAAGCACCACUUUUACUAAAUUUGGACAGAAUGAAUUCAGUAGGAUGCACAUUCGCAAAUUGUCGUUAACUUGUUUGUUUGCAAGUAAAUUGAUCAUUUGAAGAAUUAUUAGCCUGCUAGCAGUGCCAGUAGCAAGCAGGGAAAUUGUUAGGGUUAAUUAUGUGGUGGCUAACCAGCACCUGCAAGCCAACCACCACAUUAAAACAGUUAAAAAUAAAAAUCAUUUAAAAACCCUAUGGGGGUUUCUGUAAGGGACGUUUAAAACUUCUCUAUGCCUUCAACCUGCUAAGUGUGUCCAAGUCAGUAGAAAGGCCUGAUCCAAAGGGGAUGUGGCCUGUUAUUAACAAGGAAAAACCCCUGUGCCCCCAUCUAUUGACAUAAAAUAAGGGACUUUAAAAUAAAUAAAGGGGAGUGGACAUAUCAUUCUCAAUCCCCUGCCUUCACCCAAGGCCAGUGGGUGGGGGCUAUUAAACUUAAAUAAACAAGGGGGGAACUCAUAUGUCCCCUUCCUGCCCAACCCAAGAAUGGUGGGUUGGGGCAACUAAUUUUAUAUUUGGGUAAACCUACUGGGGGCCUAACUUGGGUCUCUAAAUAAAUAAUUAAACAAUGGAGGGGUGGACAAUGGCAAUUGCUUCCAUAUUUGGCUUUCGGUCCCCAAUCCUUAAUCUAAGGCCAUGUUAAAAUAAAUAAUCCGCUGAGGUGGGGGACAUUUGGUCUCCACAUCUAUUAUUAAUAGAGCCACUGUUUGCCACUAAUGGCUGGGGGCUGGAGUGGGGACAUUAGGUCCCCCAGUAUAAAAUUAGGAGUCCCUGUCCUCUGACCAUUGGUGGGGGCAGGGGAGGGGCAUUAACCCUUGCACCGUUAUUCAAGUCUGAAUUACAAAAUCGAAACAUUAUUGAAUAGCAUGAACAAUGUCUAAAUUUCAUAGUCUAAAUGGUACCAUAUACAGUAUAAUGAUGCCUCAUUCUGUAUGGGUUUAUUGAAACUUUUCUGAAUAACCCUGUGAGAUUUCAGGAACAAAAUGUUGUUUUAGAUUUGUUCAAGAUGUAUUAAUCUAUUUAUUAAUUGCCAAGUAAGGGGGAAAAACAAUUACCAGCCUUAGCAGACCUUAACAAAAGUCAUAUUUGGUUAUCCCGAACUCAUUGUGUUAUUAUUGUUCAUGCAAAUGUUUUAAGUAGUGCUCGUUAAAUGGGAACGGUCACUUUGCCGAAUAGUAUAUCAAUGAAUAACAAUCUAACAUUCAGAAAGGGAAAUCUGACUUCAUUUGAAGGGUCUCUGAAAAGCAAGCAAAUUAUCGUCACAAAAUAUAGCAUUUCCAAUCAAUUAUAGAACACACUGUCUUCUUAUUCAAUUGACUUACUUACUCUCUGCUAUACUUCAAAAGAAGGGUUUAGGAAUGGUAGUCCUGUAAUGCUCACAAUGUGUCAAUAUAAUAUUUUUUUUUUAUCUUCAAAAUAACUAAGAGUACUUAUGUCUUCUUGUGAAGAGGCAUAACCCCAUUUUAGAUAUGGGCCUUUUGGUCUUCCUCUCCACAUGCUAAGAGAGACUGUGAUCUCUCUAAAGUGAACAUUGGGUCUGUUUUGAAAACAGUACUCUGUCAGAACUCAACGUGCCACUUACUGUCCAGAUGGAGACAUGUUGGUCCUCUUACCAGUAUAUUUCUCUUGGCAAAUAAUCUUUUUGCAUAUAAUGGAAGAGUUGUGAAACCAUCCUUCUGUAUUUUCAGUAGAUAGAGAGAAAGUUUAUUGAUAUGUAGAUGGAACAUCAAAUCACAACAUUCAAUCAAAAGUGCACUCACUCAUAGUAGAAUAACACUGUGUUCCUGGUGUUGUGUGUUGUAAAUUGCCCUUUUAUCUGGAUUAUUUAUACAAAUUAUCCCGAACUAUGAAUAUGUAUGUAUUUAUGAAUAGGUAAGGAAUGCAUCUUGCAAAGGCUAAAGAAAUAGGAGCAUAUAGUAACACAGAAAAAGCACUAUUAUAUAUCAGAGUACAUUGUAAAAACCAGUUGCAAUUUACUAUAGCUCAGGCAACAGUUGGGUUAUAGAUUGAAUUGUUAAUUAGAUUGCGCAUAGAACGUAUUAUUAUUUUUCCUUGCUAUCCAUAAGCAAAAGCCUAUGAUUAAGCACUAAUAUUGAAACAGCGAUUAUUUUCACUUCAGAAAUGAUUGUGUCUGAAGUGACGAGGGAUCACAUCGAGGUCAUUUUGCAGACACUGUCAAACACAACAUGCAUCUACCAAAGUCGGUACCCAAGACAUUACAGUAAAUGUGUUAACAAAACUCAAUACGCAUCAAAAGAACCUACUUGAUCAAUUAUUUGAUUACCCUAUUUACAUAAAACCAUUGGUACACUACUGUAAGCAGAAAAGUCCAAAAUCGAAUACAUCACUGAACUUUAGCUAUCUGAAUUGAAGCCUUUGCAUACAAAUCCAUUGAAAACCAACAUAAUAUUCUGUACUAAGAGUAAAUAACACAGGGUGACUAUAAUUUCCAAAUGUAGUAUCAACUAUUGUGUGUCAUACUGCCUUUUUAUUGUAGUUGAUUGCUAGAAUCGGUAAAAAAAAAAGGUCUGUUCUUUGACCAUUUCUUUCUGGUAUAUGUUGUUCUAACCUUCUGAUAUUUAUUUCCAACAUUCUAAAAAUAAAAUGAAACAAAAUGCUUUUUGCUUUUUUUGCAGCAUCCCACUGAGCACCAUUAUCUGUUGUCUAUUAAGUGAGAAAUAAAUCAUUCAGUGUACUUUGUGAUAGCCUUGCCUGCAAAUUGCUGUGUAAACAGGAAGAUUCACUAGGCAUACCAUCACUCUAGAGUUUAAUGGUUUUAUUUAUGAAAUCUAGUUAUCACCAUGGCCAUCCAUAUAGAAGUUACAAAUAACCCAUGUGCAGAGCCUAAUGGAUUUAUGGGUUAUCACCUGGUUCUUCAGACAAGAAAGAGUAUCUGUCAGCGUGGAUCUGUCUCUAUAGGCACUUUCAUGGAAAAGAAGUACAACUUUGUUAACAGUUAUCAAAGAGCUUUAGUGUGGUGCUUCUCUAAUUCUUUAAUGUUUUUUGUUUGUUUGAUGUGCACCAUAAUUAUGUUGACAUCCAUUCUCUGGUUUACAGUUCGUUCAGUGACCCAUUUCUUUAAUUACAAAGUAUGUUAAAAUACACCUUUAUUAGAUUCUUCUCAGUCUUAAAACAGACUCAAUUUUACAGGGGAAGGUUGUUCUGAUACAUAAUAAUUUAUUAUGGGUGGUCUACAAUGUGAGAAUUCACUGGCGAUAGCACAGACGGUGGUUAAUACUAAUUCAUCAGCUGAAUUAAGAAAGCCACAGAGACAAAGUUACUGCAUGGUAAUAGAUAAAUAUAAUUAAAAGCUUUAUUCAAAGCAUAUUAAAUGAUGUGUGAUACUAAUUGCUUAAUCACUUUGUGUAACUUUAAAUUUACACAGAGGUUUGUGUAAAAUUUAAGAGGUGUAGGUAAGAGUGUGAAGACAACUGUGACUUCGCAGAUGUGUGAAGGUGUUAAAUGCUGCUGAACAAAAACUCUGAAAACAGUUUAGGUUUAAGUGUUGAAAUGUUUUCAAAUGCCAUAGGAAAUUCUACAAAGAGUAAAGACUGCAUCCACUUAAAAAACCCUGAUCUAUGUCUUACUCACAAAAUACAAUUAAAUUGGCAAUUAGUUAUUUUAGUUCUUCAGAAACCAUGGUGAAUCCUACUAAAGAAAUUAUUUAAAAUAUAUUUCUCAACAUGCAUUAAUCCCCAAUUUCUUAUGACUGAUUUCAUACAAAUAUUAUUAUUUUAAAUAUGAGCCACAUGUCAAGGUCAAGUAUAAUAUGAUAGCUAUUAGAUUAAAACAAAAUCCUUUCAGUAUCCUUGGAUAUAUGCCAUCUGACCUUGGGACUUUAUCCACCUUAAAGGGUGGCUUCAAACAUAAACUGUAGUGUGUAUGUACUGUGUAAGGACUGUGUCUGUCUCCCUCCAAGUCAACGGUGCUACCAUCAGCUCCACCACGCAGGCUCGCUGCCUAGGUGUUCUCUUUGAACCUGACCUCUCCUUCAAGCCUCAUGUUCAAUCUAUCGCCAAAUCCUGUCAUUUCCAUCUCAAAAACAUUGUGCGCAUCCGCCCCACUUAACGCCACAUGCAACUAAGGUGUUGGUCCAUUCCACUGUCCUUUCUCGCCUUGACUACUGUAAUCCACUUUUCAGCGGUCUUACGUGCUCCCAACAUGCGCCGUUACAGUCCAUAAUGAAUGCAGCAGUGAGGCUCAUCUUCCUGACCGCCCACACCUCCUAUACCUCACCCUUCUGUCAGUCCCUACGUUGGCUUCCUAUAAAAUAUAGAGCUCAAUUUAAAAUUCUGGUUCUUGCUUUCAAAUUGCUACAUAAUGCUGCUCCCACCUAUCUAUCUGUCCCAUCUAGGCCCUUACGAUCUGCUACGACUUAUGUUUAUCUUCUGUCCCUACUCCCACCUCUGAUGCUCACCUUCAAGAUUUCUCGAGGGCUGCACCGUUCCUGUGGAACUCGCUUCCCUCCUCUGUUAGAUGCUCACCCAGUCUCCACUCCUUCAAAAUAUCGUUAAAAACCCACUUCUUCAUAAAAGUGUAUCAAUUAAACUGUUAAUAGCUCCUGACUGAUUCCUCUUCUGCAACUGUCACUUGUCUAAUACUACCCUUACUUAUUUGUGUCAUUUUACCCCACUCCCUCUAGCCUGUAAGCUCAUUGAGCAGGGCCCUCAACCCCUCUGUUCCUGUGUGUCCAACUUGUCUGGUUACAACUACAUGUCUGUUCAUCCAUCCAUUGAAAAGCGCUGCGGAAUUUGAUGGCGCUAUAUAAAUAACAAUAAUAAUAAUAAUAAUAUGAUGCCAGAAGUACCCUGGCCCCAUUUCCCAGUGAUGUGUCAAACGAUUUUGCGACGUUUGAAGACAAUCCCAUUGGCCAUCCAUUGGUUGAAAACAUCAGCAGAUCUCUGUCAGACAAUUAAUGCAAUUCUGUGCAUAAGAAUAUGCACAGAAUUUAAAUGAACCAGUCCAGAACUCUUGUACCAUGCUGGCUAUUGAUGCCCACAUGAAAUUGUCAGAGAUGCAGUUACACUUCCGGCAGUAGAGGGUUUCAACCCCAUAUGUGCAGAAUUUCAAAGUAAAAUGCUGAACAUACAGACUGCAGGCACUAUGGCCACUUCAAAUCACUGAGGUGGUAAUGGUGCUUGUAGAAACUCUUUAAUUUUAUUCCAUUGCUUUAAUAUGUUGCUCUGUGUUAGGCAAUACAUUCAUGCAUAAAUUCUAUAAGGUAUCAGGGUUCCACACAACAUAUUUUAUGUUUUUCUUGUGAGCAGUUCAUCCAGCUCAAUGAUCUUCAUAGCUACUCUGAACAUGUUGGAGUUCCUAAAACGCAUUGGUUUAGAGGAGUCUUUACCAGUUUCCUAUUUUUUCCACGGAAAAAUUCUGGAAACAGGAUCCCAAGAGUUUUCUCAUGUGAAUGUUGAAGAAACCUCUUAAUUCUAUAUUUUACGAGAUCCAGAUAUGCAUAAUUUCUCAUUGUUACCUUUACUAACAGAAAGUUGUUAUAUUCCAUUCAAAGUUCUAUGCGGAAAAAUAACGCACCACUGAAAGCCUGGUGCGUCCAUGGCCCACUAACCAGGGGUGAGUUUCUACUCGCCAGAGUAGUAAUUUAAUUCUCCAUAGCUAGGGGGAAGUAGUAAAUGUGAGCCCUAUGGUAAGGUGUAUACAAGCUGUUACAGUCUAAAACACAGUUAUUAUAUUUUAUCUUCAUUCUUACCAUUCUAUGUAAUACAGUAUUAAUAAUGCCAACACAGCUCAGAUACCUCUUUAGCACUUCAACAAGCCAUAUCAGCCAUGGGUACAUCUUAAGUGCACCCUCCAGUAAUAUACUUUAUUUUGCGUUUUACCAAUAGUUCCUCAUCUUUUACAGAAUUUGCUUUCUACUAAUUUCAUCUUGCAACUCCUUCUCAUGCAUCUCCCCUGUUUGAUAUUUUUGCAGUGAUGAACAUUGUCUAGAUCCAGUUUUUCAUGUAAAUCGUUAUCAGAUAUAAAUGUCACUUUUCCGGGUAUAAUUUAUGCUUCUGUCACUCCUGGGGGUGUCCGUUGAACCACUUUUGUUUGUCACUCAUGUUCUUCCAUACUAUGGUAUCACACUAAACUUAAAUUCAGGUAUUUUCCAUUACUCUCGAUUGUCUAUGUUAAUCUUGUUAUCAUUAUCUAUACAUAAAGAGUCAUGAUCACCCAGCAGGCCCUUUCAUUGCAUCCAUGUUGGUCACUGCAGGGAUUUCAUAUAACACAUACUUAAUUGGACCCUCAUGGCAUAGAAAGAGCUUGUAAAUGACAAAGCAGUAGUUUGCUGUCGUGUGUGUAUAUGUGUGUAUGAAUAGAUGAAUCUAUUGCUAAAAUGACUUCAUAGGGAUAUCAAUAUUUUAAAAAAUGACAACAUUUUAUUAGGUUUUCAUGCUAUAUUGUAAUAAUUAGGAUGGUUGUAUGGCUUAUUACCAGUGCUGUAUAGAUGAUUUGCAUAUUUGAUUUAACUUUUUGACCAUAGAUAUAUCUGUCUGGAAACAAAAGCACAGAAUACAAGUUACCCUUCCAAAUAAAACAUUGUGAUAUUGCUGCAAUUUGACUUAACUAAUCAUCCAACUUAAAAAUCUACAGUCUAUUUUGUUCACGGUGAUAUUUAUUGUUACUAAAUUGUAUUUGGACUGUAAUGCAAUCUACAUCCAAAUUUAAGAUUUAAGUUUGGAUAAGACUCUUCAUGGAAGAUAUGGUUUGAUCAUGCUCUGCACCCGUGGGGCCUGCCUUUCACAACUUUGACAUUUGUUGAAGACCUAUUCUAUAAUUAAAUGAACUGUACUCGUUCCCAGGAGUUUCCAUGUCACAUUUAAUUCCUCUACUGAGCUGCCACUUUCUUUAUCUGCACAAUAGCAUUGACAGAGUGUGUGCACUUUAAAGAGAGGUGCUGUACCCUAUUUUUCUCAAGAGCACUGGCAUUGGCAUUCAGACAAAUGACAGUCUUGCAAGAGUACAGAGCUGGCACCAAACAUUUGUGUGCUUUUUUUCUGUUUGUUUUAAUUGGCUAUCAGACAGGAGUAUUUAUGGAAUUUUUGUUUUUAAAAAUGUAUUUUAGAAAGAUGUGGGGAUGCCAUAGAAUUGUAAUGGCUUUGAAACCACCAUGAAAGCCAUGUUCUGAAUGGGUCACAGAGUCUGGAGCUGACUCUCUAACAUUCUAUGCUAAUUUCAUAAUACUGAGACUCACAAAUCUUUCCUCUUUGUACAAAUGUAAUCCCUUCACGUAUAUAGAUUUGUCAAUUCAAAUUAUCUUUACAUGUUAGGAUGUUCAUGGGGAUUAGCAAUGCAACCGUUUAGUUAAGUGAGUUAUUGAGACAGCCAUGGCUAUCCAUUAAGUUUAAAAUUACAAAGUAAAAUUCAGAGAAACUCAUUUGGGGACACCUUUGGGAUAAUUUUGAGUCAACAAGUUGGAUGUAAGUCUCUAAAUUUUUUAUCCUCUAAAAUUUACCAAACUCAAUUAAAAAUUGUUGAAUACUUUUUGUCCAGGGAUUCAAAUCUGUUAGAAACACUUUCCAAAUGAUUUAUUUACAAAGGUCAUCAUUAAAGUUUAUAGGAUUUUUUUGUUGUAAAUAAAUCAUUUUGAAAGUUUUUUUUGGCAGCUUUGAAACAUUUGGCGAGCUUAUCCAAAAAUAUAAAAAUCGAUUCCCUAGGUCUGUAUUGAGCCAGAUAAACUCUAAACCUUAGUUUGUCAAAAUCAACACAAACAGCUUUGGUAGAGUCCAGAUAAACCCAAGAACAACUAAGGAGUUCAUUACUAAAUGUUUCCUAAACUAUAAUAAAUAUUUCGACCCACUAAACAUCAGGUUGAGAGAAAAGGUGGCAUAGUGUCCAUGCCAAGAGACUGGAUCUAUCAGCAAGUUAUUAAUAGGUGAAGGAGUUUGACAAUCAUUCUUUAGCACUGUAUUAGAAGGCACGGCGGGUCACAUUUUAACCCCUGAGUUAUCAAACAUUUGGUUUUCUUCUGCAUCUAUUAGAAGACAAACUUGUAUUGAAAAAGGGAUGAAUGGAAUGCAACUGAAAAAAGUGAGAGAGGUCUAUUGGGUAAAAAAGUACAAUGUCUAUUUGGCCAUGGGUUCUUAUUAAUAAAAACAUUAUAGAAUUCUGGUGUUCUACUCUAGAUGUAGCAGACAUUUCCAUGUCUAAUUACAGGCCAAGCAAGUCUCAUAAAUAUUCAGCAGCACUUCUUAUUUUUAAAACAUUCUAAAAAUCAAUAGUUCUUGUUUUCAGUAUUUUCAGCAUGGAGACAUUCUAUAUCUUUCGCUGACAAUGCACUGCGCCAAUAACUAUUUUUGACUGCAUAUAAACUGCCUACUUACUCAGAGUAGAAACGAAGUCAGGGAAAAGACAAAGCCAUGAAUGAGGUUAUUUGACUUCUGUUUUAAAAAUAUGCUAGUUGCUGAAUUAAACUGUGUUUUUGGUAUGCUCAGCAUGUGAAACGUAUCUGCUUGCAUUGAUGGACAGUAGAGUGUAGAUGUCAACCUGAUUUUUUUUUGCAUGUUUCUUUUUAGUCUAGAGCAGGGCUGUCCAACCUGCGGCCCUCCAGAUGUUGCUGAACUACAACUACCAUGAUUCUUUCAAUGAAACAGAUAGCCAGGGAAUCAUGGGAGUUGUAGUUCAGCAAAAUCUGGGGGGCCGCAGGUUGGACAGCCCUGGUCUAGAGGGUAAUGGAGACUUGUAAUGUACUUUCUAUAUCAGUAAGGUAGUGAUGAAUACUACGACAGGCUGAAAUAAACACCUGAGGUUGAUAUAUGCCCUUGUGCAGAGGUGGGAAGUAAAGUUUGACAUUUUAGUUCUUGACUGGCCAUGUUAAAAGGACCAGUUUGGUUUGUGUGUAUGUGUGCACCAUAUCUCCGAACAUUUCAAAAGGACAAAGAGAGACACUUUAAUUUAAGGGUGUAGGUGAAGGUGUAGCCAGAUAUGUAGCAAUUCUGAGCAAUUUUAGGUGACUUACUAAUAACAAAUUAUAAAACUAAAAUGUAAUUUUCAUUGAGAACAAUGUAUCUGAUUUACACAGUCUGAGUUCUAAACACAUUACUGUGAGUAUUAUUGCUGCAGAGCUCUGCUAUACGCUCAGACACACCAACAAUAUAGAGCCCAUAAAAAACAUGGACAUUGGGUCCAAAAUCAGGAUUGCUACUCCUAAAGAAACUGUGCAAGCUAUUCUUUCUGGUCUAUUUUCAGUUUUUGAUAAUUGUAUAGAAGUCAGUGAAGAGGUAAUUUCACAAUCUCUAAUGAACAUACAAUUUUUGGUGAUAAGCAUUAGUAUUUGGAUCCAAAUUCACAUCUUGUGUAUAUCAUCCCUUUUUUUUAAUGAAUUUUAAAUAGCAACAAGUGACAUCUGGGACAUUUUAGACUGAGUAAAUGCACACAGUUGGAAUAGAGAUACAGUUUCUUUUGAUACCGUCCUCCUGUCUAUGAGUCCUGGAAACAUAUUAUCACAUUCCUACAUCUCACUUUCUCACAGAAAUAGUAAAAUUUAAGAACUACAAAAAAAGCUAAAAAGUUGCUAUUUGCUACUGUCAGUACCACGGUAAUAAAUGCCAUAUACUCCUAAAGGAACUAUGCAAUUGCCCCCCAAUUUUUUUUUUUUCAUUAUGGAACUUCCAACCCAACAUACUGAAUCAUAUUUUAUAAACCCUCUAAACAUCUUUUCUCAAAAACACAAACUCAUUAUACUCAAAUUUACUUUCUAUUUUCAUUUGAUUGUCUAAUUAAAUUGUAAUGACUAUAUCUGCUGAAUAGUCGCUUUUAAUAAAUAGGUGUAGAAAAUGUUACAGAAAUUCAAGGGUUGUUAUAGAUCAGAUACGACUGGUUCUCUGUCUCCAACUGACAUUAAUUGUGGAGUUUUUACCUUUCUCGUAAUGCCUUUAUUAAUUUAACCAGCAUAGUUCCACCCAUGAUAAUCAUAUUAUCUGACAGUUAUUAUGGAAUGUUUACAGUGUAUGAUAGACUUAUAUUUUGAAAUAAGGUUUUAAAGCUAUGGAAAGAAAAUCCAGGGAUUAUUAGAAAAUGCCUAACCUACAGUGAUGUAUUUUAUAGAGUGAUUGUUAUGGAAGAAAUAUGAGUUCUGCAUUAUUCUUUCUGAUAAGAGGCCUAUAAAGUCAAUGUGCAUGAUUGCUCCAUGUCAACGUUCAAUGUAUUGCAAGGGAGAAUAAGAUCUGUAUCCAGAUGUUUCCUCUCUUUGGCUCUUGUAGAUACCAAGUGUUCCAGAAUAUAGUGAUUCAUGUACAGAAUAUACAAUAUAUGAUGGAAUCUUUUGUCUCUUUCAUGCAUUAUAAAGACAUAAAAGAGAAGAGACACAUAUGAGCAGGUUAAGGGCUUCAGGGCUGAGCAGGGAGAUCAUUUUGAUCAGAGUUGGUGCCCCAGGAUUAGAUAUCUGAAUCUGAACCCUUAGCAGCCACAUUGGCCACCUCCAGCUCUGCCCAGUAGAUUCACAGGUAAGGAGUGACAAUCAGAAUUUAGGAAGUGACCUUUUCAUUAACAAAGUCUAGCUAAUUGUUCAGACAGUACUCUAAAUUUCAGGAGCUUAUGUGAUCUGAAAUUUGACACCCUGAGGAUUUUUUUUUUCUUUGACUGGAAAAAUUCCACGACAGAAAACACUCUAUAAGUCUUUGAAAAAAAAUAAAAUAAUAAGUAAACAAUGAAUAUGGUUGCAUUGAAAAAAAUGGCAACUCGAUGAAAGUACACAAUAAAUUACAGAUAAUGCAUUUUAAAAUGUUUUUAUUCUUCUGAAAUAAUCAUGCAUAUCUGAUGAUAUAUAUUAUUCUUAUGCAAGCUAUUGAUAUAUGAAUGAGAUGCUAGAGCUAAACGGGGAACGUUAAUGGGACUGGUGUCAAUUUAUCAUCUAUAAUUGAAUCUUAAUAAUGAAUGUAUAUUUUACUCUAACACUUAAAGGACCAAUGAUUGUCUAUUAUCUCAUGAUAAUCCCUUUAAACACCCUGUUUCAAAACGGCAUACUCCCCCUCCCAUUUUAAUGAUACCAUCAUGUAUAGAACUUGGAACUUGGAACUUCCAGAUUGAUCAAGCAGAGAAUGCUCCAAUUAAAGAUUUGGAAUAUGCUCCUAGAUCACCAGUCCUCACUGCCAUGGACUUAAAGUUUAGUUCCAUCCAGAUUUUAUCACACUCUGAAGUACCUGGGGACAUUCUUAAGAGACCAUAUAAAGGAGUCAAUUCAGAAAAUGUCCAAUGUUUAUUAAACAGAACAAAAGUUUUAAGGCAAAGUCAUAAGUGGCAGUCUAGGGGCAGUUACAUUAAUUGCCAAUCAAAUAUUAACAACUGUUAACUAACAACAUGGUUUAAGCAUAUAACAAAUCAUUGCUCUAAAACUUAUCCAGUGGGCAUUACUAGCUGGGGUCUUCUUAGAAUAGGAGGAUGAAGGCGUAGGAUUUUUCUAGAAGAGGUGGGCAAGAAUGGUCAUGGGCAGAAAUACGUAUGCAUCAUCCUUGCAAUUUACAAAGUUGUUAGUUUUAUGAUUUAGCUGACUGGAAAUGAACCCCUUCAAUAGACCAAUGUAGGCAAACAAUACAGCUGAUUCUUAAUAGGUUAAAGAGUUAGCACUAAAUGCCAAAAUCUGAAGCUGGAUAUAGAAAGACUGUGAGUAAAGAAAGGAUGUUGCAGAACUUAAAUCGGCUCUGUAGCUGCCUUUGCGUAAUUUGCAAAGACCCCUGAUGGUGACUGCUCUGCUGUUCAGGGCCACGGAAUGCAGGGAAAGGUGAAUUUUACUUACCUGAGCCUGUCCAUGGCCAUUGUCUUUCUGACAGUCCUUUUAAACUACUGGCACUUUAUCUGAAGUCCAUGGAGGAUCCUGCGAGAGUGCAGGAUCCUGCAUAAAAAACCCCAAAAACACAUUUCUCUGGGGGAAGUGACAAAGCUUGAUGGCUAUAGCUCUGCCAUUGGUCAAAUUUUGUCAAAUGUAGGAAAUAUAUUAAGAUAAAAUAGUCCCUAUAUGUAGUAGAUUUUAUCUUUAUGAAGUACUCAUUUGAAGGAGUGGGGAGGAGGGGGUGGGGAGCUUUUACAGGAUAGAGGAUGGAUGACGGAGAAAAUGAGAAGCUAGUUUAAUUUGUAAUUAGAUAUCCUGAAAUCCAAAUAAACACAUAUUUUUGCAGAUUACAUAUUGUACAGACUAGACAGACCAGAAAAAUCUUUAAUGUUAAUGAGGCUCUGGCAAGGCUCUACUUGUUUGUCAUGCUCUCCACGUACCUCGAUGCCUAAUAUUUUAUACGAGUCACAUCCCAAGAUGUUUCAUUAUCUCAUGUACACCACAAUAGAAUACGAAAAGCCUAACUUCACAACCUUCAGCCCCUUACAAUCACUCUCUCACACACCCCAACUCCAUCUUACAGGAGUGUGUUAUGUGGGCAGUAGCAAUAUAAUAAAUUAACCCCUUAGUGACUGAGGUUUGGCAUGAUUCCAUGAAUUGUGUAAAAUGGAAAUCUGAAUGGCAAAAUGUACGCAAAAAAGAAAAAAAUGAUCUGGAAAAUAUUCUCCCAUUUAGCUAUAGUUACAGCUGGCCCAUGCUAGCCUCAAUGUUGACAUUCAGAUUGUAAUGUACUACAAAUGAAAGAUUAGUGGAUAAACCCAAGAGGGUGAAAAAAAACAUAUAAUAUACCCACAGAAUAUUUAUCUAGGUCCAUUUCGACAAUAUUCACAUAAUGAUUGUAUCACUGACGUCUGAUUGUAUUUACUUUUUUGUGUCUUUCAUGCUAAAACAUCACAUUGCAUUGUUUUGCUGUGAAUACUGUAAUUAUGAUAUGGGCUACUGCAGAAAAAAAAACAUCAUCCCCUGUUAACAGCAAUACGGCUGAUGAUAGUUUGUUUUAGUGCUUGUUUUAGAAUUCAGACACCAUUUUGACAGAUUAAUUUACUAGACCAGGCAUAGUCAACUUUUAGCACUGCAGAUGUUUUGGACUACACCUCCCAUGAUGCGUUGCCAGCAUUAUUAGUGUAAGAGCAUUAUGGGGGAUGUAGUCCACAUCAUCCGGAGUGCCGAAAGUUGCCUAUCCCUGUACUAGACCCAUGCUACAUAUGGGGAAGAAUAGAGGCCCCCUACUGCAAAUAACUCAUCAUGGUAUACUGCUUGUUUGACACCUGGGUUUUUGCAGGUGGUAUAUCCAGGGCAAGGAAUUCUGCCACCCUAGGCAAAGAUCCAUUUUGCCGCCCCCUCAUGAGAUAGUUCCACAAGUUCAUUCACUAAACUCCAAAAGGAAACAUUUCACUAAUUUCUUUUUAAACAAUUUAGUAGAUAUACCCUCAAAGAAAAUAAUUAUUUUUUUCUGCAAGCCAUCCAAUCAGAGGCUUCUCACUAAGAAGCCUCUGUUCUGGGGCUGCAGUUAUGCACAUGUGCAAUCGAUCACAGCUUUCCCAUGUUUCCCUAGUACAACACAUUGAGAAAGGGAGAAGGCAGGGGCACGCUAGUACAGCACAUCUGCCUCUUCUGGUAGCUCUGUGGAGCUAAAGGAAGUGGAAGAAAAAUUUCCAAGCUGUGUGACAGACAGGGAGGUAUUUUGACCCCAAUUAUAAAAGGUCUAAUUUCUAUUUAAAUCAGAACUUUUAUAAACACACACACACACAUCACACUAAUACAGACCCAUACACACACACACUGGCACACACUGACCCAUACACACACAAAACACACUUUCCCUGACAGUCACAAACAGUACAGAAUACCUGCAGCAGCCUGUCACUUGCUCACUCUGCCCUUUAUAGCAUGUUGGCUGCCCGGUAUGAUGUCACGCCGAAUUACGACAGCCAUGAGUAUGGAGCACUGAGAGGAGUGGAUGAUGCCGCUCUACACACCUUCCUGUGAGCUGCAGCCAGGCCUUGUUAUACCAUCCCUUCACCUGCCUGAGAUAGACUCUCUGUUCGUCACCAACACUCACCAAGGCAGCCCUAAAAGAGUUUUAGAAAAUACUUGGGCUGCAUACAUUCCACAUCCCUGAUACAAACUGUGUGCUUAAUACAUAAUUGCAAUAUAUGAUAUUACAUACAUGUAAUACAUUAAUACACGUCUUAAUACAUACACAAACUAUCCAGUAGAGACACAUAGUGUCUAAUUCUCUAAUACACACACACACACAGACACUGUCUAAUACACCUACACACACACACUGCCUUAUGCAUACAUACACACACAGCCUAAUACAAACACCCACCCACACACACAUACACAUACACACGCAUUGCCUAAUACAUACGAACACACGCACACACUGCCAAAUACAUCCAUCCAUACACACACACUGCCUAAUACAUACACAGACACUGCCUAAUAUAUAUAUCUACACACACACACACUGCCUAAUACAUACACACACAGCAAGCUGCCUCCUUCCCUCAUAUACUCAGGUGCGGGCUGGGGGAACUGGUUCUGUGUCAUGCUUCCAGUCUUUCUGUGGUCCCCACCAGGAACAGGACAGGAGGAGCAGCACAGGAUAUUUUUCCCUUCCACUGCCCUCCUCUUCAAAGGACUUCUUGAGGCGGGGGCUUAGAGAAAGUGAGGAAGGGUUAGAGGAAAGCAGGGGCAGAGUUAGAAUUUUUAGAGCAGGGAAAGGCUGAAUGGACAGAGUGAAUGGUUUGUGGGCGGGCAGAGGCGGGGUUAUGAUUGUAACCCCUAUGCUUUGAUGAGAGCAUUUUAUCUGUCUGAACUUCAAGGAGGAGGACUGUAGCAGUGAGGGUAGGGCGCCGGCAGCUCUAUCACAGGUGGAGUGGGGUCUCUGUGUUCUCCGUGCGUAAACACUGGCAGCAUAACCUCAUGGGGGAUUAAGCCUGCAUUACAGCGCCUGCGGUGCCCUCUCUCACAGUGCGCCCUAGGCCACUUCCCAGUCUGCCUAUUAGAAGUGCCGGCCCUGGGUAUAUCUUGAGUCUUUUCCCUUUGACAUUUCUGUUGAAUUUAAAGGUAAUUUAGUUUUUUACACAUUUCGAAUUUGUGGUGAAUUUUACAGUCCAAGUCUGUUCUAAAGACACCAUAUGCCAGAUUUAUAUUCUGCUACUACCUCAAACAACAUUAAUAUGAUAUAUAUAUAUAUAUAUAUAUAUAUACAUACAUAUAUAUAUAUAUUUUUUUCCCCUUCCGUUACUAUCUGUGAUUUUCCCAUAACUAUAACAUAUAUUGUAGUCCAAUAAAUCUGAAGGUAUGAGUGUACAGAACUGAAUGAAGACAUUAUUAAGGUAUUAAACCUGCUCUCAAAGUUAUCUGUUACCAUCCUGCAUUUGUACAUUUAUCGAACUCCACCUUGAGAAGAUAUAGAGAAGCUUCUAAUGUAUUCCAGCACUACAUGUUGGUGAGAUAGCUCAGUGGGCUAAUGCAUCAUUAGGAGAACCUUUUCAAACCUUGGGGGUUGUAGUUUCAACACCUGGCAUGGGUGAUUCAGCCCUCCAUCCUUCCAGUGUAGAUAAAAUUAGUACUAUUAAAUUGGGUAAUAGUAACAACCUCUGGAUGUUGGGCAAAAGUAACGUCUCCAGGAUGUACUUGGAAACCAGAGUAAUCUGAAUGUACAUUUUCUGGUUCAAUACUUUGUCAUUAUUAUAUGUUUUUAAAACCUCAAUUUGUAGAUUCAUGGCAUAUCCAUACCCUCUUUGACACAUUGAAACUAACAUAGCAAUCAUAAACAUGACUUAUGGUUCUUAUGCAACUGACUGAUUAAACGUGUACCUGUUUGUUGCUUCCAUAGCAACUGCACAUUGUGUCUGAAGUUGGAAUGACAUAUUACAUGAUAGCAUUAAACGAAUGAAUGAGAGUGAAAGAGCUGUCACAGAUUUUGAUUUUUUUAUAUUACAAAUCUGAGUCGGACAUUUUAUCACACUUUUUUUAUUUUCUGGUUCAUUGCGCAACUUCAGUUUACUACAACGCACCACAAUUCUUUCUUUAUUAUAUGUUAUUUGGAAAGCCUGCUAGGAAAAAAAAAUCAAGGUAAUUAAUCAGUAUCAUGUUUGCCAAAGACAUUUAUAUAGAUCCUAUUUCAUCUUACGUAUGCCAUUUGAUUGUAUUGGAAUUUCAUUGAAAUAUCAAUUAAAUAAAUAGGCAGAUAUUCAUAAAGAUUCUAUCUUUAUGAAAGUCUCGGAAGUGACAGGUGUGUUAUAACAGAUAAUUUGGCAACACAGGAUAUUUAGAGCUGUUUGAGGUUAAUUCUCUCAUUGUGUACUUGUGUAACUCCAUAAUAAAUUAGGUGUAUGCACUCUCCCUAUAAGGUUUUUGAUCAGUUUAGCAAAUAGGCAUAGAAAUCUGAAGUACCCAUACCCCAUCCUUUAUUUUUUUAAUCCAGAAUUAAACUGACUAAAUAAUAAAUUUAGGACCAACCAGUGUUUUAUUUAUUUAUUAAUUCUACCACACCACAGAAUGUCUGUCACAAACACAGAUUAACUAUACGGAUAUGUGACAUAAGGCCACUGGUAGUUGGAUUACUAACGAAAAAAAUGUUAGUUUUCAAGAAAGUCACUGACACAGGACUACUGACUCUCAUAAUUUACUUGUUAGUGCCAGUGUGGUCUUAUGGCACAUAAGCUUGAAUGAGAGCAAUGUUAUCAUGAUGUGAUUUUGUCAGACAUACCUUUACAGGUAUAUUUGCUAAAGUGAAAAUUCUAAACAAAUUGUGUCUGUCUGGUAUACAGCCACGAGAGGCAGGCUUAGCCCUACAAUACAAACAUUGUAGUUUUUCUGACAGUGCAAUGUUUUAGCUUCACAAUGUUAAGUGGACAGGGACACUGCACCCAGACCACUUCAAUGAGCUUAAGUGGUCUGCGUACCUUUAUUGUCCCUUUAAGGGAAAAAAUGGACCACAUACAGGCCCUCAAUGGACAACAUUUGUAAGCAUAUGCUCUUCUAACAGUCUUUCUUUCCCUGUAUAAUUUGGUUUAUUAACUAAAUCACAAGUUGACUAUGGAAAUUAAUGCUUUAUAGGAAAUUAGUCAAGAUGCAAAGGUUUUCAAAGUAAUUUGCCAUUUCUCAACAAUUCCUGGAUUAAUGUAUGAACUCAUUAGCAUUUAUGGGGAAGGCAGAUUAUGUCUGAAGCAUAAAAACAAAACACAAAAUUAACCUAAGCCUUAACAGGUCCGGCUUCUACAAAGGGCAUGCUAGGACAGACUAGGUGGGGAGAGGUUGGUAAAAUCGAAUAAAGGGUACUACUGACGCAAACACCAGAAAAACAGCUAUGAAACAAUGUAGAACAAAUUGCUGAUAUAAGUAUUGUUGGGUAGAACAUGAUUUUCAUAAGAUGCUAAAUAAUAUGUCAUUUCUAUCUCAAUUGCUCAGCAAUGGCAAAUUGCAAAUGAAUGCAUUUUAAUGGAAUUCAAUAUUAUUUAGUUAUUUUAUUGCUAUACUUUACAGCAAGCACAUGUAGCUCAGAGAACCUAAUGUAUGUAUAUAUUUUUAUAAUGAAAUAAUUAUGUCCCCCCGUAUAUUUUAUUAACCAGGCCAUAGCAUGUUUAUUUAUUUAUUUAUUUUUUAAUUUAGAUGUAUUUUAUAAUAGAAAGGUGUCUUGCAGCAAGCAUUAGCCUCUUAUUAUCGUAAUGUUAUAGACAAACGUAGCACACAUUUCAUGAAUUGUGUAUUAGCAUACGUCCGCUAAAAGGAUUUUUAAUGAUUUUAUUAUGCAAAUUUUGUUUAAGUUUAAACUUGUUGAUAUUGCAAGAUUAAACCUAAUUGACAGCAGGAUGAAGAAAUAAUUAGCUUAAUUUAAAAUGGCUUAAAUGGAAGCAUCACUUACUCUGAAGAACAUUAAUCAAGGGAAAGGCAAGUCAGUGUGUUAUCACAGGCUUAACUGUAUUAGUCGGAAUAGCUGUUAUUAUGGGUUGAUUUUUGACAUAUCUUAACACAAGGUUGUGACAGCAUUGCAUAGCUUGUCACUUUUUUUUUCAACUAGGGUGUCAAAAAAAUAAAAAGUAGAAGCCUUUUUCUAUGCAUAAUAUCUGCUGAGGGAACAUGAAAUCUUUUGAAACUGUUCUUACGCUGCAUUUUCAUUCUGUAGAUAUUACUGGCUUAUUGAAGAUUCCAUCGACCCCUGUAUGGUAACUCCACUUAGUGCAAAAUGGCUUCAGGGGAUCUAUUCACACAUACCGGUAGAACUACGUAAGGUGUGGAACAAAUCCCUUCAGGAUUUAACAAAGGUAUGUAUGGAUUUGUGUCAGGCACUGGAAGCUGUGCUCAUUUUUAUUAAUACAUGAAUAUUUGACAAGUACAGCAGACAAAUUAUAUUUGUGAAUACUACCCUCUAGAUAUUCACAUAACUACUCAUAAAAAAGAUGAUGGCUAUGAAAAUACAUAACGGAAAAAUAGAUACCUCCAUAAAAAUCACAACAAUACAUUUUUCUUAAUAUUACAGACAGAUAUUUAAAUCGGUAAAACUCACAAUGUUUACAAAGAAAAGAAGAAAAGUACGUUUAUUUUUUCCAUAGGGAUAUUUCUCAAACGUUUCAGUCUUGAUAAAGAUCCCAAGUGGAAUUCUAAUGCCACUUUAACAAACCCAAUAUUUUUGGCUGGCAAGUCCCUGUGCGUUUCCCCUGCUCAUAUGGUUUUCAUUUAAUUUACUGAAACUCACCUGGGUAUUGCAGUAUUAUAUUGAGUACUCAAUGUUAGGUCCCAUAACACGCUAUUUUCCAUGUUCUAUAUUAAUAUCUAGCUGUUUAUAAUUAGUUAAUCAACACAAGUAUUGAACAAUGAAAAAUGUGAGUUAGGGGUUGUAACGUAUUCAAUUAGUGAACCAAACUUACUGGGUAGUCUACAUAUUCUGUAAAAGAUGAUGUGUGUGAGGAUCCAGGGCCUUGCGGUUUUACUGAUAUUCUAUCUGUCAAGCAUAACACUUCUCAAUGUCAUAGCCUCACCUUAGCUAUGUCUCAGAUAAGGUGGUUAGAGAUUGUGUCAAGAGAAUGCUAUGGAUCACUAGGUACUGCUGCUCAAUCUCAGCCUUUGAAAGACAAGAAAGAUGAAAUCAAUGGUGUCUGGAGACCUUCAAAUUUGCUUCUUUAUUUAACAUGGUUCAGUGAAAGACCAAAGUUCUAACAGUACAUAGAUGCUAACUGGUCUUGCCAAAAUGUGGCGUUCCAAGGAAUGCAAAAUCUAUUUCACCAAGCAAACGGGAGAUGUUUUUGUAGAUGUAUAAUGCUUUAAUAUAUAUUCUAUUGAUGUUCUGUUCUGGUGGAACAAUUUUAUGCUCAUAUAGCAAAACACAUUAUAUCAUUGCUUGAAAUAGUAUAUGUUAGAAAACAGUUGAGCAGUUACUGCUUUACAGUUUUCCUUAAUCAUGGGACUCCAGGUGCUUAAUUAAAUAUUUUUUUUUAAAAAUGCUACCUUUUAUGUGAAUAUUGGCAGAACUUGUGAAAUAUCAUUGCUGCCGUUAAGUCAUUUACUUUACUUUCAGUUGAACCUUCUUCUCCCUAGCCCUGAGCAUAAUCAGGCUAACUUUGGUUUUGCUGUGCAUUUGCAAAGGAAUCCAAAACUUUAUUCAGACUAUCAGACUUCACAUUCCCUUCACCCUAACACUGUUUUUUUGUCCUUUAAGUACAUAAAUCUUUUCCAGGAAUUAAUUUUAUUUUAGUGUGUCUCUGCUAAAAGAUUGUAAAUGGCACCCCUCCCUUCAAAACUCAACAGUAACAUUUGAGGGGUAAAGUUCAUUGCUGCAUUUUGGCAAACAAUAGGGGGAGGAGGGAAGAAGUUUAUGAACCAAUUGAGAACAAUAAAAGGAUUCAUGCAGGCGGUAAUAUUUGCCUACAAUAUUCUCUCUCAUACAGAUUCUUUGUGUAAGCUGUUUCUUUUCCAAUAUUUAAAAAACAAAAUCUGGAUUUUGUGAGAUGUGGAAUACAGUAUUGCAUCUAAGCAUUUUAGCCCUUCUUCCUUUCAGUACAGGAUAAAGAAAUACAUGAUUGUAUCCUUGUACAGCAAUCUAUAAAUUAAUUUGUCGUUUUAUCCUACGUUUCUCUACUGGGCAUGAGUCCUAUGCUCUUAUUUUUUUUUAAUUACUAGAAGUAACCCUUAUUACAUCAAUAAGUGUCAAAGUGAUGCAUUUAUGUUAUGCUAGAGGUUAGCAGCGGAUAGCAAGCUUGAAAAUCAAUUUAUAACCAUAACCUUAACUUUGACUUUUAUGGAGUUCUUGGAGAAAGCCAAAUGUCAGAUGUGGCUCUCAAGUCAUUUUACAAGUCUUUAUAUAAACUGAAAAUUAUUUUUACUUUUUUUUAUAUUGCAGUAGUUAGUACAAUGAAUAAAUAGCAAAGGGUUUUUAGCAAGGUAGCAAAGGCACAAACAAACAGUAUCAAUAGUCAAGUUGCAGGAAGAAUGGAAGCACAUUGUUUGUUUUAUAUUCUCAUUUUAGGUGUCUUUACUUGAUUUCAUAUGACCUGCAAAAUUCAGAUCUUAAUUCCUCAGAAUGCGUUUUCCCUACUUGUGGUUUUACAUAAGAGCUUUAAAGGACUGUUUUUGUUGUUGUAAACAUAUUGAUGCUCCAUACAUUACUUAUCAGUAGGCACACAAAGGGUGACAACGAUAUUUUACUCCAUUUCAUCCUAGUAAGCGAUAUCAUGCCUUUCCUUUGGCUAAUGAAAUCAACAUUCCAUUAUACUUUCAUUAUACCUUGGGGUAGAAUUCAUCUUCAUAUUAGUGUACAGAGUGUGAUCUGUAAUAUAUAAAAUCAAUUUGAUAAAAUAUCAAUUCAUAUUUUUGGCCAGUUCUGCAUUUUCACACUCUUAUAUCCCCCGCUGCUUUAAUGAUCGAAAUUUAUGAAAUCCCAUAAGGGACCAGAAACCAUUUCAUAUAAUUGAAAAAUCUAUUUUUAACUAUGCCUGGAACUACACUAUCUACUGUGUGUCAAUACUUUCUCCAUUUGCCGAUUAGAUGUUAUAAUUGCCUUUUCUUCUUUUUUUUUUUAAUCUGAAAGCUGGAAUUUUUUUUAUUCUGACAGUCAUAUUAUUUUUCUUUUUUUUUCUUUUAAAGGAGGCAGAAGAACAUUAUACAAAUGCUAUAAAGAAGUCCAUAUUAGAUUACCUAUUAUUGGAUCCAUUAGAACAAGAGAGGCUCGGGAUUGUAAUUCCUCCAAAGGUAAGAUUUUCUUUGUACUUUACUCAGUGCUCCAUCAUCACUUGUAUCUUGUUCGAGGUACAUUGGACUGUUGAAACUUUUCAAAAUAUCACCAACUUGCCCCACAACAAAUCCCCUUACCCAGAAAAUGAUACUAGAAAUGAAAUAUGUAAGGGGAUGGAGUCCAAUCAAAAGCCACAUGUGUCUCUGAUAGGUCCAUUAAUCAGACGGCCUGGAACACAUUGGGUUGCUGGUGUCAAUUUUGCUCCUAUAGUGAGUGUAAUAUACGCAGGGUGCCUACACAGUAAGGUAGUAUCUCUUCCAGAAAGAGAGCCGCAGAGUGUGCAUGUGUGGUACUCAGCUCACCCAAUUCUGAAACACAGCUCACUAAAGUGAGCCAGGUUGUGUAUAAACUUAUAGCAGCUGCAGUUGCUGCCAUCUGUUUGAAGAACAAUUCAUUUUAUCUUUGGGGGUUACACUACGUUUACCAUAAGCAUAUGUAGAAUAGGAAGUUAUGGGAUACGAUUUGCCCCUAUAAGGCAUAAUAAGAUGCUCCUGAUUGGAACUUCUCAGCUAGGAAUGGGAUAUAUCUACCUGCUGUUCCAGAAGAGACCCAGUAGUUUUUUAAAAAUAUUUUUUAAUGCUUUAUGUAAUGCUUUAGAAGUGCACUGUGUCAAUUUUGUAUGGAUUAACUUUCCAACUUCUCCAUAGCAUUGUUAUACUCCAUGUAUUGUCAAAACGUGGAGCGCAAUGUUUUGUGCCGUAUCUGGGUUGGAAAGUCACCAUUCCAACAACAACAGCGAUGAUGAUGUCUAAUGAGCCUUCAAAGUAUCAUCUUGAUAAUUCAUGUAAAAAUGGUUCCUAAGCAGAGGUUUAAUCACAUAAUUUAUCAGCAUCUGUUACAAAUGAUUAGUUUUGCUGCCACUUCCACUUCUUUAAUUCUUCAAGGAGUUAUUUAAAAUGUACCUCUGAUACUUGAAAUGUUAUAAACUAUUUUGUGAUAUAUUUGAUUUAUUCUACCAUUUAGAUAUCUAAUAGUGCUGGACGGGAACACUUUCCUUGGCAUGAAAGUAUGCACGAAGCUCGAGCCAAAUUGGAGAGAAACUUGCACAUCACUCAUCCUGUCAUGUCAGCUAUCCUGUUCAACUUUUAUUCAAAGUAUGACAUUAUCUUACCUGCUCUAGUUACACUUUGUGGGGAUUUUAGUUUUAGCUUUUAUUGCUUGAUUAUACUUAAUCAACUAAAAAUGACCUGCCCCUUUAAUUAUCUUAAUUCUUUCUUUUUAUUAUCUUUUCAUUCUCCUUAAACUCUAUAUACAUUAUACAAUUAAUUUAAUCGUAACUAUUAUGAAAUAGAUAGCACUAGUUAUUAACCAUAUGGGUUAUACAUUUACUGAAUACAUUGAGACUACAGUAAUAAAUAAAUACUAUUUUAUUAAUUAAUUAAUGCUCUUUAAUCAUCAAGUAUUCCCUACAAAGUCUGCAUUUAAGUUUAGUUUGCCCCUGCUCAUAUCUCACCUUUUGGCUUACUUUUUCCAUUACCUAACCGUACCCCAUUUGCAUGUCAGACUAGUUCCACCAAAAGUACCGCAGACUACUUACUUGUCAGAGAGGUUUCCUGUGCAUGAGAGCUAUAGCAUUUCAGUUAGAUUUGUGCUUGUGCAUGGAGAAACAAUCUGGUUCUUCUGAAUUGAUUCAUUCUGAAAUUUUGACAAGGGUUUCAUACAUGCUGUAUUUUGGUUCAGGUGAAUUUCGUUCAUGUGGUUGUUUUGGGAAAAAAAAAUCAGAAAUACCAAAAUGACAUGACAAUUUGGCAAUUGGUGUACUGCAAAAUAUAAAUGUCAUAUAUCUAUAUUUUGCACAUUUUCCCAUCCUUUUAUUCACAGAUCAAGCUACAGGUAACCAAUAGAGGGAAAAAGAAAAUUAAUUAUGUUUUACAUAUUUGUUAAGCAUAUUAUAUAUAAAUAUAUAUAUUUUUUUUACUACUCCUCCUUUUUUUCCCCUCUAUUAGUCACUUCUCACGUGGUCUCUGAAUAAAAUCAAUAUUUUUUUUAUCAUCUUUUUCUUUCAAUCAUCUCUUUUUUGGUACCACUUUAUCUUAAAAUUAGUUGGAUGAUAGAUUUUCUUGUUAUGUUUCUACGAGAAUUAACUAUGUAAUGCGAUGUAACUGAUGCUAUCUAUGACUCUGUUUUCAUUUAGGUAUGACACCUUUAGACUUUUCGAUUUCAAGAACCUCCUUUCCAUUGUACCAAUGAAGCUUGAUGAUCUCGUUAAUCACAUGACUAAUAUUGCUAAAAGAAGGUCGGAGAUUUUGGAAGAUACAUGGUUGAAAGAUUGUUGUGAUAUUGUAACUUCAAACAGAGAGGAAAUAGAAAUGGUGAUGCCUCAAGAUGACGAGGUGAGUGUGCCUUUUUUUACAGAAAGUACAAAAUCUUUGAAGAAUACCUAUUAAUGGGACAUGCCAGACACAUAUUUAUUUAAUGCUUGAGAGCUACAUUUUAAUGGAACUCAAGAAAUCUCAGGAAAUCACUAUUUGCUAAGCAUUAUUGAGAUUCAAUGAGUACUCCUGGAGUUAAGUACCUGUGACAUCAUUAAUUAAAGGACCUGUGUGAUAUUUUAGAAAGUAAAAGUAGUUGUUACUGGACAUUGGACUCCACCUUGAUUGUUAUACAUUUUAGGUUCUCAGUUGAAGAAUUUUGUCUUUAAAUUUAAUAUACUAUUAUAUUCCUAUGAUUCGUAUUUUUUUUCUUGAUUUUAAGAGACAUUAGAAUACAUUAUAUAAACUUGACUAUGUUUCUAUAAAUUAAUUCGUAAAGAACUUAAACUAAGUUCUAAAUACUAAUUUGUUUAGAACUUAAUCUAAAAUUACUAUUUUCAGUAAAUCUUCUGAAGACCAUAUCAAAAUUAAGGUAGCAAUUUGUUCCAUUACUCUCUCAACAAUAUCAAUGAACCCAGAGGCCGGUUGAGCCAUUGGCCUACUGACAAUCAGGAUGAAGCCGAAGGCUUGAUGUUAAAAAGGGCACUUCAAGAUUAUUUUGGGUUGGGAUGAGAAAGGUUGAUUCUCCUCCCUGUCCUGCUGCUACCUUAUCAUUCUUUUUCAUUGAAGUAAGAUCUUUUUAGGAUUUCCUUCUCUCCAUCUCUCCGACCUUUAUUUCUCUUGUAGUCUUUAGUUGGGCUGUUUUAUUGCAGCAGUAUGUACACAAUUUACCACUAUUAUAAAAUAUUUGUUAUAAGUUUAAAUAUUACAUACUAAACAUACUAAACACACCUUUAUGCACAUGUUGCACAGAACACACAUACAUAUACCUUUCACGCAUGUAUACACUUCUAAUGCUAAGAGAUUCUACAUGCACAUAUACGUGGGAUUUGUACAAAAUGUGUCCUCUUUAUAUCAAACAAACAAAGAAAAUCGAGGGUUGGCUAAUCUUUCCAUCCACCUAACAUUUUAUUCCAUGGCUAACAUUAACAGGGUUAUUCUCUGAAGUAAGAAUUGUUCGAAAGUCAAAGGGCAUUUCAAAUUUAAGGCUAAAAUGUCACACUAGAACCAUAGCAGACUUGGAAAAUGUCACAGCUCAGCUAUUUUGGCAUUUGAUUUUAAAUUCACUUUAAAAUCACUUUUAUGUCCCAACAAGUGUUACUUUAGUGAAUAACCCUUUAAAUGGUUUCUUUUUUUUUCUUCGAUUUACUUGCUCAAACGAAUAUAGGGAUUGGUCCCAACAUCUGAACCUCAACCAUAAACCUCUAAUGAAGAGGUUCUUUCAAUUCAAUUACACAGUCAAGUUGUUUCUUGUUUCUUUCAAUGUUUUGCAUUAUUUUUGGUGGUUUGGGUUCCAGCUAAUAUAUUCUCUGUAUUGGGAAUAGUUUGACCUGAUUUUGAGCACAUCAGUUGUUUGUGUUGAAAAGAAAUUAUAUAAGAAAACAACCGAUGUAACUGUUUUGUAGCAUUGGUGGAAAUGAAUGUUCUGUAAUUACAGUGUGACCUAUACUUCAGUUAAUCUAUUUGAGUUUUAAUGAAAUGCUCCUUAAAUGCUUUGUUUGGUUUAAAGCACAAGGCAAUCCAUUAUAAAACAUUAAAAACUGCAUAAUUAAAAUUCCCUGUCAAGACAAAAGGUAGAUUAUUACGAUAGACUCUUUAAAGUCAAAUAAAUAUAACUGCAACUUUGCUAAAACAAUUCCUAAACUCUCUCUCUCUCUAUAUAUAUAUAUAUUUUAAAAAAAACAACAAGAUUCUAAUAUUAUUUAUGACAAAAGAUUAUAUUAAAAACUAAACCUGUAAACAAAAUCAGCUGGAUAAUGAACGGUUGGUGUAACAAAAUAUUAUUGAGUUCCUUGAAAAAAAUACUACAUAUAUUGAAAAGAAGUUUUGGAUCGGAUCCAGCUGCGACCUUGUGUUCAGCUGGCUAAUUCCUCAAACAUUCAGAAAGUGUAUAAAGAGAAAGCCACCUUAAUAAUCGGAGAAGAAACAUUUACAAAAGGUGUAGGAUUAAAUGAACAUGCAGGUGCAUGGGGAUUAAGUAACUGAUUUGCAGAAAGCUUAUUGAUAAAAUGCCAAAAAUGUCAAGAAUGGCAAAUUUAAAUUGAAAGUGUAAUCCCUCAAAAAAAAAAUCAGUGUACCUGCUAAAGCAGAAAUGUGAAAAUGUAACGUGAUCUAUUCUGCAUUCAUUGACAGUGCAUAUUGGAGAUGCUGAAAUACAGCAGUUUAAUUAGACUGCCAGUGCUUACAGAUCAUUUUCAUGUUUAUUUUAUUAACCCCUGUAUACUUACACUAUGUGCUUAAUGUGUGCUGCUGCUAUUGACCUGCUCCUUAUUAGUGUGUGAGCAUUGGCAAUACUAAUAGUAUGUAGGGUGAUACCUGCUUAAUUUUAAGCUCCAACAAUCCUCGAUAAAGUGUAAGAUAUUUGGAGGAAAGAACUUGAAAGCAUAUAAAUGUUUAUUAUUUUUGUUUUUUACUAUUUAACUUGUGGCAACUUAAUGCUGCCUAAAAGCUCUUUCUCUGAUAGGGGUCUUGAGAUUAGUGGUUUUCCCUAAAGGAGAUUUAUCAAAGUAUUCUGUUGUAGAAAAGCGUGCACAAAUAUAACAGGGGGGGUGGGGGGGGUGUAGGGUUUCCCAGUGCACUGUGCCUACUGGUUCCACUAGUAUCCAUGGUGACUGCACCACUUUUAUUAUUUUUAGAUUAUUUUUUAGAAUGGACCACUUUGAUAAAGCUCUGUCAUUAAUGUUAGAAAUGUCAAACAUUAAAUUCAUAUAUCCUGCACAGUGAGAUGCAAGCAGGUUAUCUGGUUGAAUUUUACCUGAUACAAUAAUUUCUGAUUGGAUGCAGAUGUUGUCUACUUUCAGCAGCUGUUUUUUUUUAAUAAUUAAAGGGACAUUGUAGUCACCAGAACAACUACAGCUUAUUGAAUUUGUUCUGGUGAGUAGAAUCAUUCCCUUCAGGCUUUUUGCAGUACACACUGUCUUUUCAAAGACAAUGCAGUAUUUACAUUACAGCCUAUGGAUACCUCUACUGGCCACUCCUCAGAUGGCUGCUAGAGGUGCUUCCUGGGGCAGUGCUGCACACUGUGGAGACACUGAACUUUCCUCAUAGAGAUGCAUUGGUUCAAUGUAUCUCUAUGAGGAGAUGCUGUUUGGCCAGAGCUGUGUUUGACUUGUGCUGGCUCUGCCCCUGAUCUGCCUCUUUGACAAUCUCAGCCAAUCCAAUCAGAAAGCAUUGUAAUUGGUUUAGACAACCACUUCUGAUGAUGUCAGCAGACAUCUGGCCGAUCAGGGGCAGAAGCACCAGCUAUAGACUUGAAUACAAGAUUUUACUAUAUUUAGGGAGGCAAGUGGGGCCGGGUGGCACUAGAUGGUGGUUUUAACACUAUAGGGCUAGGAGUAAAUGUUUGUGUUCCUGACCAUAUAGUGUUCCUUUAAAUGUUCAUUUUGGUUGUUGGUUGGUUUAAACAUUUUGAUCCAUUUUCUAAAUUUCUACCUCUACAUUGGAAAUGUAUUAGAUAGUCAAGUGGCAAUUACAGUUUAAGGUAUGAUUAAGGUAUUUUAGCUUGAUUUGAUAAAAACUAUCAAUAAGCAGUUGACGAAAUUAAUUUAAAUAUGUUUGUGAAGAAAUGUUUUCAGGUUAGGUGUACUUGAUUGCUAUGUAGCGUACCUGUUGAAAACAUGCAUAACACUCCCGUAGAAUACAGUGGUCCAUUGUGUUCCAUUACUCUUAAAAACUGAAUAUUAGCUAACUGAAGGUGUAUGGCUUGCCAUGUGUUUAAUUGUCACCUUUUGAUUGCUGUUGCUUAAAUCACAGCAGUAAACUAUGCAGUUGAGCCUACUGGGAUUGUAUCUUGAUAAUCAAAUAUGAUUAAUUUCCUCAAAUAUAACCUGGCACCCCAGAGUUAUUAAAACUUUGAAUUACAUUUUUAAAUUAAAGGAAUAUAUGUGGAAAUAUUGCUUAAAGGGUAAACUUGUCAUUUACAUUUUUAUUGAGAAGUUGUCAACUUAUCUGUUUUCUAGUGUUUUGUACAGCUGUAAGUUAACAUUACUCAAUUUCAUUGAAUUUAUUUCUGAGUAUCUAUCUAUCUAUCUAUCUAUCUAUCUAUCUAUCUAUCUCUCUCUCUCUCUCUCUGUCUGUCUGUCUAACCUAAGAGUGUCGGUCUAUCUGUCUAUCUACUUUCGUCAAUCUGUCUAUCUUUUUAUCCACCUUUUUAUUUAGAUUAGUAAAUGUUCAUACAGAUAUAAUAUAUCAGAAGCCAGCGUGGAUUUACCAUGGGAAGACUUAAAGACAUCAAUUAAAUCUCAGCCACUGAAUUAAAGUAACUUAUAGAACGAGACAGAAUGACAGAUUUUUUACAGCAAAACCAAGUAGACUUUCAUAAAGAAGAAAAUGACAUUCAAACCAUUACCAGAUUAAACUGAAAAAUUUUAGUUUAUUUUAUGUACACUUUUAUAUACACUUUCUACUUAUAUAUCAGUAAGGUUUACUAGGAUAAUUGCACUUUAAAACAAAAAAAUAGAAAAAUAGAAACAAGAGUACCCCAACCUACUUAUCUUAAAUUAGCAAUAACAGGUCAGCAUGGCUGCUUAAAGCAUGCUGUAGUGCUAUAGUACCAGGAGUGCUAUCAAAAAGAUAUAUAAAUAAAAACAAUAGAUUUUUUGCUUUAAAGGGACACUAGAGGCACCCAAACCACUUCAGCUCAUUGAAGUGGUCUGGGUGCAGUGUCCCAUCUCCCUUAACCCUGAGCACGUAGUCAUUGCAAUUUUUAAUAAACUGUUAUUAAAUAAUUACCUGCUAGGGAUAACUCCUCCUCCAGUGACUGUCUACUUUUAGUUGCCUAAAUGAUGCUGGACAUCCUCACCCCUUCUGCACCAGAAGGGGAGGGGAGGGUGGUCCUUGACAGAGAGGGAAGCUAUAGUGCCAGGAAAACGAGCUUGUUUUCCUGGGACUAUAGUUUCCCUUUAAUCUUCUCUAUGGCGGCUGUUGCAGUGAAUGUGGUCAGAUGCUUAGUGUGGCAUUCCACAAUGUCUAGUGCAUGGCCACAAUCUACCAUGGUGUAAUUCUAUAUUUAAUAUUAUGGGAGAAAUAUGAUGACCAUGUUUGUAGCUUCGAGCCACUGAUAGGUCCACAUAUUUUCUUUUUCUUUGUCUUUUCUUAUUUAUUUUUUUCUAUUGCUUUUCUCCUAGGUGUUACGGAGGAAAAAGAUGGAUCAUUUAUUUUGGAGUUUAGCCACACUAAUGUCAAACCUUCUAAGAAAAAUUGUUGAAGCUUCUCUUGCUGACCUAGUGGAAAUGAUUGAAACCUAUGGCAAAGGGAAUCAGUAUGAAGGAAAUUAUCUUCCUGAUCAUCUCUGGCGCCCAACUAAACCUCAUCUUGUUUGGAUCUUUAUGGUAUGUUUUCAAUCUUAAAUAUAUAUGGCAACAUUUGUUCCUGAUCAGCAUUUACUUAUGGGUUAGCCCCUCCCCCCACAGCAGAAAUGAUAGGAUAUAGAACUAUGAAAUUGGUAUAAAUAGAUCCAUCUCCUUCAAAACAGGCAGUCUUUGUUUCCUGUCCUCACAGUAGUUUGGAAGGAGUCUGCUUAAGCAGGUCUAGAAUUAAAUUUUUUGCUCUCCAGGACAAUAUUUUUGCAGGCCCAGCCAGGAUUCAGCCUCUCAUCCCUGAAGACCCAGCAGAUCGCACAUAUGUAAGAGUUGCCUCCCUGGGUGCGCCUUUUAGUGAAUGUCGGUCUGACCAAACGUUCUUCCUGAGGGGGUGACAGUGGUUCAUUGGAUACAUGAGGCCAAACCAGGGUUAAGUCUCUUUCCCUGAAGAACCAGUUAACAGUACCAUUGUUGGUAGUAAAUAUUGAUGUUUCCAUCUCAAAGUCAGUAUCUGUGCUGCCUCCAUUUUAACCCAUGAUAGACAAUCCAUAAAUUGAUUGGAGACCAUAUGUACGAAGUGACAUGAAUAGUUAAUUAAAACAUUACUUUUCAACACAAACACACACACACAAAUGCUUUUGGUGGUCAUUAUUUAAAGGUACAGCUUAAUGUAGUUAUUUUGGUGAGUAUAGUCAGUUCCUGCAGGCUUUUUGCCUAGGGACACCUCCUGUAGCCACACUUCAGAUGGCUACUAGAGGUACUUCCUGGGGCAAUGCUGUGCAGUUUGCAGCAGUGACAUUCAGCAUUUCCAUCCUCUGCAUGGAGACACUGCACUUUCCUCAUAGAGAUGCAUUGAUUCGAUGCAUCACUAUGAGGAGAUGCUGAUUGGCCAGGGUAUCAUUUGGCUCUGCCCCCUGACUCGCCUCCUUGACUGUGAUCAUCAGAAUUGACAAUCUCAGCCAAUUCAAUGCUUUCCUAUAGGAAAGUAUUGUGAUUGGCGAUCAUCACUUCUGAUGAUGCCAGAAAAGGAGUCAGGUCAGGGCCAGAGCCAGCACCAGCAGACUGAAAUAAAGGUCAUAUUUUACUAUAUUUAGGUGGGUAAGUGGUGGCCAGGGGGCUAGAUAGUGUUUUUAACAAAAGAAUAUAGGGUUAGCAAUACGUUUGUUUUCCUGACCCUAUAGUGUUGCUUUAAAAAAUCACUUGUAGUUAAUACUGUAAAUCAGAUUGUGAUCACUAUAUAAAAUAUUAAUGUUGCUUGCAGAGUUAAUCGAAUAACUGUUACAAACUAACAAACAUCUAUAUUUUAACUAAACUAUGAAACAUGCCGUCCUAGAAAAUAGUUAUCUAUUGCCACAGAUUAAGGAUAGUUUAACUAUAUAGAUACUUCACAUUAGAGACAUGUUUUAUGUUUAUCUUCUUCUAAUUUUCUCAAGUCCCGAGUUACUCCUAAAUUGGUUAAAACAAUAAUUUAAUGGUAACUGGGAGAAUUUAUUGUUUCGCUUGUAUUUGCUUACUCAGUCAUCGAGAAAUAACAGAGACUGAAAUUUCUUUGUUUCGAAUUAACAAUAAUACAUAGUCUGCAACUAUAAUGAAGUGCAUUUGAUGGCAUGGAUUACAAAUGUUUCUUUCCAAGCAAAACAGAAAUAUGUAAGCUGACAGCGUCAUGCAACAGUAACUUCUGUCAUUUAUAUCAAAACCCUGCCACUAAAUCUGUAGCAGAAAUCAAGCCCAUUUGCAAACACAGUAAAUACAGAUGGUUUUGAAGUGCCAUCAUGGAAGGAGAUGAUACAUUAAACAGAAAAAAUCCUUGUGGUUCAUAAUGAAAACAAACACUCGACAAACACAGUAAUUUGUCCUUAGUCUCUAGCCCUUGUUUCCAUAUGGGUAGUUUUUAAGUGCUAUCCAAUUUCAGGGAAAGAUGUGAUGCUAUUGUUUGUAAACCUAAUAACAUUCUGUUUUCGGUGCAAUUAAUGUACACCAUUAACAAAGUUAAGACAAAGUGGAAACUAUCUAUUAUUUUGGUCCUCAUUGUCAUAUUUAUUAAUAGUAAGUGUUUAUAUAUAUAUAUAUAUAUAUAUAGAAUGCAAAGUAAUGUUAUGACAUAUAAAUCUGCAUUUUUUUCAUAUUAAGGCAUUGUUUAUUUGUUGAACAGAAUAGUCUACAUCAUGGAUAGGCAACAUUCUGCACUCCAGCUGUUUUGGACUACAUCCCCCAUAAUGCUUUUACACCCAUAAUGCUUGCAAAACAUCAUGGGAGGUGUAGUCCAAAACAUAUGGGGUGGCGAAGGUUGCCUAUGUCUGGUCUACAUGAAUCAUGAGCUAUCAUCAUUUUCUGCAAACAGUAUUUAUUACUGCCUUAAUUAAAUGCUAUUCUAUCUUUCCUAAGAUACAAAUUAACAGGUAACUUGUUGGCUUGAAUGAAAUAUACAAAGUUCUAUCCAUUUCAUUCUGUCUGUUCUUUAGUACGAUUACUUAUUGCUAUUGGUACAAAAUAUUAUAAUUUUGCUGUAUUGAUUCCAGAUGAUAUUUUUUCCUGAGAAUAUAUAUAUAUAUAUUUUUUACCUUCCAUCGUCCGGUUAUUAAAUUAAUUUUGUUUUCUAUUUGUUGAACAGACAUCUUCUCUGUUCUUUGCAUAGAUAUUCUGCUGUGGAUAGUGUAUUGAUUAUUUUCCUAUGCUUUGUAUGAUUUUCAAAUCAAGAAUAAAAUCAAAAUAAGUGUAAUAUGUGUAAGCGCUCACAAUUUAACCAAUUGUGAACACACUGUGAGCUGCAAAACUCUCCUAUGACUGAUCCCUCUCAAAUCAAUCAAAAUAACCCAAAUUACCGAAAAUAAAGUGAGGUGUGCUUGUAUACGCUCGUAAUACUUAUACUUAUUUGCUCUAUCUAAUCCUUAGGAUGUAGUAGUGCACAUGACACAAAGAAAGAUACAAUAUGCACAAAUAAUAGAGUAGAUUAAGCAAAUAAAAAAUAAUACUGAAAAGUGUGAACAGUAAACAUAAAAUAUCUCAAUUUUAAAUGAGCAGUAUUAAUGAUGAUCGAGCACAAAACAUUAAAGAAAACAUUUAGAUCACAUUGUCUUUCGUUGCUAAGUGAUUGUUAUUAGUGAUUGUAAGCUUAUCUUAACUGGAGGAAGCACUAUUGGUGCGAAACGCGUCUUGGCUGAAAUACGCACCAUUGGGGGCGGAGACAAUAUUCAUUAGCCACGUGGUUGGAUGUGAAAACUAAGUACGCUCAGUACAGUUUGUAUUUUUUAUUUACCCCUUCCAGGUGCCUUAUUGUUCUUAAAAGGAUUUUAAGUUUGUAAGUUGUUUAUAUUACUUUUUUACUUUUAAAAUGCUAGUCUGGCAUAGUAAAUUGGAUUAACGCUAUGAACCUGCUUUUUUUGCACCUCUUUUUUAUUGUUUCCCAUGUUUUUGAGUGAUUAUACUGCAUGCUGAGUCUGCAGCAAAACAACUCCCAUCCCGAGGGAAAACUCCAUAAACUGGGUAUUCUGGUUGGAGAAUGGUCAUCAUUCCAGAGAACAACAUCUUAUUUUUAGGGCACUGUUAUAUUGAGCCAAAACAGGGCUCCCUGUCUACUAGCACUACCAUAAACAAAGGAAAACCUUACACACACACACAUGCACCUUGGACAUUUUUUAGAUUAAAACUGUUUCUUUGUCUCCAUUCACACACUUACACAUAGUAUAUAUUUGAUUAAAAGUUUUCUUUAAGGUUUUGUGAUCAAUCAACAUUGAUACUUUUAAUUGAUACAUUUAGAUUUAAAUAUUUUAGGUUUACUUGUACGCACUUUAAAGUAUUAUUUGUGCAUAUUAUCUCUUUCUUUGUUUCUUGUACACUACUACAUCCUAUGGAUGUAAUACAGUAGAUAACUACAAGUAUUUGUGUAUGAGUGCACCUUCCUUUAUAUUUGGUAACUGUGCUUUUCAUAACAACAUUAGAGAUGACUGUCUACUUUUUUAAUGUUUACAACAUUGUAAUCCAUCUAUCCUUAACUUUUGAAAUAAUGCUUCUUAUACACUGUACAUAAAUUAUGAAAUGUGAGUGCAUUGGUUAGCCAGUAAGAAAAGUCACAAUCUGGUUUAAUUAAUCUGCUUGUGACAGAUCGGAAGUUUAAGGGUACCUGUCAAUUAGUUUCUUGUGUAGCUAAUGCCAUAAAGAUUAUGUAAAGCCUCACAUCUUAGGUGACACUCAGAAUGUGGCAUUAUGACAUUCAUGAAUUGAUGCAAAAAAAUUUACUUUUUAUUUCCCAUUAAAAUGAAAGCAUCUGUCUAGACUUUAAUGAGUGCACCGCUUGGCGUGGACAUUACUUGAGGACUAGAGGCUUCCCAAUCACAGAAACCUAUACAUUUGUAUGAACGAAUAGUCUAAUGACUCUUGACUCAAUUAUAAACUGUAGAAUCUGGCAGGAAAGCGUAGUCUUUGGCUUGUAUCAGAAAAGUAAUUCAUUGACACACCAGACAAAUCAAUGGAACUAGAUGUUAUUUGUGUGAGAACUGCAAAAUCAAGAGGUUCACUUGAGGGUAGAAUGCUCUCUAUGUUCCCCGUGCAGCUAAAAUUCACUCACAAGGAAAAGAACUGAAAAGAAAAGCAAUUAAAAUUGACUUUUUAAUGAAAUGCGAUUUGCCUAGUCCGACAAAAGAAACUGUAAUGUGAUUUUUAACACCUAUAAUGAUGGAUUUGCUAGUUGCAUGCACAGAACAACCAUAUAGAUUGAAUGUAUAUAUCACCUCAAUGUACAGAAACAAAAUUGUGUUUAUCAUAUAUGGACUGAUAAUCAUAUCACAUAACCAUGUGACUUAGUUAAAAUGCCAUUGUAAAAGCCUAGUAUGGCCAACCUUGGGUAUUGGCCAGCUGUUGGUUGUCAAAGAAUUAUGGAAAAUAUGGGCUGACAACACUCAAGUUUGUGCAACCGAGAUUAAGCCGUUAUAAUAAAGAACUGUGGUAGUUAAUGCCUGGUUUUAUUUUCUUCCAACAGAAGCCUUUGUUAAAUGAAUCAUAUGUCAGUAUUAAUCCAUCUAUUGAAGAGAUUGUCUUCGGCUUUGACAAUGUAAUGGAAAGUUUGGUUAUCAGUGUCCAACAGAUGAAAAGAAUUGAACAUUUUCUCUUCCAGGUAAUUUGUUACAAAUCCAUUCUAUUCAUCUUUUUGCGAUCAAUUAGCCAAAAUGAAAAGAAAGGUGGGCAUAGUAUUUGAGCCUUCGUAAACUAACAUUACUGGUAGGAUUGUGUGAAAAAAUAGAUAAACAGCGGUAAUGAAAAAAGCUCUGAAAUUUGAAAAGAAGCAAUAAUGCAACUUACUUGGAACAUUUACCUUAGAUAAAGAAACAAAGCGAAACUGAAUAGAAAAUUGCCCUCGUUUUUCUGUUACCAAAGUAGUAGCCAUUGUGUCUACAUGUUUUGUUUCAAUGUCAUUUGUUUUCAGAGAUGAGCUUAAGUUUAUAUUUUUCUCAAGUAGUUAAGGUGUCUUGAGUCCCCUGGAGUUUCUUACUUUCCAGUGUUAAACUGGUUUCAAUUCUAUUUGGGAAUGGUUUCACAACUUACCUGAGGUCCACCAGGAGCAGAUCACCUCCUUCUAUGCUGCCGCAGUUCUCUACACAUAGUGUUUCAGACUUUAGAUACUUACUGAGUGUGCUCAGCUGGGUGCGCUCAGCCAAUGAGCUGGACCUGCACUGCUGGAUUAUCUGAAUCCACAGCAGGUUUUGACCAACACCUGCUGGAUACCAUCAUAGUUGUCUUUUUACGCAGGGGGGCACCAGGGCACUUCGAGCAUUAUAAGUGUCUGUAGAAGUUAUGGUGCUUGUAGUGUUCCUUUACAUUUAUCGAAAACUGUUUAACACUUAAAGGCAAAGGCACUGAAUCAAAUUGCAUUUGCUUAGUCUCCUAUUUUGUUGGAAUCUUUUUCCAGAGCAAUGCAAACCCUGCUCUCGACUUAUUAUUGCAUAUGUUUGUGUUAAAUAAUUGAUAACAAGAAAGAUUACACACCAGUGAUGGACCUUGAUUAAGUCCACAAAGAAAAUGUAUCCAAUGAAGAAAAAAACUAGAAACUGUCCCAUGAACAGUAACCCUUUCUCCCAAGCCAGCAAGUAGCUUGACUUUAUUAUUCAUGAGACAUUUUUAUUCCCAUUAAAUAUAUUUAGCAUUAACCCACUUCCUGGGUAAUUUAUCCCCAAAAAAUCUUAAAACAGAAAAAAACAUCCAGACUGAAAUGAUCUUUUUUGAACCAUUUUUAUGUCCAUGAAACUACAAUACCACUUAGUGAUCAGCUCUUCUAUGUCAUCCUACAGAGAGAUUUUGCUUAAUUAAAAAUAAGUUUUUUGUUUUGGGGGUAUUAAGGCUCCAAUAAGUAAAUAGCAUUUUGGGGUAUCUAUAUUUUUAGAGAUGAAAAAAGCAUUGAAAUCUAGUAAAUCAACCUGACUUCCUAACACACUGAUUCAACAAUACACCACAGUGGUUAUUGUGCUUAAGCGCCCCUAACUUUGUAUUUUUCGGAGUUGUCUUAAAUCAAUUUGUUUGGAAGCUUGACUAUUAUUGAAUGGUGUUAGUAUGAGUCAAGCAGCUAAUUUGAACUGACCUGUAAUAACUUGUUUUAGCAUCUUCCCUUCUAGAGUUGAUUACAAAUUAGAGUCUAUUAGAUAGACAUCAGAGAAACCGAGAUUUUUUUUUGUAAAUGCUGUGUAGUGGUAAUGGUCAUAAUAACAAGUAAUAUGCGCCUCCGACAAAAUAUAUUUUUUUAUAUUGAGUAAGGAAAUACUGUAUUUUUUAUUCAAAAUUUUCUGCUGCUCAUGUAACAUUUUAUAACCCUUUGUUUCUGUAUUGUUAUUUGAAAUGAUUGAUACUUUCGGAUAGGGUGGAAGAGUUAUAGCUUUGUAUCUAUAAAUUAGUAUUUCAUUGAUUAUAAUGUUUAAAAUGGCACAAAGUUCUUCAGGUUCAAUCUUUCAUUUGCUGAUGUUUGUUAAUCUAGACAAAGGCAAAAUAAAACCCUAACACUUUUUCCAAUUUCGUUUUGAAAUGGUAAACAAAAUAUGACUCCAAAUAUAAUCAGGUUUUUCUUGGGUAAACACUGCUUGAAAUAAAAUAUGUUUCAAUGGUUAGAUGAGUAUGAGAGACGUGGCAAGCAUUGAUAUGGCUGGUUUUAUUUCAGAUUUCGGAAGUCUAAUAUGUCACUUAAGAAGAAAAGGUUUUAAUGUAUCAUAAAAGUCAAUGUCAUAGCCCGAACUCUAUUAUCUAUCUGUAUUUGUUGUUUUGUAAUGAGUCACAAAUGCUAUUCCAGAGAAAGUGUUGAAAUUUAUAGUAUCAGGUAAAUAAUUCUUAAAUCAGUCUCUGGAGAGUUAGCUAGCUCUUGCCCAUUACAGCUUUCAAGGUAAACAAUCGAGGUCUUUGUAUCUGCAGGCUGUAGAUAAUCUGAAAAUCAAAUACAUCAGCUCAGUACAAAUCCAUGAAGAGAUUGUCCUGUCAGCCAAGGCAAGAAUAAAAGCUGUGAUUGAAAACAACAUUCAUGGUCCAAACAGGUUAGUAACAUUUCGGAAUUCUUAUUUUAUUUGAAAUUUCUCCUCUGCUCGCAAGUUUAAUUAAUUUUGUAAAAAUGUAUUAUAUGUUUGCGGUAAAUCACAUGUGUGAAAUGUGUUGGCUUUGUUUUGUUGCGUUUCUCUUUUAAUUUGCAUGUUUAUUAGCUGUAUAACACCAAUUCCUUAUCUAGACAAAAUAAAUGGUACGUUAUGUCAGUAUGACAUUAUCUCUCUGGUUGUACAGUCGGUUCAAAUGGUAGAUGUGAGACAAAAAUUUUUCAUUGGAUCAGAGAAGUAGUAUUUUUUCACUACUUAGACGUUUUAAAGUUUUUUAUAACACUGCAAGAACUCUAAUUUCUUAGUGUUUUCCUUGAAUGGUAAGCAGACUGAAUUAACCUAAUUCCCGAGGAGUUACUAGUUGGACACGCACACUCUACAAUGCGUGUGCAAAGAUAAGUACGCCCUAUGUAUUCUCUAACACAACCAGUUAGUUAUGGAAACCCAUGUCUAUACACUUUACUUUAACCAUCAUGCAAUGUACCAUUGGAAUACAGGUAGGUGAAAAAAAGUAAUUAGAUAUAAUUAUCUAUGUUGGCUGCAUUGAUCCUUUGUUUUGCUGUCCAUUCUAUUAGCCAUUAAAUGGGAAUACCAUUUCUAUGGAGAAGCGGUGAAUAGUUAUGUAAACAAAUGGAUUUGAUAUUCUUUUCCACUAUUUAAUUAACUUAUACAGUGGGCAAAAGUCAACUCUGGCUGUUAUGAGAUGACUAUAGGGUUGAUAAAAAAACGACUUGAGUCAGGUCAUUUUUGACAAUGCUUGUGUUUUUUGAAUGCUAUUUAGAUGUAGCACAAGCUUUAGAUGCUAUUUACCUUUAGAGGUUGUUUACUCACGUAACGUAUAUGAGGUUUGGGUUAAUUUCCUGAGCAAAGAAUUUUGUACACAAAAAAAAUGAAAUGAGAAUAAACUUCUCUGGCAAAUGGAACACUCACAAGCAAAGGUACAUAGUGCAGAGCAAUGAGAAUGAAUGUGAAUUGGAAAACAUAGCAUACUUACUUACAAUAAGAUUAAGGCCCUCUGGUAAAGAAAGCAGUUAAGAGUAAGGCCGCACAGUGUAAUUAGCAAAGACAGUGAGAAUGAAUAAUAUAUUAUGCUGUUAUUACACUGGCUACAAGUGGUACAAAUGUGUGUCCUCAACUCUUCAUACAGUUCUGAGCUGAAAAAAAAAUAGCAUUUUUGCAUUUCGACUAUAGGUGCAUGUGUUUUGGUUCCUUGUGAAAGUUAAAUGAGUAAUCCUUUGUGAUUGCGAGGAAGAAAUUGUGGCUUAAUUUUUCACAAAUUUUGCUCCUCACAGAAAAAAAAAACACCGGAACCUAAAAAAAAAUAUUUAACUGCAAAUAUUGGUCUAAGUCAAUUUAGUUUCUUUUUAAGCAAAAGUAGCUGAACUGAAGAUAUAGCCGAUCUGAGAAUUUUCCUGCUCAGCUUUGACUGAAAAUGUUUACAUUUACUUUGCUUCCCAAACACUUCCCAGUUUACUGAAUAACCCAGAUAGUUAUCACUUUUAUGAACUAGAACUAAUUUAUAUGUAAGAAAGAAAUGGCAAAACUACAUAAUUGCUAUUUUUUCUUCUCUACAUUACAUUUUAAAAAUCAUAAACUCAACAUUAAAUGUUUAUUUUCUUUGUUUUAUAAUGCAGAACGGUUGUUUAUAUAAGUAUACAAUUUACCAUUAACUGAAGACCAGCAAGACGUUUGCAUACACUAAUUAAGAAUGAAAAAGUAGCAUCUGCAGACGUUUAAAUCUUUUGAUCGAUAGAAUUAUCUGCACAUUGGAAAGAGGAGACAUUAGGCACUCCUAUUUUACCAAACCUAUCUGCUUCGUCCAUUAGUACAAUUUAUUCAUGGGUUGUGUCUCAUGUAGGUUUCACUGUUCAGUAGCAGGUGUAUAAAUCCAUAGCGGCUUCACAAGUGGCUCAGCAGGGCCUCACAGCCAUACAUUCACAAGAGACAGCUCAUCUACUUAAUCCUUAUGUUUUAGUCAGCCUUUCUCAUUAUGCACACGAGGAUCUUGAUGCUCAGCUGGAUUUUGACUCUCAGGAUGAAUUGAUGGGCGCUCUUUGAUCUUGGUUGUGUAUUGUAUCUGUUUAAUCUUUCAUUUUAACUCAUGAUCUCCCCAGCUCAGACCAUUGCUCUUUUCCAGUGAAAACUAUCAAUAUUACUUUUUUUUUCUACUUUUUGUCACUCCUUUACCAGGCAGGAAACCCCAUGAACAGAUAUAUAGCAGUGGUCAUUAAAUAGGAAAGUGAUUGAUAACUCUUAACUCUUAUCCGUUUUACUAGGAUAUUAUAUGGCUUUUCUAUGAAACUUCAUGCUCAGUUAUUUACAACAGUGUUAACUGGGAAGUCAACGCGAAUUUCAAAUUAAGUUACAGCAGCUGAACUUGAAACAAUAUCUGAACACAGUAGCUUUUUAUAGUUUGACAAUUUUUGUGAAAAAUUUUAAAUUCACUAAAGAUUCCUGACAAUCCACACUUUAGAAAAUGGCCUUGACAUGCCGCCUUUGUCUUUCUAACAUGAAUGCAUAAGGAACCACAGGGAUUCCAUCUAAAAUCUGGCGAUCUAGCCUUAAAACGGAUCCCAUUAGGAGUUUGAUAAAAAUGACAAAAUAUUAUGUACUACAUUUACACUGUAUUAACAUAAUUUGUUAUCAUCAAUAACAAGAAGUAUUUUAUCGGUGAAAGAUAAGGGACAGUUGAGAGGAAAAAAGACACACAUUGCUCAUGUUUGUCAAAGUCAAACAUCAAGACUUAUACCUUCAAGAGAAUUAAUUCUUUAUCCUGCAAUGUUAGCCCUUUAGUGGUUUUAUUUGUGAUCAGCUUCAAGCAGAGUUAAGAUUGAUGAAUCUGAUUGCCACACAAUCAUUUUUAAAGUUAAUAAUAUCCUCAAGCAAAAGCUAAUUUAAAAUCUUGAGCAGUUUAUCAAGGAAAUCAAUUUUUUUUACAUGUUGAUGUGCAUCCGAACGCAAGCUUACAUAGCGACAUAAUUUUGUUUCAUCGCCCUUGUAAAUAAAUUGAAUGAUAACAAUGUUGGUCUUAGUUCUGGGAUUUUACGAAAAAUAUCUGCCAGGAAUUUUCUUUUCCAAACUAAGUUUUUUUUGUUUGUUUUUUGCUUAAAUGUUGAAACUUGGUGUUCAGUUCAUUGUAAUUUGGUGUUUAGUGAAUAAUCUCCACUGAGAUUAAACCACAUGAUUCAUUCUUUUAGCUAUCUGCAUUUACAUAUAUUUACUAUAUGAAGCUUUCAGAUUGUGUUCUUUCCCAAGCAUCUGGAACAUUAAUUGUUCAAAGAGACAUAAUUUUAACAUGGUUUCCUAUAUUCUAUAGAGUUAUAGCUUAACAGCUCUCCAGUUUCUGCUAAACACGCACACACACACGCACACACAAACACACACACACACAUUUGAUGCAUCAUUGUAUUUCUUUGUGAAUGUCUGUCUCUUGCUGCUCUUUUGUAAUAUAUUGACUUAGGCAAUAUGUUGCUAGGUAGUCAUUUUUCCUAUUGUAACAAACAGGAAUAUCUGAACAUGUGUUUGUGUGUGUGUGUGUGUGUGUUUGUGUGUUUAUGUGUGCGUGUGUGUAUGUGCAAUCAAGUGUUUGUUUUUCUGAUUUCUCUUCUGAGUCAUAAGUUCUCUUCCUAGGAGGGUCAUAUUAUUAUUAUUAUUAUAGUAUUAUUAUUAUGUGUAUAUCAACCAUUCAUCCCUCUGACGUUGAUAAGAUAAAUACUUAGUUAAUAAUAACAUUUAUUUAAAAGAAUUGGUUGAGAAGUAGAGAAAAUAAAAAAAACAAAUUCCAGGUAAAACAUUAGAUUGCUAUGCAAUUUUCAGGUUGUAACCUGUGAGGGAAGAUCCAUACACAUUACGGGGUGCGCAGUUGUGAACGCUAUAAAUAUUGUCUCAAAAUUAAAAUGAGUUCCAAGAAGUGUUGUCUGGGUACGAUGAAAUAAUUACUAGCUUGCAAAGCACGUAUAAUAUUUUUUCAAAUAUUGUCUUGUUUUUGCAUGCUAUUGCUGUUCAGUUUAAGUGUGCGUUUUAGCUAUACUUCCAUAUGCUAAAACAAGGUAUAAAGUCAGCAAUUAAAGCAUAAUACGAAUAACAAAGCAUUGCUCAUUUAUAAAGAUAAUCAACCAUAGAAACUGAUUAUUAUUUAGUCAUAAACAUUUAUGCAAUAUUACUGCCUAGUCCAGCAUCGUAUAGUGGGGUCUUUAUUCAUCAAUCGAAAACGAACUUUAUACUUAAUAUUUUGCAUCAAUUAACUUGUACAUACGCAAGGCUGCUGUACAACUUUCUUAUAGAAAGCUAAGUACAGCAGAAAUAUAUAAAAAACACUAGUAUUUUGUGUUACUUUGUAGGUUAGCGAUGAUGUAUGUUUUUCUUUCUACUUUUAGUUUUUGUACAAAAUGCAUAUAUCAUCAUGAAAAUAAUCAUAUUUCUGUAAAGGUACUCAUGUGCUUAAAGCAUCUUUAUAGAUAUGACUAAAUAUUAACUUUUUCAUAUGUUCUAUUUUAUUAUUCAUUCUAAAACAAAAUAGUUUUACUUAUUUACUGUAGGUAUUCCAUGGUAUACAAGCCUUUUUUCCAUCAGCUUUCGCCUCUCAUGGAAAAGAGAUUGGAAAAGCUAAUAAACAAAGAUGUCAACCUUGGUGUUUAUGGGAGAGAAAUUGACUGUAUGAAAAAGCUGGCAUCGGAUCUCGCUUCUUUGCCAGUAAAUGUGCCCAUGGAGAUGCUGCUGAUGGACUGCUCUGAGAUUAAUCAGGUACUGACAUAGUAAAAUAGGAUUAUUUUUUUUUUUCUCAAGCCCGAUAUAGGGCUAUAUUUCCCUUGGUGGAUGUUUCCUAUUAAAUAAUUCACUGAUAUGUCUAGGUUUAUAAAAUUUAAAUAUUUAAGCAGUGUAAUGCAUUAUUGUUUUACUGUAAAAAAGAAAAAGAAAAACAAAGGUUUUAACUUUCGGAAUGAAUGCAAAUAAGGAACAAUUUCCUGUACUUAUGAUUGAUAACUUUGGAGUAACAAUCUAAAAACAGUAGUUAACAGGAACUUAUUUUCUAUGGUGACUGCACCACAUUGGCACAUUACCCUGAGAACUACCAGGGAUUGAUGGUAAAGUUUAAAGAUGGUGGGGAGCUAGAUUCCAGACCGGUGGGGACUCUAGACUUGACUUUUUGUGCUUUGUCCAUGGAACCUUGUAUACUCACCCUCUGACCCAAUGAAAAAUGUUGCACUGUUGAACACCAUAAUCCCAUAGAUACACAUUUUUACUAAACAAAAUCCACUUGUUUCCUAAAAAGGGUCAAACUCUACCCUCUGAUGCUGUUGAUCAAUGACAGCUGUCAUGGAUCUGAGUGACCAAAGUAAAGCCAAUAGAUGAUUUCAGAAAUAUGCUGUAUAUUGGGCAUGUCUGAGAUUUUAAUAUGUAGAAAAUAGGGUAUUGUUUUCAAUAAUGCCUUAAAAUCUUAAAAUUAUUAAUUGCAUAGCCUCUCCAGACAGCAAUAAAUGCAAUAAAUGAAGAAGGAGUUAAACAUGGCAGACGCACCAAUGUUAUUCGGACAGACUUGAUCAUUAAAAAUUUGUCAAUAUGUUUUUCAUUGCAACAAAAACUGGGUGGGUGUUGCUGAACCUGUUCUUAAAGACCAGAUUCCAAAGUGUGGUAUGGCUUUUUAAGUGACAAUCUUAAAAGGAUAAUCGUCCUCAACACUGCGUAGAAACACCGAACAGCAGUAAAGUUGACAGUCCAAUCUUCAAUUUAUAAACAGUGGGGGCACAGAUGCUUAUCAACUAUAUUUUGUGGACAGCUGAGCCUGUGGAUGACCAUUUGUUAAAUAUUUGUACUUUCUCAAUUAUGUGUAAAAAUAAAAUUGCCUACCUAUAAGUCACAGAUGAAUUUAAGUCUUCCCAUGAUUUUUGUAAUAUUUCUAGAGUUUUUGGUCAAGUUUUCUUAACAUGAGCAUAUCCUAAUAUUCUCAGAAACCAAGGAAUGCAAGUGUGCUCAUCUGAGGAGAUUUGUCGUGUUUGAAUUAUGUUUGAAAAAAAAGUUUUAUUAUAACCUUGUCCAUUUUGUAUAUGUAAUUUGUGUUAGCUGUGUUUUUGUGCAGAUUAUUUGAUUAACUAACAAUAAAAUAAAACUAAUUAACGGUAGAUAGGGCUGUAUGAGAACAAUCUUUUGAAGAGCCUUAUUUUAUUUGUCUUUAUUGUAAUCUGCUUUGUGCCUUAAUAUGUGUAGUUAUAAUCAUCUAAUAUAGUCACAUGUCCCCUAGUCUACCAAUCAGAAGCUGCCAACAUUUGGUCUCAAGAUCUACUUCCUUGCGAGGUAGAAGUAGCAAGGCCCACAUACCCCUCUUUAAUGUUCUGACUGGUAGAAUUGCUGGCUUUUACUUGUGAUCACCUCAUAAAUAUAAAUAUAAUACACAAGAUCAUUCAUUUGAAAGGAGAAUAGUCCUUUUUUAAAAUGGGUAGUCAUUUUUUUAACAUUCUUUAUCUAGCAAACUUUUCAUUCCAAUACAGGAUAACAAAAAUAACAGAGAUAUACAAAGUUAUCAGCAGUAUCCAACAUUAUAAACUCAAAAUCAAGACACAUAAAGAAAGCAGAGCUUUCCACUUUGUAUAAUAUAAUAAAUAAUGAGGUAAUAAGUAUUAAUCUCAAAGGACCGAGUGUGUAACGAAAAGCGAAAUCAUGAACCAAAGGGUGAAAAAUUGUCAAGAGACAUCAACAAAACUAGAACAAAAAAAAAACAAAAAAACUAACCAAAAAAAGAAAGAGAGAAAACUAUUCAACUGAGGAUAAACAGAGAAAUAAAGUGAGGAACCAUGCAAGAAACCAGGCUAACAUUGUCACAAACCUUAACAACAAGUCUCAGUCAAAAUUCAUUGGGAAACAGAAAAGGGGGAAAGGGAAGAGAAAGAAAAAGUAAGAAAAGAAAUGGGGAAGUAGGAAGAGAAGGUCAUUUCCAAGUAGAGGGUGAAUGCAAAAUAAAAUAAAUUAGUAUCUCUGGAAGAGGGCACCUAAUUAAGGCUAGAAACUUGCACAAGUCCAGGGAUCCCAAAUUCUGUAAUAUGUUUUUCAGGUAUCGUGAACCUGCACUGUGAGAUUUUUUGCAUUUAUCUUGCUUCAUCAAUCCUGCAAAAGAUCAUCCACAUCCCAAGAUUCUUGUCAAGUGCCCAGAACUCAGCAAUAGCCCUAGAAGUGGCUAAGGCCACCCUUUCAGCUAAUUUAAUUUCUUUUCUAGUAUAGGGAUCUAGAAAUUCUUAUAAUAUCAAGGCCCAAUGGUCAAGAAUGAGUAUUUUUUUUAAAUACAUUGGAUAAAAGCAAAGCUAUUUAAACCCAGCAAGGGUAGAGCUUUAAGCAUCUCCACCAGCAGUGUAAAAAGGAACCUUUAUUGUCACAGAGUUUCCAGAAGUGAUCUAACAAACUCUCUAUGCAUUCAGAAAAGUAUCACGGGUGGAAGUUGCCACCUAAAAAGCAUUUUAAAACCCUUUUCCUUAUGAGUGAAACAAAUAGUAAGCAAUCCAGUUGCGCUCCAUAUAUUGAACCAGUCAUUCACCUUUUCUGAAGGACCCAAAUCCUGUUCCCAACUCCUAAUGUAAGGAAUGGCAAUUUGAGAAGAAUGAGUCCAUAAAUACAUUUAUAAUGUAGAUAUCUAGCCCUUCUGUAUAGGACUAGACUUAUAACCCCAUUCACAUGAGGUUAGUGGAGCUGUACCAGCCUGUAGCACUGCUAGGGAGGAGGCCAAGCAAAUUAGUUGACCUAGCGAAAAUGUUUUAAUUAAGUGAGGGUAGUGCAAUCAGGAACUUUCAAACAGCACAAAAUCUUAGCCUGAUUGUAAUGGUGGAGGAGGUUCCAAACCUGGAUAAAAUAGCCUAUGUUUUAAAAACUGGAGUUAUUGGUGAAAGUAAAGCGGAAAGGUCAAACUUAUUCUUCAGAUGAUUUCACAAAGAAAUGGAGUGUGGGGGGAAGUCUCAGGCAAUAAAUACCUAUUUGUUUAGGCACACAUAUGUAAAAAUUGAUGAUCUCUACCAAAUAUUAACAUGUAAUUAUUCUACCCAGCAUUUUUAUGCAGGUGGUGCAUGCCAGUUUUGGAUUUGUGACAACUGUGACACCUGAAAGUAAUGAAUAAAGUAUAAAGUAAAGGAGGUGUAGGCUUUCUGACCUGAUCGGAGGGUAAAGGGUCAUUCCACACACUUGUGGCUCCUAUUAAAGAAUAGGGACAGGAAGGGUCUGAAAUAAAUAUAAAAACAUGGGCAACAGAUUAAUCUUAACCAAGGCUACCUGACCCAACCAGGACACACCAAGAUGGAGUCAUUACUUUUUAAUAGUUGAAGAUGAUGGCCUCUUAAUGAGCUCCAGCACUAAACAUAUCAAUAUAGAUUUUUGCAGUUGAUGUGAUGAUUAUCUGACAUUUGUGGACCUUACUGGAAACAAGUAGUCACUUCUUUCAUUAAGGAAGUCUUGUGUUCUCUUUUAUGAAAUAUGCAGAUAGACCUCUCUAUGGAAAGUGGAGAGUCUUUCAUUUCCAAUGAGAGGUUACCAAAAAAGCCUAAUUAGUAGAUGACUGUCAUAGCAAUAGUGACAACUUGAGAAUGUUGAUGUUGAAUGGACAUGUUCUGUUGGUCACAAUCCGGUGACCUGUAUAAUACAUUCACUUUUAUGGGCCAGUAAUGACAAAUGAAUCCUCACACCUAUAGAUUUGCCAUUAUUUGCUUGGAUGUUAAGUUAAUGCAAUCUAACAAUGCCAAUGUAAUGAGCAUAGUGAAAACCCAGUAGCCAUGGAGAAUUAAUUAGUUUCAGUAUCCCUAUGUCCUAUCCUUGCAGUCAAAUUGAAUAGCUUUAGGAAAAUGUUUCUGAGGCAUGUGCAUAGAAACCGAGCUCUGCAUGCUAGGAAAUUCUUACUGGAAGAUGCAAGUUUUGCACAUCAUUUAUUAAAUAACCAUUUGAUGGUGCAGAGAGCAAGAAGUUUAUUGUCUGUGUGCUUGAAGGGUUAACACUCCAAUUAGCCUCUUAACCACUGUACCAUAAUAAAUUAUUGCAAGGUCUGUUGACACUAGAGAGAGGCUGGUUAAGUAUUGGAACCUGGCUCUGACUCUUAAUCAAAUCCGAGUGGAUCAAGGUAAAGGCUUUGCUAGCCUAUGAUUCAUUGGUCCCAUGGAUAUAUUUUAUCACAUUCUUUCAUGUGUUUUUUUUUAUGACUCAGACACCAACAAUUCAGUUUUCAAUUGUGUUUUAUUUACCAUUUCCAUUUUCAAAAUUGCUAUUAAAAUGUCAGCAAAGCUUAUAAAACGAAAGGAAAAAUAAUACCGCUAUUCACCCUUGCCUUUUCCAGCACACUGUCGAGUAACACUGUCACACCAUCAUGAGAAUAGUAGGAACAUACAUUACAAUUAGAGAACAGGGCUUGCCACUAACAGCUAAAUCCACCUCAUUGUUAUGUGGCGUUGCAUUUUAAAAGCAUCAUUAGAGUAGCAGACGAAUUAAUUUAAUGACCGUCUUGGAUGUUUAUCAUAGGAAAUUCUCACUUAUUGCUUUCAUGAUACCAUUAAGUCAUUUUAAUGUCUAGUAUGAAGCUAUUUUGGAAAAUAAUGUACAUUUCUAAUUAAGACUAAUAUCGUGGAGAGCAAUGUCCCCUGAGUGUUAUUGUAAUAAGCUACAUGUAUUCCCCCCUUUCGACACUAAUAGUCUCUUUAAACAAUGGUGCGCUCUCUGUGCAACAAAGAUGUACACAUUUAAUAGAUUUGCACACAAACACACACAUACACAAACACAAAAGACUUUAGGAGCUGAGGUCUACUCUUGGCAGUUUUACAUAUGUACUAAGAGGCAACCUAAAGCCCCUGUAAUUGUUCCUGAUAUAGGGAUGUGCUCUUGGUCCCAAAUCAAUCUUGUCACUCCUCAGAAAGCAAUGAAAGAUAAAGAGUACUAUUCACCUGAUUGCCUUCUUGCUCCCAGACAGCUGGUGACGCUUGUCUUGCUGAUAGCCAAGAGUCUCAGAUCUCAGGCAAGGAUAAAGAAAAGCUGGGAGCUUGCUGAAUCUAAAUUUGACAGUCGAUGGCUGUGUAGAGGGUCAGGAGGGAUAGAAUCUGUGACACGUAUGAGGAAGGAACAAAAUUUAUCUGCUCUGGUUGCAAUGAUUAGAUGUCUCGUCUGACUUUCUUACAGCUGAUGAUUGAUCAUACCCGCCAGCUGACUAAUAUCAUAAUUAACAAAGUUGCUACCACAUCUGAGAAGUUUAAUCGUAAAAUUUGCCAGCAGUAUGAUGGCAUUGUCACAAAGAUCUCUACAAUUGCUGCAUCAACCUUUGCUCUUGUGGAACUGCAGAACUAUGUAGACAAGCUACGAAGUGUUGAGAUUCUGGAGAUUAAGGUAGGUUAUGUGAUUUCUAUUUUAAUUUAUAUUUGCUGAGAUAAAUAACCAGUCAUUUAUUGUUGUCAUAAUUAGACUAUGCAUUCAUGAAUUGUUUCAUCAGCUUGGCUAAAGAAAUAUAUACUUAUAGAUGCUAUUGUCUUUUUUACCUUUUGUAAUCCAUUCUGCAUAUUUACUUUAAACACAUGAAUUCCAAUUGGAACACAUUUAUUUCUAUACACAAUAGCACCGGUGUUCAUAUUUUUUUUUUUUUUUAAUUCUAAUAUUUUUGUGAUGCCAAUAUACGAGUCUGAGUGCAUAUUAAAAAUCCUUAGCAAGUUAAUUUUGUUUGGUACCCAAUAGUUUUCUUUCCAUGAUUACAUUGGGAUAUGUUCAGUGAGGCAGACAGCCUCUCUGCAGAGUAUGUUGUGAAAAUGCCAAGAUGACAAAUGCUUAAUGAGUGUCAGCGGUGACAGUGACUGAGAAGGGGGAUCUAGCAUAUAUUAAUAGUAAUACCGCCGGUAGGAAGUUGAAGGCUAAAGAACACUUUCUGUAUUGUCACAUUUCUAGUUUAGAAGAUGAUAAGUCAAUCUGAAUUAUAAAUAGGAUUGCACAGAUAGGUUAUUCCACUUUUCUGAGGUUAUCAAGUCUAUUAUACCAAGGCUUAAAAUGCUCAUUUAUCAUGUCCUAGUUCUAAUUUAUCUUCUCAUCUAGUGGCAGCGGUUUAGCAAACAGGGUUAAAAUCUGGUCUCCAUAUUGUGCUUUAGUAUCGGUUCUCCUAUUAUAUUUUGUGUCCCUCAUUACCGUGUAGAGAGUUAGCACUUUGACAUUGGAACUUGAAUAGGAUUAUAUAACUAAGCUCAUGUAAAUUAAGCCACCCUCCCUCCCCAUCUCUUUUUAUUCAAGGCAUGAAAUGUUGACGUGCAUUGUGACAGUGGCUUGUGCCUUUCUAAGAGACAUUAAUGGGGCUUUUACUCGGUACAAGGCAUCGAGCAUGCACACAGUCUGUUAAUAAGUGUUCUCACUUCUCUCGCUCCCUGCUUGUGUAUUCAGUGUAUCACAGGUACAUUUCUUUUAAUUCUUAGGAUAAACUAGCAGUGGCUGCAGAAAAUCUUUUUUUCCUUUUGGAGUAUGCAUCUUUGUCUAAAGAAGACAUUAUCCUAAAUGGCAAUACAUUUUCUUGGCCUGAGAGGAUAAUGCCCAUCAUUACAAACAGGUAAAUAGAACAAACCAAUCUGAUUUUCUUUUUUGUUGUUUUCUAUUUCCUAUCUAAUUCUAAAGAAUUAUGAUCGUUUUCUUUCCCUUUUUUAUAGUUAGACACCCAGGGAUAUUUUAUCUUAGCUGUUUUAACCUAUACCCAAUAAUGUCUCCCAGUACGGUCAUUUAUCCUAAUGUUAUAGGUAUGAUACAUGAUCAAAAGUGAAUGUCGAUCAGAGGCUCGUAUCACAUCCGAUGCAAAGUACCUCACUUUUAGCAUUAUUUGUACAAAUGACCUUUGUAAUAGUUUCAGUGGAACGAAUAAUUAUAGUAAAAAUGUUAAUGGCGGAUUGGCUUAGUACAUUAGCUAUGCACGGUGAAAACAGUGACAUUUUUUAAUGCAUUGAAAUGUGCUAGAAUAUAUGUCCUGCAAGUGACUGAAGCUCCAGCCAUUUUAGUGAAGAUUAAAUUUGAUUGACCUUUGUUAGGGUGAUUAACCCAUUUGAAAUUAAAAGCCGGCUCUAAAUUAUUCUGUCCAAUUUAAAUGCAAACACUGGGGGGAAAAAAAAAGUAGUAUUUCACUCAAGUAUAUAAAAAGAAGAAUCCAAUUCUCCCACCCACCUCCUCCUCCUUUUUUAUUUUUCCUCCCUCCCGAUCAUUUUGUCAGUGAGACACGACUGCAGAGGGAGCAUGACGGAGCUCUUCUUAAGCUGUCUCGAUGGCAGAAGGAGUUCACUGAGCGCAUAGCUGAUGUAGCCAUUGAGGUGAAAGAAUUUCAGAAGAAAGAACGGAUGUCAGAAGCCAGUGCCUAUGUACAGAAACUCAACACCAUCAACGGGAAAAUACAGGAGUUUAUUGAAGAGGUAAGACCUACAGUCGUUAAUCACUGUAGAAAUAAGACAAUAUAAUUCAUUGUUUUUUGUUUAUAAAUUAUUUGCUGAUUUUCUGCUGGGGUUGAUUUCUUUCUGAAUUGUUUUAAUAUUUGUUUUAAAAGCCAUUUAUAUUAUUUUUUUGUUUUUUUGCAUUUUUUUUUUAAUUUUUCUCUUGUUAUGCGUUCUUGGUUCUUUAAUGUAUAUUUAAGUUGCUUCACCAUAUAUAAAAAAAAAAAAAAUUGUAUUUAAAAAAAAAAAAAAACGUGUUGUAUGUAAAAGUGUAGACAAGUGAUGGGAAUGAGCAUUCCACAUAAUUAGAACAGAAAAUGCUGUGAUGUUGAGCCUGCUGAAUGAAUGUUGUGUUUUGACAGGCUGCAUCAUUCAGUUAAAGAAUGAAUACAGCACACAAAAGCAGAGGGAAAGAUAUCCACUAUAAUUUAGCUAUAGUUUUAGAAAUGCUUUAAAUGAGAACUGUUUUAUUACACCUUGGCUGUUGCAUUACAACACAUCGUCUACACAAUAUUUUUUUUAAUUAUUAUUAUUUCAAAGGGAAAAUAAUCGUCAGCUGUAUUGGUAUCAGGUGUAAAAGCGUAAACAGGGGAAAAUCUCUCAUUUAAAAGCAUUGGAAUAUUAUGAAUGAACAUUGUGACUUACUCAUUUUUGGUACCGAGUGGCUGUUUUCUGUAAGCCUCUUUAAAUAAUGAGACAUUUAACUCGCCUUGAUGGUGGUCUAAUGUGUUAAAAGAAAACAAGCCAAAGUAAAAUGUUAGACUGUGCAUAUUCGAUUUAAUAUUAAAAAAAUUAUAGUUAUGUCAGUGUCACACUACAUAGUCAGAAUCUAUUUCAAAUUACUUAUGCAUUAAAUGUUUUUAGAAAACAGACUUCGUUUAUACCCUUCGUUUCCUGAUUUGUGUUAUAAGCACUAUGUAGCUACUUCCUGGUUAGUUAGUGCUGUGGGGAAUUACGUCUUCCAAAUAGUGCUAAUAGUUUUGCACUAUUUAAAAAAAAGAAUUAUAUGUAUAUGCUUGUUUUUAUGUACGUCUAUAUAUAUGUAUCUGUCUGUCAGUCUAUCUAUCUUUUUGUCUGUCUGUCUGUCUUCCUGUUUGUCUGUCUGUCUCUCAUCAUAUCAUUGAAAGAGAGAGGCAACAACCUAAGUUUACAUUGAUUGUUAUUAAAACACAUGUAUCAUAGUUUGAAAUUGCAUUUUAUUAUCUAACAUUUGCUGGCCUUUCUAGUCUGUUGUAUUUUUCUCUAUACAACUGGCUGUGAUGUUUCGCUGGCAUUCUUUAAUAUUCAGUCAAAUUCUGUCUCAUCCUCUCACAAAAAAAAAACAGCUUCUAUGACAUCUCCAGGAAAUUGAAAAGUCAGUUUAGUUUAAUGGUUAGUGACCACCAUUUGCUAUUUCUCCCAUUAUUCUUACCAUGACCAAACCAUAUUAAUUUGCUCAAAUAGUCAUACGCUACUAUCUGUGAAACCAGUUGAACCCCUAUUUUGGUCACUUGAUCAAUGAAUUCACAUCUCAGGAAUGUAAUAUACCUUUAUAAAGAUAUGAGAGCUUUUUUACUGCUCAGCAACCCCAAUAGUUGUUAAUUACAGGUAAUAACCUUGUGUGUCACUGUAUGAGGAAUGGGUAUUGACCACCUUAAUGAUGCUCACUAUUAUAGUCUAAUACAGGGCUGUCAACUAUUGCUAUUCUUUAAUACCAUUGCAUUAUAGGCAUACAAAACACAAAAGAUAGAAUGUUUCAUUAAAAUGACAUUGUUCUUGGUUUUUAUUUGAACCCUGUGGUUAACAUGACACUAAUCUUGUCUUAGCAGGCCUACUUCUUUAACAAGUCCACUCUUUGUCUAUUCUAGAGGGCAAGAAUAAAUCAAGAGGAACAGCUUCUUGAAACUGGACAGAUAACAUCAUUCCACCAAAUCCAAGAGAUUUGUAAAGCAAAGGAGCCUUAUGAGAGACUAUGGACCACUGUAGUUCACUUUACCAGGUGCUAUGACAAAUGGAUGAAUGGCCCACUGCUAAAAGUCAAUGCAGAGGAAGUGCAGGAGGAGGUAAGCCUUUGGAGACAUGUAUUAUGGGGAAGGGUCGAUGAAGUAUUUCUGGCAUCAAAUGUUUCAAUAUUAGUCCAGUGACAGCUACUGCUUUACUGCGCUCAGUGAUGAACAGAUCUGCUGUGCCCUAGACAGGGCUUUGGAGGUGGAAGAGCCACAUCUGAGACCCAUGUGCGACAAUCAUUAAAACAUCUGGGGAGGAGAAAAUGCUAGUUUAAUUGGGCUAUUUCUUCAGAUUUGUGUGUGAUGAAAACCCUUACCAAAAUGUAGUCAGAACUAUGGCUGCUAAUGACUUACCAUGCUUGAUUUGCUAUUGAAUAUUGGAAUAUUGGAAUAUAUUUAGUUGUAUCGGAGGCCCGCGGUAUGGCAAUGUUUGCCUUUGUGUAACAAUAUUUAGGGCCUUCAAAUUGUUACGAUAGAAACUUCUAAUUUACAGCUUUUAUGUAAAAUUUCUUUAAUAUGGCACUCACUUGCAGGAGAAUUUACUGUAAUAUGUUGUAGCAACCAGUGAAGCAAGUUUUAGAAUAGUAAUGUUUAACACAGCUUUGGAGCUCCUGCAAAAAUGAAUAUAUUGUAAUGCAGUAAAAUAAGUACAAUAUUGGCUUACGAUGCCGAAUAUUAGCCAAUGAUUGAAAAUAUGAUAACUUUUAUGAUAACAAUUAAAAAAAUUUUAAUAAAACAGUAACACCUUUUAUAAAAAAAUGUUUGACAUCAGGUGCAGAGUUUAUGGAAGACAAGUUACAAGUUGACAAAAAUGUUUUAUCAUCCGGACUUACAUGGACCUAUGAAAAUAGCUACCACCGUUAAGACUCGUCUCGAAAAGUUUAAACUCAAUAUGUCUAUUGUAUCAGCUUUGUGUACACCGGGGAUCAAAGCAAGACACUGGAGCGUAAUGAGUGAAAAGGUAUAGUAAAUUGCCAUUUUGUCAUAUACUACUGUGACAAAUAUAUAUUCAGUUCCUGUUUUUGUACUGGAAAAUGUAUGUUCUGCGUUUGUGUUGAAGAAAAAGCUUAAUCAAAUCAGGCUGUGCUGUUAUAAAAGGCUAUUAAAUGCUCUAUAGAUAUAAAUGUCAAGCAGCACUGUUCUCCACUGGAGUACCUGCACCAUUAAAAUUAUUCACGUAUGGGUUAGAAAUGAUUUGUCAUGCAUACUGUGUGUUUUUAAGCUCGGCUUACUUUACUGAUGUAUAAGGAAUAAUACUACUUAUUUUUUUCUCAGCUGAGUAUUUUAAAUCAAGAUUUAUAAGACUAAAUGUAAGUUUAUUCUGUCCUAUGUGCCAAUUCCAAGAAAUAUUGGCCUUGUUUGUUCAACUGGGUGAUUAUCAGGGGAAUUCCAAUUGUAAUUUGGCAUGUGCACAUAACUCCCGCAAAAUACAUUCAAAUAAUUUAUAAUUGCUACUACAUAAAUUUUGAAGGGAAAAAUUGCAGAUUUCUGCUAAUAAAAUGCAAUUAAAUACUCAGCUUCAGUUUGUCAGUCUUGCUUAUGCAUAUUGUUCACACAUGUACAGUGUUUUUUUUUUGUUUUUUCAUUUUUAGUGUCUUGUUUAAGAAAAUAGGCUCUUUCUUCUGCGAUUAUAGCCAAAGAUUCCAGCUCAUCCCUACCAAAUUAUAGACUUUUUGCAUAAAUGGGCCUAAUUACCUGAAUUCAGUUUUGAUUAGCAGUGUUAAUUGAUGCAGCUGUGGAUGCUAUCUGUUUACCUAAAUUACCAUGUGCAAACAGCAAUAUGCCUGAAAGUGAAUAUGCUAAACUGAAAAUACUAAUUAGUGGUGGCAGAUUGUUAUUCAAGUCCCAUCUUUAAACAUUUUAAUGAAAGCUCAGAUGUGUCAUGGUUUUAUGAUAUAGAGAAAGAACAUUUUCUAUAUUCCAUAUGAUUUCUAAAUGUAAUUCUUAGGAACAGAUGGGUCGUUGCAUGGGGUCCUUCCGCACUGCUUGUAGUGUCAGAGUUAAUGUUUCCCUGCCCGAUACAUAUUUCAUUUUCUUCUUAAUAUUUAUGAUACUGUAACAUUUUGUCUGUCUUACUUGUCUGUAUCUGGCCUGGUCUCUUACGAUUAUAUUAAAGACAAAUAGUCCUAGGCAUUUUAUGGUAAGUUUUACUACUUUUUGUCAAGCUUCAUAGGGGUGACCUUCAGUACUUAGAGAAACUAAUAACUUUAACCUCUCACCCAGCACCAGUGAGACACUGCGGAAAUAUGUCUAGGCUACAGUAAAUUGGUUUCAAAGCCUAUACUGUGCUUUGUUGCAUUUUGUUCUAAUCCACUCCUGACUUCUCUAGACUCAGAUGCUAAAUACAAUUUAGCUCCUGUAGAGUGGCAAGUCAGGAAAAGUGAAUAUGAAACAGAGAAUCAAAAUGAUGUGUUUAUCAGUACCCCCUAUCGACUGAAGAAGCAUAUACAUAUAAUCUGUCCCAGUCUGUCACUUUUGCUCUUUUAUAAAGAGUUCACACAGUGUUCUGACAUUGAAAUGAUGUCCUGUGGCCAUGAAUGAAGAUGCUUCGACUUUGAAACUGCAGCGUUAUUAUGUGUUUUCUCAUUGCAAGGUGUACCAAUAAUGGGUUCUUUGUCAUCGUACAAGUAAAGAUGAGAAUGCCAAAUUCUGAGCCUAUUAAGUAUUGAUCUAAAUACCAGCUAAGUAGAGUCACAGUAUAUUAUUUUUAAAAGUAUACUUAGCUUACAUGUUGACUUGCAAAAGAAAAAAUAAAAGAGCUUGACCUUCAGCCAUGUAGAGACACAAAUGCAAGUAUUAAAUCAAAUAAUUGUAGAUGGCAUGCAGAACUAGAACAUAUGUAGCAAAAUCUAUUGUUAACACUUCUCAUAGAUGAUCAGUUUCCAGUAAAAGAAUUAUGACAAAGAGCUUUGAGCAAAAGGCCUAGCAAGUUGGACGUCCAACUUUACCACCAAUGACAUCCCAAACUACUCUAGUCAGGCUUUCCAUUUUUCUUAAUGGGUCGAAUUCCCAACUUGUUUUUUAUUGUAUGCUAUCUUCUGCACUUGAAAACAACAUAAAUAUUGGAAAAGAUGUACAAUUAAUUCUCAUGUAAACUGAGGUUUCCUAGGUGUGUAUGUUACCUUUUGGCAUGGAGGCAUUGAAUCUAUUCAAUGGACUUGAGUUGGGUUUUAUCACGAUGGUCAUUUAAACAUAUCUAGCCUUUAGUUCAGCUGCUAUUCGGUAUUAUGUUUUGACAUUUGUCACGUUAAUAUUUACUUCUUGCUCUUUCUUAUCUUAGUCCCAUAUCUUCACAUCUGGUAUUUCCGCUUUUCUUCAGAUGUUUCCUUGCUUGCUUUCAACAUAAUACCCUAAUGUGGUCACUUCUCAAAACAUUAUUGCUCAUAGAUUAUCAUUCAGUUGUAGUUGUUCUUUAUAUUGAAUGUAUCAAAUCUAACACAGCAAUAAAAAGAGAAAGCUAUAUUUGAAAUAUGUUGUAUGUUAGCAGUGAAGAUCCCAUCUACCAUGUUUGUUUGAGGGUUUAAUCGAUUUUACUGUCUUUAUUUUUGGUGAAAGGUUAUUACGAUAUCUACUUUAAAAUACUAAGAAAUACUCGAGUUGUUACGUGAUGUAACUGGUUUCCAGUUUCUAAUGGCCUUUGAUGACAAUUAGUGUACCAGGAUUGGAGAAUCAGAGAAUAGUAAUUGAAGUAUUUAAAAUGAUUGUUUUAUUGUCAUUAUGUGCUUUUCAAAACACACCAAAAAUCAAAGCCUGACUUGGAAAUUCUUUAACAUAAUAAUAUGAGUUCAUGCCAAAUCCACAUUUGCUAAAAAAUAUUUGCUUAUCUCUUUUCUAUUCUAAUAACAGUAGCAUUUGCUGAAGGGCAUGUUUAGUUAUGGUGGAGAUAGCUCAUAUGGAAUUAUAAGAAAUAUAGCUCACAUAAGCCCUGCUGAUACCAGUUGCAUAAGUUAUCAUUUAGGCCAAGGUACAUUUUUAAGAUUUUUUUUUUUUUUUUUUAAUAUUCUGAAACUGCUUCGAUUUGACAAUACAUGCACAUUUUAUGAAAGGAAGGCUUCUAUAUUGUCUUUGACUUAGAAAAUAGCUUUCAAUUUUCUUUUGCAUGACAGGCAGUUGUAUACAUGCUAGUUUCUAAUACUUAUAGAAAAAAAGAUAUAUGUGAGAUUGUAAUAGAAAUGUAUUCUCCCCCAGAUGACAGUAAGAUGCAAUGCCAUUUAAUUAUUUAUCAGCAUUGGUAUAUCUACUUCUGGUGAUACAUCAUUGUUAAAAAAAACUCAGUCUCAAAGGAAAAUUCAUAUUAAAAUCAUUCUUCUUUCAAAUGCUACCACCUGCUGUUUCCAAAUGGCCAAUCUGACAGGUGUGAGUGACAUCACAGGAUGUGAUAGUUAAACAGCAGACACAUCUUGAAUACUAAAAUCGACUUUACAUAAAGAACAGCAUUGUUGAAAUUUGGUCCACAAUUCAAGGUUAACUUAACUGUAGUUUUCAUGAUUCCAAUAAGGAUAAAGACAUCUCAUUGAAGAGAACCCAUGAUUUAUCAAAGCUAAAACAAUUUCUAUAACAAUACGCUUCUUUGUAUUAUUGAAAAAAGAUUUAGAUAAUUUCAGAAUAUGGAACAGUUAACAUCUUAUAUCUAAUCCAGAUUACUGAGAGAAUCUUGAGUACUGCGUUUAGAAUAUGAAGCACAUAUUCAACAGUUGCAUCAAAGUUUAAACUAAUGAUAAAAAAUAUCACCCUAAAAAAUAACCGAUUCAAUAGUGAGAUAUCUUAAUUUGCUCUGCACUAACUGUAGAACAUGUUCAACCCUCGGUAUGUCAGAUUCUAUUCCUGGCAGGGUUAUCUUAGUUUUGAAUCCUUCUGAAAUUGAUAAAAUGAGUUUGAUGUGCACAAUGUGGCAAACUUAAACAAGAUAUUAUUUUUCCUCGAAAACAUUUUCUGAAAACUAGGGAAAAUAUACAAUUUAUAGGAGUAUAUGCAAGAGUAUGUGCUAACAGUUUAUUUUGUGUUUAAGCAGUGUUUAGUUGAUAGUCUGUGCCACUAUAUUCCUCUAUAGGGUGCUAAACAUUUUAAAUCCUUACUUAUUUAGCAUUCAGAUAAAAUAUACAGUUUUUAAGAUGCAUGCUAUCACAUACCCUGUACCAAAGCUCAAAAUGUCCACUCUCCACUAGCCUUUGGCAAGUCCUAAUAAAUAGAAAUUCACUCUGGGUUACUGUCCCAAGCUUGUGAUGAUGAAUAUCUUUUGGACUUGCAGGCCUCGGUGCAGGACCUGGCAUUUUGAUGCCCUUCCAUUCACUCUCAUGUGAUUAUUUUAUCUUGUAUUUAUAUAUAAACCUGAAGGACUCUCUUGUUGGUAGCAGUGAGAGACCUUCAAAGGUGGACUCUCCAACUGUCUCACCAACUGUUGCUGAUUGGCUGAAUCGCUUACAUCUAGCCUAGUCGUCCAUUUUAAUGGUAACAUUUACCUUUAAAGAAGGACCGGUUAAAACGGAACUCUAACAUUACUCUAGUUAUUGCUAAAAGUUGUUUUCCGCAAUAGAUGAUAGUUAAGAAUUACUAUUUUGUUCAAUGUGUUGAAACAUUCUGCUUUCUGCUUUACACAAUACCCGCAUUUUAAGAUUAGAAACGUAUUAUGCAGUAAAGCAAUUUUAGUACUGGAAUUUAGUACUAAAUGCAUUAGUUUUAUUUUCAAUACAUUGAAAACUAACAUACAAUUGAACCAAAAGUAACUUUUUAGACCAAAUGUCAAGGGGUUCACUUAUUGAACUCCCAAUGUAGGCACGUGCUAUAGUCUAAACCUUAGGAGAGAGUUGAGUGCAGUUGGAGUGGACCUUGAUCCAUAUAGCAGCUUUCAUUUUCUCAGAGUUCACAGCACGUUUUCGACAUGCUUAUUAGCAGGGUCCCAAACUGCUGAAGAACCCCAAAAGGACGUAACUUACAAAGUUCUCCUGAUUUGCGCCCAUUGAUUUUUUAUUAAUGAAUAGAUGACAUUUUAACCUGGAAAUGUCUCACCUUUUUUGUCCACUUGACUGCUUUCUGUAUUUAAUGACCUAGUUUUUUUUUACCAUUUAAACAAGCCAUUUAGCUGUUUUGUAUUUAGUUAAUUCUGAUUUCUGUUGCCGCUGUAUAGAAAACCAGUAACUGUACAGAUUUAUAAAGAGUCAAUGAAUAAGAGGCCAAUGAAAACAAUUUAUGGAAUUCCAUUUCCAAACUGAUGAAUUAGCAGUGGAUAAUAGCAUCCGAGUUUCUUGCGUUGGCUUUACAGCUUGUCAUUCUUUGUGAUUUAUUUCGCUCCAUAGGUUGGGUUUAACAUCAUUCCUCAUGAAGGCAUCUCUCUUCAGGAAGUUUUACAACUUGGCCUUGAAAAAUACCUUGAUGAUUUAAGCCAUAUCAGUUCUCAAGCCAGCAAGGAAUAUGCUCUGGAAAAAGCCCUUAAUAAAAUGAAGGCGGAUUGGGAGAAUGUCUGCUUUAUAUUUAUACCCUACAAGGACAGCAAUACCUACGUCCUGGCAGCUGUGGAUGAGAUUCAGGUACUGCAUUUACAUAUUGAUUUUUCUCAGUGACAGCAAAAUGCGUCUAUUUAUGAAAUAGAUCUGAAGCCUUAAAGAAUCAAUGUCUUUCAAUGCAUGGCUUGAUAGAAUGUUAAUUGCCUAUUGUGCUGGUUUUAAGGGGCUAAAAUGACUGUUCCUAAACCUCCAAAUCUAUGUUUGCAUAGGUUUACUAAUACACUAAUGUAUUUUUCUUUUGUUUUAUUACUAUUCUUUAUUUUUUCAUCUUUUUAAUGUGUUUUAUUUAAUACGCUAUGUUUUCACUUGUAUUCUUUUAAGAAACGCAAGUCAAAUGAUUUGUUACACUUGCUUAUCAGUUCCAUGAUUUAAUUGCUUUGUUGAUGACAGAGUGUAAGCAUAUUUUAGACGAACCUGAUUUUAUUGGAAUUCUGGCUUCUGGAUGUGCUUCAGCAAUGUAAUAACCCGGAAAACAUUUCAUAUUUGUGCAAUUAAAUCGAAAUUAUCUCUUAGCACCUUCCAAUGCAAAUUCUAUUGGGCUGAGGCCUGGAAACUGGGCAGGACGGCUCAUUGCGUUGAGUUUUCCAUCAUUAAUCUUUAAUGUGUGAGCUUUACACACUGCUUUAGUGCUCCAUUUGGGAUGUUUUAUAAAUAGUUUAUACAUUGUAAACCAGGGGUGCCUAAUAGGCAGAUAUCCAGAUGUUGUAGAACUUCAACUCCUAUAAUGCAUUGCAUGCCUUUAGAAUAACACAGCAUCAUGGUUUAAAAACAUCUGGGGAUCUACCUUCUGGGCACCCCUGUUGUAAACCGUUGUCCACAAAACCAAGUUCCCAAAUGUAUUUAGACAUAGACUGGUUCUGGGGAAAAAAAGUCCUAUAUACAUAUAUAAUUUUGUUGUUUUUCCCAUUCCUGGCACCAUAACCAUAACUACACACUAUGGUGGUUAUGGUGCUUGGAGCAAUCCUUUAACUCAGCCUUGGCUCAACAGCUAUAAUUUCAAGAACUAUUGCUUUAUAUGAAAUGUAUAUUUAUAGUGUGUGCAGUUUUGUGAGUGUGUGCAAUAGGCUCCCUGCUCCCUGCUCCCUGCUGUUCUUUCCUUCCCACCCACUUACGUUUUGCAGUAAUCAGUAAUGUGAGUGUUCCUGAUCAAUAAUUUCCUAGUCAUUACGGACAUAUUACAAGACAAUAAAACCAAUGUGUUAAUCAAUUUCUGCUUGGUGGCUAAAGCACCCAUUGGAAACAUUACAUCCUCAGGCUCUCUCUCUGCUCACAGCAUUAACACAGUCAUAAUUCAAAGUGCCAAAUCUGUAGCUGUCAGCAAAGAAAGAUAAAGGACACCUUUAAAAUAGUUGACUUCCCGUGACAUUAUCCUCUUUAUUGCUGGCAUACUAAAAUAAAAGCACAUGCAACUUUUAAAUACACGCUUUAAAUACUGCUACUCAAUUACAUAAAACCAGAUCUAUUUUUUUUUUUUUUUUAAUAUACUGCACUGGUAAAUGCAAACCAUUACAACAAUAUGGGCAAUAUGGGAAUAAUGACCUAUACACUGCUUGUGGCAAUGGUCAGACUGUACAAUUGCUUCAGUGUCGGAAUGCUGAAAGACACAGCAGUAUUUUAAAGGAAGACUCCAUGUAUGUGUCAGUGGUUAUGGCGCCAAGAGUGCCCUAGCACCUACUAUUGUAAGCAGUCAAACUGUUUGCUAACAGUUUGCUUCUCUCAACCGGUCGCCUCUCUGGAGAGUCAGAAGCUUCUUCUGUUGGCUCUCCUGACCUAAGCUCUGCAGUGCAGGACCGGCUGAUAAGAGCUUCCGUUGAUCUCUCUCAGCCAAUAGGCUAAGCCAUGGAUUUCCAGGCUUGGCACAGAGCUGAGAACUUCUGGCUGCAGAGACACAGGAAGUAGCACACAGAAGACCCCAGUUAUGAAGUCAAACAGGGCGAUUCAUGAAAAUGAGGAUUCAAAGUGAAUUCUAAGUGAAUUUUAAAUUUAUACAUGAAAGCCAAACUGGAAAAAAUCUCUAAGUCAGUUAUGCUUCCUGUUUGAAAUUCACUUUGAAUUCAUUUUAACGUUAUAUAAGGUGAGGGGGUGCCAGGGCACUCCUGGCACCUUAACCACUAUAAAGCACUAUAUUUUUUAAGGUGCUUUGAACAUUUCUUUAACACAGCAUUGGCUGAACAGCGAUGAUUUCAAGAACUAUAGCUUUAUAUGAAAUGUCCCUGUAUAGCUAGAUUUGAUUACUGUUCUCUGAAUCCACAAUGGCAGAAAACAAAUACAAAUGGUUAAUUAACUUACAUAGUGGCAGAUAUGAUGAUGCCACAGAACCAAAUUUUGUGAGCUUCUGUAUGUUCUUAUAAAAAUAUUUACAAUCAAAUACUAUUUGCACCCCAAAAAGUAGACAGUAACACAUAUCCCUCUAUUUAUGGAAUAAUGCAUGUUAAUGGUUUUUAGUUUUUUUGCCAUCCCAGUUUUCAACCCAUCUAUCCCUGAACCUUGAAGUCAAUUUAAAAUGAUUAGACCUGGCAUCUCACAAGCAUACCCUACUAAGGCACACCAAAGUAAUACUGCACACAACAUUUUUCCCUGACCUUUUUCAAAUUACAUUUAAGUGUCAAGGGAAUUUCUCAGUGACUAGAAGAUAAUAAGGUUCAAUCCGUUUUGCUGUUUGGCUUCAAAUUUGUCUUCUGAGAAACUCUAAGUUAUCAAUUCUUUUCAUCUCAGCCUUGAAUUUCAUUCAUCUCUAUAAUCCAGGUAUCUAAGCAUUUCUCUUCUUCCUUAUUUCUCCCUUUUCCAACCUCUUCAAGGUUUUGCUAGAAGAUCACAUUGUGAAGACUACAACCAUGAAAAGCUCUCCGUUUAUUGCACCAUUCGAAAAAGAAAUAUUAGCAUGGGAGGCUAAGCUGGUAUGUUGCCUUUUGAGAAGCUCUUGUUGAAUUUAAUUAGCUUUUAGAUUCCAUCUCCAUCCCAUAUCUCAGAUUACACCGCCCAAUAAGAUUCAUGCUUCACUUGUUCCCAUUGUGCUAAACUUUUCAAAGUUGGCUUUGCAAUCAGCAUUCUGUAGAAUAUUAAGAAGGGAAGAAGUAUUACAUUCUUUAUGUUAAAUUGAUUUCACUUUAGUUUUGAUUAUGUGAGCCUAAAUGGAAUAGGCACAGUCACUGGGUAACAGAGUGAAUCAUCCAAGUGAAACAUACAUAGAGGCAGCUGUGCUGGCUCAUUCGUCUCUGUGCUUUACUGGGUUGAAUCUGUGAUUUAAAAGGAAUAUGUGAAAAGUUUAAAUGUUGCUACUAUACUCUUAAGUGGAAUUGUAUCAUGUUUUUCUUGGUGGCCGUAAUUAAUAUGUACCAGCUGUACAUAUUGCUUGAGAUUAUAUAUUUUUUCUAUUAUUAUUUACAUAGGGGCUUUUGCAAAACAUUUUGGAAUCUUGGCUGAGGGUUCAGAUGGCCUGGCUGUAUCUAGAGCCUAUUUUUGGGUCAGAGGAUAUACGUAACCAAAUACCGAUAGAAGGAAAGAAAUUUGAAAUUGUUGAUGCCAACUGGUAAGUUUACUGACGCGUCUUUUAUAGAAUCAUUUUUUUAUUUUUUUUGUGGAUGACCUACUGUAUGGCGGAAUGUAAAUCAGUUCAAAUCUAAACAAAGAAACAUAUAUUUUGAUGUCAAAUGAGAUAAAAUAGUCACUUUACACAUUUACGUUCAUGAAUCUUGAGUUUAUUUUCUCCUUAAGUCUGUUAGUAGUUCUUUCAUAUUAACAUGAACAUUUAACAAUAAAAUUCCUGGCUCGCCAAUCCCAUAAACUCUCCUGGAGCAAGAUGGCUGCCUUCUGCCAUAUUUUUUUUAAUAUACACUGGGAAUGAGUAUAUAAAAGCCAGUUGUGAAUAUAAGGUUACACUUUACUUUUCUUAACAUGCAUAAUUAAAAUUGUAAUAGGUGUUCUUUUAUUUUGUUAUGAGAUUGAAUACUCUUUGGUAACUUCCACAGUCAGCUUCCAAAACAAUCACGAUUCUUAAAUAAAAUAAGAGGGUUCUGUUAUACCUAGUGUAUGCACAGAUGAGAGGGAGUCUAACUGACACUGAGUCGCUCACACUAGAAACAAAUAGGGAUUCACAAAAACCUAUAGACAAUAACAAGAAAACAACACUCUAAGAAAUCACAAUAUUCUAAUCUCUGUAGAUUCCGUGUGAUUUUUUUUACUCUCGUACCAAGCCAUUAUCACGAGUCAGCUCCUGGUUUUCGCGCACUAUUUCUUAGAAUGUUAUUUUCUUGUUACGAUUCUUAAAUCGUUUUUUUUUUUCUGCUACCAUAUGCUUGUUAUAAUGGUCAGGGUAGAAAAGUUACACCAACAAUGAACCAAAACCAGUGUUUAUUACAUAUCUCCAGUUGUUUGAGAUCUCACUCAAUCACCCCCUUAUUCUCUUUAUAUUUUACCAGUAGCUGCAAUGUUCCUUUAUUUUUUCCUAGCCAUCACUUCCAAAUUCCCCCUGCUACCUCUUGUCUCAAAUCUGCAUUAUAACCCUUAGAUUGUAAGCUCAUAAACUAGCUUCAAUGGCUAGAUCUCAGGUCAAGGUCAGGGCCCUUUUUACCUUUUGUAUUGGUCUGUGUAUAUUGUACUGUACUUGUAGCACUGUGGAAUAUAUUGGCUCUUUUAAAAAAAAAAAUUAAUAAGUGCUGGUAAUAUUAAUAAUAAUAUUUAAAUGGUGAAAAUUGUGAUAGUGUGACAAGGCUGCUGGCUAUGUAUGUCUAGUCUGGCCGCAAUCAUCAACAAGAUCCGAAUUAACUUUUAGCUGAAAGGUUUGCAUUUAAAAUUCACAAUAAUAAAUGUGUGUAAUGUUCAAUAUUUCGCUAAAUCCAAUGCAUUUGCAUUGGAAUAAAGCAAAAUGAGAGCAGCUGCACAAUAUUUUGAUAAUUGUACUGGACCCAACAGACAGCUGCAAUAUACACUGAGUAACAAUUCUAACCUUUUUUAUGACAAUCUUCAUAAAUUAAAGAACUACAUACACUUCAGCUUUGAUUUCCCACCCGAUUUUCUUUGGAGCCUUUAUUUUUUUGCUUUGCUCUUUUAUACCUCUCUUUUUUGUUCUAAAUCCUCCUUCAUUUCAUAAUUAUUCUGUUUCUACUGAUGCUCGCAAAAGACAUCAGACACCAAAGUCAUUAAUUUUCUGUUAGAAGACUUUCUUUUGGUAGAGAACCUUUGAAGUUUCGAAUUUUAAGCAGCUAAAGUUAUUGUAGUCUGUAUUUGUCUCGGCUAGCAUUUAAUAAAAAAUUUCAAGAAAUAAUUUGCAUGUGACAUAUUUCACCUUACGAUUUCCAAGUUGUAGGAAAUAAAUCUGCAGAGUUGAAUACAUCGAUGGGAAAUAAUAAUUGGUUUUGCUGAACACCGCUUCUCUUUUAUGGAGAGAACAUGUAUCCUGGAGUUUAGAAUGGCGAUCUGAUUUAUUAUUUGCAUAGCAACCAGUAAUACAGUUAUUAACAUAUCUAAAAAAAUAAAAAAAUUGCAAUAUGGAACAUAAAGAGUUAUAAUGCCAGUGAAGGAUUUCAGUAUUUCAGUGGUAUUUAACUUGCAUACUCAUUGCUAUUCCUGGUGCUGUCAGAUAAAAAAAUAAUUGAACAUUAUUUAUAUGCAGAAAAUGACAUACAGUAUGUUGUGUUGUACUUUGACAGAUUCUACAACAAGAUUCUAUAUUGAAUUAAGCUUAAAAGAUCUUGACAGGAACCUGUGCUUUAGUAGAGUGUUAUGAAUGGUGAGCUUAGAAGAUCGCUGGACUCUUUUCUUUACCAAAAUACAAAAUGUUAGACAUUUUUUCUCAAACUGAGCAAGUCGUUUUCCCUCGUCCAAGCCCCGUGCGCAAGCUUGAUGUGGGAGAAUUUUUGUUGGUCUUAUGUUACUGAUAACGUACAAUAUGAAAACUAGCAGAUAGUUACUCAGGACAGACAUGCUAGUUGUUGUAAAGUGUUAGUAGGAAAAUUAAACAGAACUCUGCUCACGUCGCUAGACUCAAACGAUUAUGCUCUCUUGGUAAUGUGACUGUCUGUUGACAGGUACAUUAUUUUACUACUUUACUUUUUUUGACUCAAAGCUUGCGGUACCUGUGUUCAUGUUAAACUAAAUAAAAAGUGCCAUUCGACAUGUUGGCAAGGCAUCAUGGUAGUUAUUUUAGAACAUCUGGGGAUCUACAUGUUAGGAGCCCUGUUUUGGAGGAUCUUGCAUAAACAUGAAUUAAGUGUAUAUAUAAUUUUAAAAAAAUAUUGUGAAAUAUUGUGAAAUGAGAAAAAAAAAUCCUGUUAUUUAAUGUAAUAAUUAAAAUAAUUGCAGGUUUUCAUUUCCUGCUCUUUUGGUGCCUUUCAGGCUACCCAUAAGAAGGAAUUGCCCAAAUCACUUUUAGGUGACUUUAAUUACUUGCGUACCACAGGUAUAUGUUGGGUUAUGAAAGGCUGUAUGGUGUACUACAUCAAUAGCAGCAUCUCCAUGGCAGGUUAAUUGAAAUAUGAUGAAAAGGCAAGACUGAAUGUAACAGUGGGGAUAGAAUAGAGCACAGGAUAACAAUAAAUCAUUUUAAAAUAUAAUAUUUUUUCAGAAAGGAACAAUAUAAACAGAUUUGACCAAAAUAAGCUAUUGUACCAUAAAUCUAAAUAUGUACAAUGAAAGUUGCCCUUUAAAGUGUUUUCAAAAGGAUUUAUUUUUACAGAUUCUUUAGUUAACAUAUGACUUUGAAGACUCAAAGGAAAUAAGAUAAUAUAAAAUAAAAAAAAUUAAACGCGAGUUUAGUAUAAUUCUAAGCAUUCCUAAUUCUCUUUGUCAGAUCUGUGACUGGCACACUGUCAGCCUUUUGCUAAUGCUUAGUGCAUCAAUACACAUUGCACUAUUUAUUAUCUUACUUAAAGCAGAUCUCUCAUUUUUUUUUAACAUUGGCAUGUCCCAAACCACGCCGUAGUUGACCUGUUUAUUUUGGUUUUUUUUAACAAUGCUUAUUUUCAAAGUUACACAAAUGAAACGUUUCCCAAUGUAUAACCUGAAGGUUGACAAACAUUUAUUAAUGGUCAACUUUAGUCAAACUCAAUGGCUCUUGUCCACUUUGACAUUGGCUGUCUAAUUCUGAACUAAUCUCCCUCCUGUGCCAAGUCACUACCUCAGACAGCACACCACUGAUUCUCAAUGUUGAACCUUGAUCGAUCUUGAGAGUCAGUUGAGGUCAGUGGAAAUUGCCGCAUGCCCUAAUGGGCAUAUACAUUAUUUGACGCACAUGCCCAGGUAUAAGAAGAUGACACUAUUUACAAGCGCUGCCAUCUUAGCAACUUUAAGAUGGCAGUGCCUAGAAAGAAGACUGGGACGGACUCAACAACUGUUUAAAAUGGUGAGUAAAUCUAACUCCAAGGUCAGACGUGCUUAUGCUAGGCUUAAGGACGAUUGGAGGAAUAUAACCCCUUAGAUUAGAACUAAGGGAACCAUAUUGUGACAGAUCCACUUUAACUUCUCUGUUAUAUGACUAUGCAGACUCAAUGUCUGAAAAACUGCAAGGCCUGUACUUAUAUAUUAUUGGAAAGUUAUAUACUUGAAAUUAUUAGUCUUUAAAGUCUGUAGCUGGUGGUUAUGGUGUAAAAAGUCACCUGGCAUCAUCUCACACUAAGAAGUUCAAAGAGUUUGACAAUUACCUGAGAUCCCUCAGACAUUUAUAAUCUGUCCUAUAUUCUGUGAUAUCACUAAAGCAAAAGUUUCCAUUUUGUAGUAGCAGUAAAAAUGUUGUCCUUAUUUGGGUAUCAUUCAUUGGCUGUUAGUGGCAGCUAAUGCUUUCACCCAAUAUAUUAAAUCUAAUUGUCUUUGAGGCAAAACAUAAAUUAGACAAAUCAAACAACCCCCAGAUAAACAUCAAACAAAGUGAAGUAACAACUUGACACAGUUAUUUUCAACAAUUAUUCUGGUAUGUGACUGGACACAGAACUAUCAUUUAGACUUCAUAUUUAAAAACUUUGGCUUUAAUUAAAAAUGAACAUUAUGUAACUGCCAAGUAUGUAACUAUUAUAAUAGUAUACAUUCAAAUAUGGAUGAUGCUCAGAAACCGCAAGAUUCUACAUAGAAGAUGUAUUGCGAAGAGAAAGACUAUGCCUUAAUUGCACAGCCAUGCUGGUUGCUUUUAUUGGAGAAAAGUUGAGGGCAGAGCUUCUCUUUUGUCAACUUUUGUUAACCUCAGGCUUUUCCAUAAAACAAAGUAGUCCCUGUCUUGUCUUGUGACAUUUUUGGAUUGUGUUGGAACAAAUUCCAGUGCAGUCAGAAUCAGUGUUUUAUAAUUAUUCAAUGAAAUACUGAAAAGUGACAGUGCUAUUUUAAGAAAAACAGGGUUUCAUUCCAAUGUCCAUUGUUCUUGGUCCAACUCCCAGAAAAUAUGGUUAACACUGACAAAAAUAUAGAUGAAGAUAACUAGUCUUGAAUUGAUAAAAGUUCAUAUGGAACUUUGGGGAUCCCUGCAUUGCUAUUAAGUGAAUGGUACCUGCUUAUGCCUACACACGUUCUGCACAUUUACUUCUUUGGGAGAUUGCUGAGCAUAUGUUUUAUGACUGUAUCACAGUCUUUUUGUUAAUUAUCUCAGUGCAUCCUGCUUGGUUCAGCUUUUCAUGCAUAAUAAUUUUAAUCAUUUAUCGCUGGUGCCAAUGAGUGCUUUGUUCUUAUGAAAGGAUAAUGAUGUUUUAAUUUGUCUAGACCAUAGCUACACACAUAAACCCAGUUAUUUGCCCCUAGACCAAUUCUGCCAUUUUAAACUAUGUGAUAAAAAUAUGAAAACUGUUCUCUAAUUACAAUAGCGUAACUAUAUAAUUAUUAUAUACCUUAUGUUGACCUUUAACUCCCAUGAACCUUUGCAAGCCACUUACCUUUUUGUUUGGCAAAGGUUGAUGAGAGUUGUAGUCCAGUGAAAAUUACAGCUCAGAUAGUUACAUUCAGUGACUAUUACAACUCAGGAAACCUUGUUUAGUGUGUAGCUUUUAUCCACCCUUGCUUUAAAUCUUGCUUUCUUUUUCUUAUCUAUUUUUUUUGUCACAAAGGAUUGGAUAUGGAUGUAACACUGAGGAGUCUAUUAGAUUUAAGCAGGCAGAAAAGUCAGAUUCUUAGGUACCAUUUUGUUUGCCUAUAAUUAAGAAGUUGUUACCUAAGACUCUUCUGGAUUUUUUUGACACCAUUGCAUUAAUACUUUAAUGCAGUUACUUUUUUUUUGUAUCAAAUCAUCUACCUAUCAUAUUUUCCCCAUCUGCUUAACUUGAGCAUAAUGGCUAUAAUUGCAGUACCUCGGUUGAUAUUAGACAGAUCAUAGAUAAGAUAAUACAAGUGAUUACAGUACAGUGUUUGAAUUGCACAGAUUACUGGAAGGAGAAUUCUUCUGAAAGAAAAAAGUAAUUAGCAAAUGCUGAUUAGUUAAACAAUGUUUUAACUGGAAUUGUUGACUGAGGGUGUGGAUGCUGUUGCAGCUCAUAUUUAAAUUGUAUUUCUCAUAUUCUCUGUGUCUGUUGCAAUGCAUUUUCUUAAUCUCUUCCUAACUCAAAAGGGUAAUCCAGACAUGGACCUUGUGCUCACUGUGCCAAGAGGGGUAUCAGCUACACAUUGGUGAUGAAGGUCAAAACGUUCAUCAGAGGUUGUUGUAUCUCAUGUGCAGAGAGAACUUGCUGGGAUUUGUGGACUGCCCUUGUGGGCGGGAUCAGUUUGACAUGCAAAUUGUGUUGGUUUUCUCAGUAAUGAUAUAAGCAAGGAAAAAUCUUUUUUGAGAUCUGAGUGGUGAUUAUCCAAAGGUCAAGCUUGUUGAGCUUCCUGAGUUUUUACCCAUUUUCAGAGAUCCCAUGUUUUCAUUUUUUGCUUCAAAAAAGUGACUAGAAUGAUGAUUAGUUAAAUAUUUUUUGAAGUGGAAUUGUUUAAUACUGGCAUAUAUUCUGUUCCAAGUCCAUUUCUAGAUUGUAGCCAUUUUGUGUGAUUUUAUUUUUUCAGUGGCAAGGUGCCAUCUUGUUCUUUGAAAUUGUAAAAUGAUUGUGUGUCUACAGAAGCCAAACUUAAUAGAUUGUCAAACAUGUUAUAUAAAUAUAUAUACAUAAAUAUAUAAAUAGAGCUUGGAGCGACAGUGGAACUAUAUGUGUAGAUUAGUUGAUAAACUAGAACACACACAAGAAUGUGUUGGCUUUUCCAUGCCAUGUGCAACUGUUUUAUAAUCUACUUUAUUUCUUAUUACAAGUGCAGUGCAAUAUCAGGUUCAGAUAAUGCACAAGAAAGAGUUACCUCAGCAGAGAUAGUUGCUGAGCAACAUUGAGGCCGCUGGAAAUGAACAUUUAAUAUCUUUGUUAUUGAAUAAUAAUAAAUUGAACUUUAAUUUGACACAUUGGAAGAUAGCUAUUGAGGCAAAACUAGUUCAAAUUAAAUCUAUGAGUAUGAGUACCUUCAAAGCAAUAUCCUAUUCCAAGUAUCAAAGAGAUAUAUAUAUUACCCUAUUUCUGGUGUACUGCAUUAUGUGGUGAGUAGGGAGGCUCCUGGAAGUUGAAGCACAGUAUUUUCUUUCUGCGUCCACCCAAUUCCUCUUAGUCCAAUUUUAAAUGACUUUCUUUUAACACGAGUUAUGAAUCGUGCAGCUUUUUAUACUAUUUUGGUGAUUCAAGUUAGACUUUUUUUUUAAGCUAAUUCAAGCUUGACUGAGCUUCAGAAAGGUAUGCUGAAUUUAUACUUUGUGACAAAACUAAAGCAAUUAUGGUGCAAAACCAAAUAUUUUAAGAAAAUGGGACAGAAACCAGUGAAAUGCGCCUGCUUAUUGCUCAAACUUACCACUUUACGCCAUAAUUGCUUUAGGUUUUGCUUGAUAGAUAUGCUAGCAAGGGCAAAACUUGGAAACUCACUUCAGGCUUAUUCACUAAAGGGAGAAUUGCCCUGAAAUCAAAUUGAAUUAUAAAAUUUAAACAAAAUAACUGAACUGGAAAAAAUAAUUCUUUAAGUCAAGCUGUUUUCAGCUUGCCUAUUUUGGCCUUAAAUUUUAAAUUGACUCUGACUUCCAAGUCGCUCUCACUAUUGUGAAUGACCCUGUCAACUAUUUCACACUUACCUUUGUAAGUUAAUUUUAUUAAUAAAAAAUAGAAAUCCUUAUUUAAACAUUAUUUUCCCUUACUUAUAUAACAGCAAGAUUAUCAUAUCAUCCAUAUGGCAAUGAGAGCACACUGAUGUGACAACUUUACUAUUAUAUCUAUCUUGGGACAGAUGUAAACAUGCUCUGACAUAUUUACUAAAUGGCCUUUAUUGAAUGCGCAUACAUGUUCCGCCAUGCUGUGACAACAGCCAUAAUCUUCCUAGGUAUCUGUUGUUGUUUGUGCAUUUGUCUCAUUUUGUUGGCUCUGCCAUUAUUAAGGACUGCAGAGCCUUUCUAAUGAGUUCUCUCUAUUCCCAGUAAAAAUAAAAUAAAACACGUUGAUUUAUUGAACUGGUUACAGCAAAUAAUGGAAGCGGAUCAAUCAAGCGUCGUGGGUUAAUAGCACUGAACAAAGCUUAGUCAUAAUUAGAUGGAUGGAGGACUUUCCUUGUCCAUUGCAGUUAAAAUUGAAAAGUCUGCCCUGCGACAGAGUGUUUUAGAGAAUAAUGCAGACAGCCUAGAGUAGAUUCACUGGCUAGCACUUUCUAUUUAUCUGAAGCUUAAAAAGCAGCUGCGUUUUUGUAAAAUGCAAUGAAUGUGGCAGCUCUAGUUAAAGGUAGAGGAAAAAAAAAGAUCACCCCCUUGUUUUGUAAUAAGGGGAUUUUCAAUUUGAAAGCGAGAGAGCCUGUUGUGUGAAACAUGAUUAUUACAUUCAGCACAUUCUAUCUCACCCACCAGGAGGCUAAUAAUGAAGGAGUCUGUAGAGGAGGCCAGUGCCAUGAGGGUUAUCUCACGGCCCCAGAUGCUGGAUAACUUGAAGGAAGCAGAAUUGCUUUUGGAUGACAUUCAGAAAGGUCUGAAUGAUUAUUUAGAGAAGAAAAGACUAUUCUUCCCAAGGUAAAUAGUCCAUUUUCUCUGUCAGCUGUGCUUGUUUGUCUAAAAUAUGUUUGCUCUGCAUCACCCACAUUCAUUUAUUUUACUUAUAUUUUGUGUGGGUUUUUUUUUCUGCCGUAGAUUUUUCUUCUUGUCCAACGACGAGCUACUGGAAAUCCUGUCAGAGACAAAGGAUCCCCUGAGAGUCCAACCACACCUUAAAAAAUGUUUUGAAGGAAUCGCAAAGCUGACAUUUAACACAAAUAAUGAAAUUACGCACAUGGAGUCACCGGAACGUGAAAAGGUUGAACUUGUGCAGAAAAUAAUUCCAGCCAAUGCCAAGGGGCUAGUUGAGAAAUGGCUUCACGAGGUGAAUAUCCUUAGUCUUUAUUUAAGAUUGUCUUUAAUGCAGCAUAAAGUUACAUUUACAUGUUUUUUUUUUAAUGUUUGAGCACACGUGUAUCUACCAUAAACAUCUCUAAUGAAAAAACAUACAUGUUUGUCAACAAGCUUUAUACAAUAUUUCAAAGUGGGUCCAAAAAAAUCUUUACAUAUUUUAUCACAUAAAUUUUGAAAGGGUAUUAUAAGAAUGAAUUAACAUGGAUUCACUUUAAGAGAGGUUUCCUUAUUUUGACAAUCUUUAAAUAUUUAUUUUUAUUGAAGACGUACUGUAUAUAACUAACAUUAGACAUAAAAUAUAUUAUGAAGAUUAAAGAUACAUAAAGCAGGAAGUGCAAUUUAGUAAUUAACAGCCAUGGAAAACUUAUAGUAAACUAUCCAGUAAAUCUGGAUAGUUACAUAUGAUUUUCUUUUCUCCUUCUAUUUAAGUUAUAAAAGUCAAAUCUCAAACUCCUCUGUGUCAACAUGGCUCUCUUUACUUCCUUCCCCUUCAAGAACUACCAAGUUUGGGUAUUAUAUGAAAGGAGUGAAGCAAGGCAUCGAGCUGUGAGGGCCUCAUCUGUGUUAUCUGAUGUAGGAGCUGAGAUGGGCUUUGCAGUGGUCAUAAACAUUGCAAGUGUACAGCAGCACUUGAAGGACUCACUACUUCCAAUAAGAAGUAUGGCCUUUGGUGCCCAUUUGGGCCAGAAUCUGUAGUCUAUAGAGUAUGCCCACUUGACCUAGUAGUAAAAACAUGACCAACGAGUAAGAGUGGGUAUCUAGUUAUAAAAGACCCCUUCCUGCAAUGUCAGCACAGGCUGACGUAAAGAGAAGUCUAGAUGAAGUUGCAAGCCCUAACUGGACUGCAAUGCCUGUUUAUAAGUGACAUUCUUAGCCACACUCUAAAUCAGUUUCUGCAGACAUCAUAAGUAGACUACUUACAGCUAAAUGCUUUAUCAAACAUGAUAACUUUUAAUGGAGAUAAUACAAUGGGAACCAGAUAGAUGAUAGUUAUUUGUUCAGUAUACAUACAUACACAUAUACAGGCAUAUGCUUGCAACACACAUACAAAAAAACAUGCAUUCAGACUAUUUUAGAAAACAAUUUUCAUAAUAUAAAACGGAAAAAAUGCAUUUAUUAUAUUUUACAUUUACUCAUCUACUCAUUAAUUAUACUUGUUGCUGUUUUAGAUGUGACAACAUUGUGCAUGUAUUUUUUACAUUUCAGCUAUUUAUUACACAUUAGAUUUUUUUUUUUUUUCUAGCAGAAUGUUAAAGGGACACUGUAGGCACUGUAUCUGCUUCAUUUCAUUAAACUGAUAAUAGUGUCCAGAGUUCCCAAGUUCCAUAAUUUCAUUCAGCAUUAAAUAGUUCUUCAUAUUUUUAUGUUUCAAUGCUAAAUUAGAGUCCCCAGUAGCCCCUCCCCUCUGUGCUGCUUCAGCGAAUGAGGAAGUACUUGCAUGAGCAGCAAUGAGCAGCUAUGAUUGGCUGAGAGUGUCAGCUGUCUGUUUUUAGCCUAUCAGAGCUCCAACUAAAGGUAUGAAGGGUAUGACUUCAAGGAACUGUGUAAUCUCCUCCUUGCCCACGCCUCCAGAAGAGGCCGGACUGUGGGGGCCUUGAUCCCUUAUUUAGUGUUUAACUGCUCUAAAAUGGUUUAACAUUGUCUGAAGAGAAAGUGCCAGGAGAUUACAGGCAUCAUAACCAAGAGAUGAAAUUAUUAUAGUGAGUACAGUGUCCCUUUAAGUAAGCAAUUUGUCAAAUAAUACACGAUAAAGCCAUUUUAUGUUUCAUAUGUCAUCAAUUUACUCAAGAAUGCUUAAAAUAAGUUAAUCCAUGCUGCUCUUUAGGUUCAGUCGACUUGUAUAUUUUGUAUUAUUAUUGUUUACACUUACAUGCAAGUAUUUUUAAUGUACUGAUAUAAAUGGUUUCGUUAUUUAUGGUGAUAAAUAGGGUUCAAAAAACAUAAUUUUGAAAAGCAAUGGAAUAGCAAAUUUUAAGCCAUAGUAACCAAAUCUUAACAUAUUAUGGCUCCAAAUUUUGCAAUUUUCUUGUAAAUUCUUCACAGCAUCCAGAUUAGUGAAUACAUCACCAAAUUACACACACACAUCCUGAAUGUAAACAGUAGUACAUCCACACAUGCUGAAACUGAAAAAGUCACAUUAUAUUCUCAUUGACCAUCUUAUUUAAAUAUCAAACAUUUGUAAUUCCUGCUGUUCUGUUUUACAGCAGGACUUGCUAAUUUUUUUAUGGUGAUAUAAAUGUGUGUCUAUGUUAGAUGCACACAUUAUUUUGUCUGUCUGUGUCAGGCUGUCAGCUCAUCUUAAUCACAUGGGUCAGUUUGCGCCACCCUGAAAGACUGGGUGCUUAUUUGUCUUAAUCGUGAUGCUUAUUUGUUUGCAUCCAUUGCAAAAAAACAAAACAAAGAUGUGCUGUACACAUACAUAAAAGAUAGUAGCUGUUGCCCUUCACACUGGAGCACUGUGGGAAGGAUCUGCCGUUCUUCUGGAAGUAAUCAAAAGUCAAAAUCCAGGGGCUUCACAGUGUGGUGCCAAAAUAGGUACAGUUCAUUUGGAUCAAUGAACAAAACAAAAUAUAUGUUUCAGCCUCAAGCCUUCAUCGCAUGAUUAUGGUUUGAGGCCGAAACAUUGUACAUUUUGUUAUGUUGAUUGAUUCAAAUAAACUUAAUCUAUUUUGGCAUCAUGCUGUGAAGCCCAUGCAUUUUGACUUUUGUCUGUAUCUCGAGUCUUGUCAUAAGACCGCCACAAUUUUUGACUAUGCACAUAAGAUUGUAUCACUUCACCUGUGUCAGCCUGUUCAUCUAAUAUAUACCAAAAAUAAGAAAGAGUCCAAAGCGUUUGAGGUUCUGUGACUAGUAACCUUGACAAAGACCAUCAAAAGUGUUGCAGACUUUACUUUGUUUGGUUUACAAUACUGAAAUUGGACCAUGGGUGGAACUUGAAAUUUGCUCCCUUACUCAUGCUUCUUCAGUUAUAUGCAACAGUUGUAUGAAUGUCAGCUCCGAGACACUGUUCUAUGGUGUUAGACUUUUUCCAUCUUUAUUUUACCAGUGUCAAAAUGUUCGUCAGUUUCUAUAGUAUUUUUAUAGAUUUCAACUUUUUGAGAGCCAAGCAAAAUAACAUUAAUGGCCCUAGCUGUUUCACAUUGGUCAUGACAUAGUUAUAUAUUUGUGUCCUCAAUGAACCACUACUUUGGGCACUAAGAACAUCACGGUUUUGUCUUGGUUUGGGUGUUUUUGCACACAUAUUUAAAUAUUUAAAGGACUGUGUGUUUUAAAAUAUGAACUCUCCAAUCAUUACCAUAAAACUAUAAAGUGUCGACAACUGGUGUGAAACAUUUGAAUGGUGAAUCAAUAUCCGAAUUUACUGCAUUUUAUUUAACUCUUUCCUGUUCUUCUUUAUGCCACACAAAUUGUUCCCAGUGUGAGUAAUAAAAGAAAAUAGCAGGUAAGUAAGAACAGGAGACCAGGUAAAUAUUGGUGGGAUGGAGGGACAUUCCGGUUUGUGCGUGCACUGCUUUACCUGGUGCAUUCUGACCUAUCAGUCGUUAACAACAUACCACCCGUUCCAUGUGUCACUUCUUAAAUUAUCGUUACUUGUGCAUGUCAGUUAUUGUUACCACUCUAUCCAUUCUUUUUCCAUCUUCCCAUUCAAUGAUUUCAGUGGUAUGGUUUUUUUUUUUGUUUGUUUGUUUGUUUUGUGUAGGACAUAAGGCAACAUAAAGCAUGUUUUAUUAGUUUGUUGUCACGAUUACAUUGCGGGUGCUGCGUAGCUCGUUUCACGUGUACUCUGUCAUCAAAAUGUCAGCUUGAUUUUAAUGAACAGAGAAUGCAUGCCCUUAACGAGGAUAGGGAGGUAGUUUGUCCAUAAAAAGAAUUUUGUGGAAAUGGUCUAUGUUUGAUUAGUUUUAUUUAGGUGUAUUGUGCAGUUCUGUGUGCUAUUUUUUUGGUUAGCAUUGCUAUUCUUUUCUUGUGACUAAACAGCUUUGGUUUUUAUUAAAAACCAUGCUAGCAGGUAAUUGUUGGCUGCUCUUGUUACUGUAGCCCCCCGUUAAGAUUCACAGCGUUUGCCAGUUGCAUGUUAGUGUUGUUGUCUUGUCGGUUAGCUUGUUUUUGGUGUCCUGUCACUUUUAGUGGAUGGAGUUGUUUUAAUCGUGUUGUUUGUUUGUGUCUUUUAAAAACUAAACAAAAAAAUAAUAAAAAACAAAAAAAAGUUGUCUUUGGCAGCUGCAACGCUGUUAAUUUGUGAUGUAAGCGUUUCAGUGUGCAGCUUGUCAUUGAAAUAUAGUUCAAAAUGUUUCGUAAUGUAGCAUGAAAUUAUUGGUUAGUUUUAAAAUGGAUGUGAAAUCAUGUGAAGAAAAUAAGUAUUGCAUCCGAUCGAGAUAAAUUCACUGUGGUGUUUUAUGGCUUUUUAUUCCUAUGUGAUAGUAAUAGUGUCUCAUGUAGGGAUGGAAGCCAUGAAAUACAUUGUGAAAAGUCAUCAACUAAAAUGGGGGCCAUAAGCAUAGAAAAUGCAAUGGCCACGGCGCUAAUAGACAGUAUUGAAAAACAAUUCAGCGAACCACUUUGGGUCAACAUCCUGUGCUCAAGUUUCAUUUAUUUUUGCUAUGAAAAUUUGAGCACUGUAAGCUGUUUUUUUUUUUUUGCAAAGGGGCUAAGAGGUUUUAGUUUAAAACUGUGAAUGUCAAGAAGCCAUACUUUGCUUAUCACGUUGUCAACCGCAGAGAGCGUCAGUCUUAUAGUUGGGUUAGUGGAUCUAGGAUGUUGGUCCAUACUGAUGUGUUAUUUACUGCACUUUUAAGGCAGAUAAAUGCAUUUAGCAGCAGUUAACCAGAGGUACUAUCAUUCCCAUUUGCACUACUAUAACUAUAUUAGCAUCCAUUACAUGGAUAUCUCGAUAGAUACAGUGCAUGCCUCUAAUGUGUUGUGUUGAAGGAAACAUGUUGAGGAGACUUUAUGGCAUAGGCACAUGAAGGGAAACCGGACAUUUUAUUGUACAGAAAAGUCCUCAGUAUUUUCCGUAGACUUUUUAUUUAUUUAUUUUUAAACACUUAUUUGUUUACUAAUGAUUUAUUUUUUAUAAAGUGUUUAUUUUUUUAAAACGUCUUCUGUAUGAAUUUCAUAUAAAAAUAAAACAAAUCUAUUAUUCUGA